AUGGAAAGAUAUGAAAAAAUUAAGAAGAUUGGAGAAGGAGCCUUUGGAAGAGCAUGGUUGGUGCACGACAAAGAAAAUAAAAUGCCUCUGGUCAUUAAAGAGAUUCCAAUACUAAAUGUGGGUUGCUUGUUUUUCUGACUAUUAUGUAGUUAAGCAAAAAAGAAAUAGAAGAGUCCCGUAGAGAGGUAUGUGUUGGAGGCAAUACAAAUGCGACUUUUUAAGGUGUCUGUAUUGGCAAAAAUGAACCACCCAAACAUCGUGAAAUACUGUCAAUCCUUUGAGGGUUAGUAUUUGCCAUAAAUUACAACGAAUAUCCACAGAUAUGGGAUCCAUCCACAUUGUUAUGGAAUAUUGUGACGGUGGCGAUUUAUAUUCAAAAAUUAAUUCCCAAAAUGGAACUCUCUUUCCUGAAAAACAGGUAAUAAAGUUCCCAUCUUAUUUUGUUAGAUUUUGGACUGGUUUUCGCAAAUAUCCCUAGCAGUCAAACACAUUCACGACAGAAUGGUUCUUCACAGGGAUAUCAAAUCUCAAGUACGAAAGUCAACAUCACUUAGUUUUAGAACGUAUUCCUAACCCGGGAUGCGAGGGUGAAACUAGGAGACUUUGGAAUAGCGAAGGUUUUGAACAGCACCCUUGAUCUUGCUCGCACCUGCAUCGGAACUCCAUACUACUUAUCCCCGGAGAUUUGCGAAAAUAAACCUUACAAUAACAAAAGCGACAUCUGGGCCCUCGGCUGCGUUUUGUAUGAGCUUACAACGCUUAAACACGCAGUAACUCUCUUUUUAACUUAUGGUGCCUCUAGUUUGAUGCUGGAAACAUGAAAAAUCUUGUUUUAAAAAUUAUCAGGUAAUGUGAUAUAAAACUCAUUUUGAAGAGGAACAUAUCCCCCAGUUCCACUUAAGUACAGUCCUGAGCUAAGAAAUCUCAUUUCAAGCCUGUUCAAACGAAAUCCGAGGUAAGUGAGCCGACAAGGUAUUUCUAAUAUUGCGCAGGAAAAGUUAAGUUCUAAGUUCACAUAAAAUGAGCACGCGCUGUUUUGUACAUUCCUAGGGCUUAUUCUAGUGUGUCAACUUAUCUUGUGUCUCUCCAUCUGCCAUAGAGUAAAAAUUUCAUGCGCGCCUAAAAAUAAGAGGGUAAAGUCUCUGUGUCGCCCUAAACAUGUGGAAUAGUCGGUAAACUGAGAGUUAUUAGCCUACUUGUCCUAAGCAAACAUAAACGCCAUUUAUAUUUUCCACUUUUUGUUGUCUGUCAAUUUGUAGACGCAAAAUGGUUUUAUCUUGUGGGACCUAAUUUGAUUGUCAUUAGGCUGUUAACAUAUGUCUUUUACUGAGUGAGUUAUGUUAAGCGACGUAAAGCUGUUAAAUGGGCAAGAAAAGUGCAAUAAUGUCAUGCGCCUCUUUCAUCUGUCUUAACUGUAGCCUUUAAGCCCCUAGCACUUAAAUGAGCGUUCAAUUAAUUGUUCUUGAAAAUUUGCAGAGAUCGACCAAAUAUAACAACAAUUCUGAAGUAUCCAAUAAUCACGCAACGAAUAUCCCAAUUCCUCACCACCGCGGUAAGUUAAUUUACCCAUGCCAUUAUAUUCUUUGGAUAAUAGACAACUAAUAUGAGUUGAGUAGAGCGUAAUUGUCUUUAACGUAAGACAUUUCCUGGUAAGAUCAGGAGCCUUGCGGUACGACGAAUGCACCCGUAUAUUUUUGUUUUGGAUUUGCGGGAUCAUACUGAUGAUGAACUGACAGACGCACAAGCUUUCCCAUUCUGGAGUUUUUUUAUAAAAUUAUUUAUUUAAGACUCAAAUUGUCUUUUGAUCUUAACGGAACACAUGCCUUUAGUUUCGACGAUGGAUAAUUUAGAUUCAUCAAUGCAGUCCAGACUAGCUUCAAAAUAUUUAACGCUUAUGCCUUACUCAGCGUUUAAUAGGCGUAUUUUAUGCAUCCACUAAAAUUCCCAAAGUGCCCAUCCUUAACACGGGGGAUUCUAAAUAAAUUAAUUUCAGCAGGCGACCAAUUCUAUUUAAAAUUUUGACACGCAGCAUGUAAGGCAGUUUUUUUCCCUCUUAAUUGGUCUCCAUAAGUUUUUUAAAAUUACUCCUAUUCAGAGGAGGGAGAGAAAAGCUGAUAGAUAUUGUAAAGAAAUCAAGUUUUAAGUGCGACGUUCCCCGUCUAAGCUGUUAUGUGCACCCUAGGCAGAUAAUUGCGUGCUGGCUAGACCAAACCGUCCGUGAUUAUUAUACUUUUAAACAAACAUAUUAACAGUUUUACAUCAUGAGUUCCGUACGUUCGUGAUCUUACAAGGGAAACCACUUAAUAUUUCCCCAAAGACGUUAAGUGACGCUGAUUGAUAGGAACCCAGCAAAAUUUUUUAUUAAGCAUAACGCCGAAGAAACACUGCUAGUCAUUGUCACAAUAUAUCUUAGAAAUCUAACAAUCAACAGUGUAUGACCUCGGAAGUUUAAAGCGUUUCUGCUGCGAAUUUGCAUUUUAUUGAAUUUAAUUGAAUAUAGGUCUUAUUUUUGGUAUUUCUAAAAUGCAAGUAUGGUCCAACAUUCACACUCAGAAAACAGUAAAAAAUGGGGAACAUCCGGCCACAACAAUAUUAUUAUUAUUAUCAUUAUCGCCUUUGAUAUUUAUCAAGCGGAACAUAAAUUGGGAAAUGUCGAUCAGUGUGCUCCUAAGGACUUCGCCGAAGAUUCAAUAAUUUAUUUAUUUGAAGUUUUAUACGUCCCGCAUUGCAGUUUAUCAGGCUUAGAAGCCCUCAAUUUCGGAUGAAACAAUGUUUCCUUCAAGACAUCAGGAUGUAAAUGACCGUUUCUUAAAUGGCCGUUUUCUCUAACUUGUAAUAUCUUAAACUAGACUCGAAGGAGAAAAUUAUUCCGACACGACCUCCAGUUAAAUGCCUUAACUUGUAAGUUGGGAAACCACCGCCUGGGACGAAAUUCGAAAUGUAGCCACUUUAAGGAUAACUGCUCUUCCUUAACUUGGUUCAAAAUUCUAGCUGCCUGGCUAUUUCAGCGUAAAAUUCAAAUAAAACCCCACAUGCUGUUUUAAAAGGGCUUUCGACCCGCAGGCUCUCCACAUGCGACAAUACGACCGUCACGAACGACGAUGGGAACCCUGCGUCCCAAGGAGUGGGCACUUGCGUAGAAUCUAUCACGCGCUCUCUUUGCCCACCCAUGUUGUGGAUAUAACCGGAGAUGAGCGCGGGUGCAGCAGCUGACCGCAUUAUGAGGGAGCCGUUACAACCUGACUCUCAGGCGCUCAGUGGAUGCUGGAGUUAUACCGUCAGUUGAUAACCCUCCAGGCCCCGAACUUUGCUCGUCGGGAGAGCUUCAAAUUAGUUAGGAGUGCGCAUAUGCGCAAGGAGAAUGGAUUCCCAAGUUGACUGCCCGAGCCUGCCAGUCAAUGAGUUUUGGCAAAACGACGGACACGAUGUGAGGAGCUGCGUUGCAGCACGCAUAGUUGCAGGCCCAAGCCGCGCUGAUUGAGAGCUGAGCCCCCGCCACCCCCAGUUUGUUGUAUAAAAUCCUGGUCAGUGUCUGUUGUGGGCCAGUGGGUGUGGUGGCACGCCUAGGCGCGGGUUUUCUUCGAGCCAGCCACCUGCGUCCUCUCCCGCCUCCGGUCUUGACUUCGUAGCAAAACGGGGUCCAGCAAGGGGGAAGGGGGAGGGGGAGAAGGAGGUUGAAGGAGGGGGUGGAGGGGGAGGAGGUGGAGGAGGAGGAGGAGGGGGGGAGGGGGGGAGAGGACGCGGUGUGCGGAGCUGCGUCUAAGGCGUGCCACCCCAUCCCUUCAGUAUGAGGCCUUCGCGGACAGUGCCCUGCCUUCGCAACGUAUGCUGCGUUCCAGCCUAACUACAGUUGAAGUCCAGCGAUACAGGUCGUUUUGGAGGCCAGCCUGCGGGUGGUCCGACUGCCAGUGUGUGUGUGAAUAAAAGGGUGAAGUUUUCAAACCUUCGGUUGCAGCAAAUACGUUGAAUCUGAUUAGAAGAAUAAAAAUAUGAACACUCAUUGGCCAGAGACAGGAUUGCACAUGUGUUUUUCCAGUCUCCGAAAAUGGGUAGGCGAAAUAAGUACCCGGAACGCCAAAUCGCAAAUAAACCUCUACCGGCGGUUACCGGCUGCCCACCUGUCUCUCUUAGCGGUGUUGAUGGACCAUGAUCGCUAAGUAGUGCACUGCCAUCCGGCAAUAUAUUUUUCCCCACAACCUCUCGCCCCCAUGUCAAAGCGUCUUGUAAAGAAGAAGAAGAACCACCCUAAUUCACAACGCUCCUUUUUGGACUUAAGCCUUGGGCACACCACAUUUUGAUGCUUUAGAGAAGAAGCAAAGAAAGUGCUCGUUGCAUGCCUGGGACCAAAGGCCCGGAUUUCGGACAGAGGGCAAAAGAGGAGAGAGUGGACCCGUGUUCAGGGAGUUGAUUGCCCGAAACCCAAAGUAGUCCCUUAAAUCUUGUGCAGUAUUUGCGAAACACAGAUCUUUACGCCGUCAAGAAGCAUUUGAAUUUUCUGCCCGUCAGCUCACUUAUUGAUGUGCUUGCCUCAGCCAUUUUCUCGACGCUUUCGACUGGAUUUACGGAGGUGUCUUUUCUUUGCACGACUAGGAUUGCAACAUUGUUUUUCUAAGAUCGCUGAUCUCGUUUGCACCAUGCGGGUCUUUUUGGUUCUUCGGAUCCUGAGAUGACCUGAUUGACCCAAAACUUUUACUGACCUGACUGAUAACUUUCAGAAAAAUUUUGGAUGCUUGUUUAAUUUCAAAAAAGUGGAAGCGGAAUACAUAUGCGCUAGAUUCCGAGUAGGGUGUGACUUCUUGACUGGAAAAAACAUAGUUUGUUGUCGGCUACUAUCCCUGUCAGACGGCAUAUAGCUAAGCCGCUUCGAAGCCAUGCCCUAAGAGCCCUUAAAAAGAAAGGCUCAACACACUGCUGUUAGGUUGACCUCAGAUGUCGGAAUAAAAGCGCGUGUUUGGGACGGUGGAAAUAAGCACUGAAACAGAGUCUCGCCACUGUACAUAUUGAAGUAAUAAAGUUCGUUUAGAAGGCAAAAAACGUAUUUCGUAAACUUUGCAGUCUGCUGCCACAGACUGUUAGCGAGUGUAUAACCGAUGCGCAGAAUAGUUAACUUCUAGCUUGUCCCGAAAAAACAACAACUGCCUGGCUAUUAUACCAACCAUCGUUCGCUGUUUGGUUUGGUUGGCGUCUUCCUCGUUGUCCUCUAAGAUUUUUGAGUGGCAUCCAGAUCCAUAUGUCGGUUUAAGUACGAUUCAUCGGAAUGCGUGGCUUUGCGAAAACGGUUUGGCAUAAACGUUAGACUACAAAAAAAGUUGUAGGACCAGUUAACGAGCAUAUGUGCGUUUUCAAUAAAUUCUCGUCAGGCCAGUAUAUUUGUAGAUGAAGGGGGCACAACUAAAACAUGCAAGUGAUAAGAGAAAUUGGCAGGAGUAUGGCUUAUAGCGGGGAUUACUGACUCCGGGACGCAGUUGGGCUAAAAGAAAAUAAAUGACAUAUCUACUUAUACGUGUCAGAGGAAGAAAUAAAAAGACCCCACCGCGGCUGUUGCGUGAGGGCAAUCAAGAUGUUUUAAGGUAGUUGUCGGAGUGAAAGUACGACAAUGCAAGUAGGCGUGUGACCCUCAGUGUUGUGGGUAGGAUCUCACUCGAUCCCAUUCUGUCUGCUCGCCAGCUUGCUACUGGUGACAACGAACGCCGUGUCAUAGGACACAUACCACCUACAGUACAAAGUAUACAUAUACAUACGUAAACACACAUGCAUACAUGCAUAUAUACAUAUAAUACACAUGCCAGCCAGCCAUGCCACAACAUCUGGGGCUCGAUCCUGCGACCUGUUGGUUAGAAGUCCAACGCCCUAACCACUGAGCCACGGGCUAGUUGUCCUACUCAUUGCGAUCACGUGCAUAAAAUGGUAGAGGGACGCUCAUCGAUCGAGUUACCGAAGUCACUCGUCCCGUAUUUAACUGCCGUGCCGCGAUGAGGCUGCUGGCAGGGUUUGAGAGAGCCUCAAGGCAGAAAAAGGAACGAGUGAGUUCCGUAACGCGAUCGGUGAGCCCCCUCUACCAUUGCAUGCGCGCGAUCGCGAUGGGAAGGACAACUAGCCCGCGGCUCAGUGGGUAGGGCGUUGGAAUUCUAACCAACAGGUCGCAGGAUCGAGCCCCAGUUGUUGCACACCCCCGGUGUAGUAUGGCUGCCUGCUGACGAUUAAUAAGCCAGAAAUGGCCAUCCCAGUCUCCCUUGUCGUUGUCGACAAUGUCCUCCUGCCUUUAUAAGCGUAUAGAUUAGAUGACACCGAAAAAGACAAGGGAGAACGGAAUGUUCUGCGAGGGUUCUAGUUGGAGCCCCAAGGCACAAUGGGACUAACCCGUUCCGUAACCUGAUUGGUGAGCGCCCAUCUAUCAUAAUGUAUAUAUGUUGAAUAACGGAGGCGGUGUGCAUUCCAAGAUGUAAUGAAAGGCGAAGGUCCGUCAUAAAACCGAGUUUUGCCUAUGGAUUUUUAAGCUAAUUAGACCAGCCCGUCGUCAGAUGAAAUGAAUGAUGGCGUAUGGGGACACAGAGGUAGACAGAAGUCCAUAUCAGAAUGUUAAAAGUGUGUUAAGAUAGACGCCAGAAGUUAGGGGAGGUGUUGAUAUCUUUAGCCAAUUCACUGAUAUUCCACAAGGUCCAGCAUGAACUAGCAGGUGUUGUUUUAGAGUGGCCGCAAGCCAGUGAGCCGUGAACGCUGAAGUUCGUAUUGAACGUCCAGAUCGACAUGGUGGUUGGUGCUACUUGUGUUGCAGUGUCAAGCUUCGGGAAAUUCUCGCACCUGUCUGGUGUUAGCACUAGAGAUCACAUCAGUUCUGUCUUAACUGAAACAGUGAUCACAUUGAAGGACGUGCGCAAACACGAGAGACAAGGAGUUCCGUCGGCGGAUGACUGACUUGUGUUCGUUGAUGCGGGUCCCAAGUCGUCGGCCGGUAUGGCCAACAUAAACACAAGGGCAGUUAACACAUGGAAGACCGCGAAUGAAAUUUGUUUUCUGCUUCUUGGGCACGGAGUCUUUCGCCUGAGACCAUGCUGUGGGCAUGGGGAACGCCGGUUUGUGGGCGAUGGAGAUGUCAAUCAGACAUGACUGGCGAGCGUUUCGAAAACUCUUGGCAUGUAGGGCAGGGAAUGGGAUUUCCGUGGCAUAUUGUCUCCGCUAUAGUCAAAGCUUUGCGGUUGUUUCUGGCGUCGGAGACAGUUUUUUUCAAAGCGGACCGUGCGUCCGUUUGGUCGGAAAAACCAACAGAAAUAAUUUAGUUUUCCUGAAGUUGGUCACUACUAAUAAAGCAACGAUAAAUCCAGUGUAAAAGGUGUCAUUGAAGACUUGGUUUACCUUGUUUACGCAAUCAGUCUUGUCCAUAAUGACGAGUGCGCGACCUUUGUCAGCAGAUAGCAGACAUUUUCGUACAUCGAAAAACUGGCAGAACAUUACACUCACCAGCUUACACAAAGACACUGGUAAGGACGUCAUUCUACAUCAGGAGGGCAAUAACUCAAGCUCCCACAGACGGAGUACCGUCAAUAAUCCGUUUCAUUGGCAGAUACACAUCGUUCCGAUGAAAAAAGUUAUCAGAUCGACCUAAAUUACCCUUUCGAAUUAUUUUUCCAGAAUGGUUCCCCUAGAGCAUUAGUGAACCGAUUCAGGAAACAACCAGAGAUAAUUCCAAUCAGGCGCCCAAUUUAAGUAGUUAGCGAAACUUUCCGUGCAUUAUUUAUGUGUCUGAAAGCAUUGAAAGCCACUUAAGGAAACAUAUAGUACAAGUGGCGCACAAACUGAUGACUACCUUACACAUUCAACCUGUAACCCUAUGGAUAGGGUUGGCUACCGUCACAAAAAGGGGCUCAUCUAAAACAUCCCCUGCGGUGCUUGUGAUGCCGUAUAUUGUGGCUAAAUGAGAAAAUUAGCCCCAACACACAUACAUGAGCACCAACUGACAGUUAAAAGGCCAAGUCAUCAGUCUCAACUGGCCGCGAAUGCCCUAGGUAUCGGGCAUAACUUCGCUUGGGACAAACCCGUGCCGUCGGCGUCUGCCCUACCAAGAAAGACCGAGAGUUCCCCAAAGCCAUGCGUUCAGGUUAGUCAUGCAUCAAUCGACGUGUUGAGUUAGGUGGCACGUAUAAAAAUCUAAAGGAAAAUGGAAAAGACGAAGACCAAUCAAUAGAUGAUGACUCACACGGCGGCCGCUUACUGACGCAAACAACGAAAGAGUAUCGAUUUUUAAGCAGGUUUGGAAUGCUAAUAUUUUUUAGCACACUUACACAACGUCCGACGACAAUCUGGGGAACCAGCGUCAAAAAGUUGCCUAGUGAAGUCUCCUGCUUUGCUCUGGGGACAUAUUUUACUUCAAAUUAUCUUUUUAGGGAUGCCUGCCUUCCAAUUAUAUAUACACAUAUUCAUGCGUAAGUAUUGAAAGGUAGGCAUCCUAAGCGAUAUAAGUUGAAAAGAGAUGGGUUCUUUGGGACAAGAGGGUUUAUUGCGUAAAUUUUCGACGCUGGUUCCCCAGGUCGUCGUCAGAGGCAAACGAAGAGCAAAUGGGAAAGCAAGGAACAGCUAACGUCACGAGUGCACAUAAAAUUGAUACCUGCAUGGCGAGUGCGCCGGUUGGCGGCCGCCGUGUGUCAGCCUGAGCUGGUUGGCUCCUUUCUCUUCCAUUUCUCCUUCAGGUUUCUGUACACGGCAUCCAACUCGAUAUGUCGGCUGAUGCAUGAUUCAUCCGAAUGCAUUGCCUCGAGGAAAUCUCGGCCUUUCUUGAAAGGGCAGACAGCGACAAUGCGAGCUUUGUCCCGAGUGAAAGUGUGCCCGGUGUCCAGAGUAUGCAUGGCUACCUGAGACAGAUGGUCUCGCCUUUUUACUGCCAACUGGUGCUCGUGCAUGCGUGUUGAGGCGGAUUUUCCAGUUUUGCCACAAUAUACGGCAGGACAUACAUCAUACGGGAUCUUGUAGACGACCUCUUUCUUGCUCAGCUGGUUAACCCUAUCCUUAGGAUGUACCAGCUGAGAGAGCAAAGUAGUCGUAGGUUUAUGCGCCAAUCGAAUUUGGUGCUUUAUUAAGUGUCUUUCGAUGAGUUCAGACACAUUCUUAAUGUAAGGAAGUUAUGUAAUUAUAUAUGUAAUGGUAGGGGGCGCUCACCGAUCGUUUAUACGGAACUCACUCGUUCCGUUGUGCCUUAAGGGCUCUCUCUCGAGCCCAACCAGCAGCCGCACAGCGGCGCAUGAUAUAUAGGCAGAAUGGCAUUACCGACAAACACAAAGGAGACUGGAAUGGCCAUUUCUGGCUUAUUAGCCGUCGCCAGCCAGUCAUACCCAAGCCCGAAGUGUGGAACACCCGAGCCUCGAACUCGCGACCUGUUAGCUAGAAGUCCACGCCUCUAACCACUGCGCCACGAGCCCGUUGCCCUGUCGGUUUUCGAUCGGGAAUAUAUAAUGGUAGGGGGCUCUCACCGAUCGUUCAUACGGAACUAACUUGCUCCGUUGUGCCUUAAGCGCUCUCUCUCUCGAGCCCAACCAGCCCAACCAGCUGUGCGGCUGGUAGGUUUUUCGAUACAGAACAAGAACUUAGAACUGCCAACGCUUCUUUCUUACAGGAACUGAGAGCUGAAUUCCAUGACGCAAUCUCACGCCCGCCAAAACGCCCAUCAGUACAAUCUCGAACCCCAGGAGAGCCUCCAGCGCCGAGUGUCAAGGCUUCUAAGUCAUCGCUUCAGCUUGCAAAAAAACGAGCAAAACAGAGGUAAUUUUUCGUCUCAAAUUCACAGGCCUAUUUAAAACUGCACGAGCAGUACAUCGUAGUAAUCUGAAAUCGCACCCCCCCCCUAUCAGUUACAAAAGUCAUAGUUUAGUCGACGAGACGCAUACCACACGCAGAAACCUAAGUGAUGAUCUUUCCAGACGUCUGCAAGGAAACACGGAACAACGUCGAUUGAGCCUCCAUUUGAACGCAUUGAAGAUGGGAACAAUAGAUUUUCCCAAAACAUUUAUGCGAACCGAUUAGGGUUAAGGAACUCGUCUCUUGCGUUACCGUAGGGCUCGUAAAAUUGCCCGUGCGUCUGGAGAUCAAAUAUUCGUCCACAUCCUGAUAUUUACUUGCAUGGAGGGAUGGCCGUAGAGGCGUUACUAUGAUGAGACUAUGACCGUCGUAUGCAACGAUGUCCACCGUGCAUCCCACGGAGUGAACGCAGCACGAUUGGCUUGCGCGUGAACUAGUCUACAAUAAAACGGACUUGCGUAGUGUCUGUCGCGCUUGCUCUUCCCCAACCCCCUUGCGCGGGUGGCAAGAUGACGUCAGGCUGAAUGGGGGCGGGUCCGGGCGCAGCAACCGACAACGUGAAACGAGUCAUCUACGCGUGCCACACACGACCUGGAUCUUAUUACUUGUCCCGGACUGCAGUACAGGCGAUUUGCAUUCCACUCAUGUGACAGUGUCAUAGGAAAUGCACCAAUCUGACCCUCAGUUAUGAGAGGGACCGAGUUAUUCCGUCAGUUGGUAGCCUUUCAGGCCGCAACUCGUAGCGCGUCGUCAUAGGUUUGGGCACGUCAGAUUAUUUAUAGUGAAGAAUCCACCGACAUGCCGUGGGAAGGGACUUUCGUAUGUUGACCUCACUCUCUCUUCCCUCUGCCGGGCACCAGUGGGCUGUUCCAGCAUGUCAACCAACGGAUAAUUGGAAUGGACACCGUGGCUGAUGUGGCGUGUUAUCGAAUGCACAUGCGACAGUGGUUUGGGCCCAUGUGAACUUAACACUGCCCGACAAACUCAUACCGUGAGCCAAUCUAACCCCCGGUUCUGUCUAGCCCAUCCGCAAGCCAGCCCAUUUUAGAAGUCACACUGAAGUACGAUCAUUUCAUUUAGGGAAGAUGCGAAAGAGGGUUGAUAUGGCAGUUUCCGCCAAACUUCCAAGUGGACAUGUAAGGAAGAGUAAUUACGCUAACCGUAUUUAAGUCUGUGUAGGGAGGCCAAACGAUCUAGCUAAGAACUUCGAAGUCUCGGCCAAGCAAAGAAGGGGAGAUGGCUCAGUGAAGUUCUUCUUUUUCACAAAUACUCAUAUAUGAAGUAUUCUCAGCUAACGACGGAUGCCAACGGUACUGGUAUUCGGGGACGAAUAGAGGAGAUUUUGUAGAUCGCUGUUUCCUCAUACUUGCUACUCUUUGGCUGAACAUUUUAUAUCUUCAAGGAUAAUGAUUGGUCCCUCUGUGGUGAGCAGAGUUAUUGCAUUAUGUUCACAUUGCUAAUUAAUGUUCACCCGGCAAGCCUUUCGCUUCAAACAAUUCCGUACCCGUUUUUUUGAUUAGCCCUCUUGUCGGUCAAAGAGUCGGACCACCCCAAGUGGCCGCAACCUUGAAACAGGCCAAUCGCGGCGAGAGGCUGGGAGCCCAUGAGCACGACAGAAUAGCCACCAAAAAACGAAAUCUCCUCAUUGAUGUGCAUCGCCGCCGGAAGCAAUUCCUGGAACAGAAAUAUCCUGUGAGUGCAAAGUAGACCACUGUAAAAAAACAUCAUAAAUCUUUGUUUUAUAUUUUGGAAACUUUCAUCGUUAUACGUGACCCCAGACUUGAGGAUGUGAUCUGUUUUUUCUAAAAGUUGUUCCAAAUAGACUGCUGCUGAUUGCUGAGAAAUUAAAGGCCGAAAACCGUCAUUUCAUUCGGUCUCGUAGCUGUCGGCGCCAUAUAACCGCCGUUUAGGGCUCAUAAUAAAGGUCUGAGGAAAAACAGAAUGACCAUUUUAUGUCACGAAUUCGGAGUGACAAGUUGCCACUAACCUCAGAACUUCAUCUAUGUCGGAGAAAACUACUAAUUUCAUCUGGAAAAUAAGACGUCAAAUGAAAUACCCACUGCAUUUAAAUGUCUAAAUGACUGUUGCUGGUAGGGAAAAAUAAAAUCUAUCCAAAAGAGGAAAUAUUUGUUCUGUAUGCAUUGCCAACGGUUUAGGUAAAGCCAAAGUCCAAGACUCCGGCUAAUCCAGUCCAGGAAGAAACCAUCAUUUAUCAGAAGGAGUCCUCUUUUAAACGAAAAUGGCAUUGUCGGGCGCUUGCUGAGAGGCAGCUUCCUGUCAGCCAAUGACUGCCCUCCAUUUUCAAACUUCCGAGUCACUAACUUUUUUGCCAAAGGAAACCCCAAACCGUGCGGUUUACGUAUACCCUCGGUGACUCACUGGUUGUUGAACCUAACCAAUUCUGGAUUGUCCCCUUUAGGGAGGAAUCUUGAAGCGGGUCCGACUCGCAGACUGGUGCAAUGUCGGUUCGGUGAAAACUCCCCAAUGUAAGGUUAAAGAGGUAAGCCACUUGUCUUACAAAAUGUGCCCUGAUAAGGCCAUAUUCCAGCUAAGAUAUCAAUGCUUUUGUUUCGGAAAUUCAUUUUUCACCCAGGUCAAGCCGCUUUGCUAUCAUUUGCACCUAAAUUAGCUGUUUCCUAAAAGCCACAUUCGAGUCGAUUUCCGACGGGAGGUAAAGUAAUUAAAACUUCAGGAUGAAAGACGUCCCCUGUGCGCAGCUCAUCAUUCACUUUGCUGGAAGGCAGUGGCAACUGACAAUUGCAUGAAUCAUUUGUUUGAGAUAGACAGUCGCCACUUAGUAGUGGACCAUGUCUAUGAGAAAUAUAAACUGACUGUGAUUCCUUCUGUGCUCACGGUAGAUAAGGUAUCCGGUAGCAGGUGAAUACUCAUUACAUUUUACAAUAAGAACAAUCUAUAAUGCACUCAGUUUCUCGAGAAUGUUCAUAACCUUGAAGGUUGGGCGGAGGAAUAUGGCUGCCGCAUUACAGGGGGUCUUGUCCUAAAUCAUAGGUGGACUAGUGUUAGGAUUGGGGGUGGGGUUAGUUUCAUGGUUAGGGACAGAGUUUGGACACGAAAAUAGGUACCCCCUAGAAUUUGGCGCGAGACCACUAGCAGUGCGGAAAACUUCAUCUUUCCGUUUCCGGUUAAAUUGUUAAUGAAGGUUGUCAUAACAUUGGCAGUACAAUCCUAUUGUAAAAUUAAAAAGAUCAGUCCCGGUUUUAUGGCACCAAAGCUGUGCACAGAAACACCGAAAUGAUCGGCCUGGGCUAUCUACUGAACAUUAAUAGUGCCGCAGAAAGUAGAGUUGUUCCUUACCCAAUAAAACACAGUUCCUAUAAUUCCAUCCACCUUCUUAGAUAGACUUCACUGCAACCUUCCAGUGAGCGGGAUCUCUAGGAUUCCAUAUUAAGUUUCAAACUUGGCCGCUAGUUACUGCUUUGCAACAACUCCAGCAGAACAGAAACCCGCUUUCCCAGAUCGCCAAAAUCCUGCGCGUAUUGUUGGUUUACUAUUAACUUAUUCGGAAAUCUUCUACCGCAUUCUCUGCUAUUACAUCGCUGGCAUACUCGGCGAUUUUAUAAUAUGUGAAAAGACAUCCUUUGAUGGCGUCAAGUUUCGGUCAAUGUCGUUAGUGCUGUACAGCAUUAGGAUACAGAGUAAAAAUUAUGGUCUCGAAGCUCGCAAACAAAGUCCACGUGCUUAACUAAUACCUUUCACCGACAGUGAUUCAGAAUUGGCAGUCAAGAGCCGUUCAGAUGGAACUUAGGUUUCGAGGUACGAUGGUCGAUUACUCGAAGAUCCUAAAAGUAAAAGGCAGCGAGUUCAAUUAGGUGGACAAUCUUUACUGGGGCGAUAGAGUGUACAAUCAGCUUAGUAAGCAAUUGUAGGAAGGGUUCUCACCAGGCAAAUGUAUCAGCCGUUAAAGUUGUAGUCCCGGCGUAAAGCCCCCGGGCUUAGUCCACUCACAGCUUAUCAAGCAACGCCAAUUGGCCUCGAGCUCUCGCCAGUUUGUUGCCGAGGCUUUCGCGGCUCAAGCUAUUUAUUGACAGGGAGCUUGAGGCGGACUGAAGGCGGCCGCGGGAGCCGACUACCAGACCUUACCAGAUCAAUCAUAUGAAGUUUGAAAGAUGACAGCGGCAGACGGCUGACACCGCUUUAGUAAUAAACGGAACCCGAAGGACAAGAGAUUGGUCUGUGUUCUGUCUUCCUUCACAACCUACUCGGCGCCAACCCCAAGUAGAACAGCGUGAAGAGGAAGAUAGCGUGAAAAAACUAAGCAUGACGUCCAGAUGACUGGACAAUCCAACUAUAGUGCUUCUUCGAUAAAGAGACCACGGCAACGCAAUGCCGACACAAACAAAAGACGAUAUCCAGUCAUCCAGACUCCUUUUGUCUAUCUGCAAAUUUAUCAUCGUCAGUUCGCACUAAUCUAUAAGCAUUUGUAAAAAACUACUGUUCAAAGGGAGUUAAAUAAAAAUAAACUGGAACGCUGUGAUUUCCUGGCCUAACAAAACAACGAAUUCAGUGUUUCUGUUCCCUCCUGUGGCAAAAUGAAUCAUGUGCCGGUGGCUCUUUCUGCAGUCGCGAGUUUCUAACCGCCAUUACCUCCUAAGGGUAGAGAGCUUAUCCUAAGCAGCCGGCAUUAAGUUUGAACUAACCGCGGGAUUCCCCUGGCUCUGGUAAGCAGGUUGGUAGUUCCAAAUGUACAGGUGAAAAUUAAACUGAAAGAAAGUCAGUGGUAUCUCGAAGCUUUUGACAACAUGCACGACUGACAAACGAUAGGGACAGAGAAGAUAACGGACGAUAGAGUGACCAGAACUAUUUCAGUUUAAACUAAAACUUGAACGUUUUGUGUCCUACCUAGUCGAUAUUUCGAAGCCAGGUAAGGGGCAUCCAAAGUUUGCACUGGAAUAGACAGAACAAGCAACCUUCACGUCUACCUGGAGAUAAGUCUAAAUUGUGCAUCGAAGCCCAAGAAACAUUUAUCAAACACUUUUGAUACUAAUUCAGCAAUGAGUACUGACAGAGACGAGGUUGACAGGAAUGGCCACUUCUGGCUUAUUAGCUGUCAUCGGCCAGCCAUACCCAACCCCAAGUCCGGGUGACUUUAGAUUUGAACCGGGGUUCAGCAACCGUCGAGCGUUCAAAUCCUGCGCCCUAACUUUGCGCCACAGGCCCAUUGUCCUUCCUGAAAAUAUUGCUGGUCGCCGCGCGACUGAUUGCGAUGGCUCUAGGUUGGGUCUUACGACGCUGAUCCGAUCGGCGAACACCCUUUCCAAGAUAGAUACUAGUUCAAGAUAAAAAGCGUGCUUAGUCGAGAUUGCGAAACUAGCUGACAGUAAACAAAGUCCCAAUGACAUUUUUGCGCGUUUGCAUGCUAACUUUUGACCGAAUGUCUCUCUAGGCCUCUAGGCUCCGCUGAAGCAGUAAUUAUUUUUAAUUGGGCUUCAGUUAUAUUUACUGGAAGGGUGUAUUGAUACACAUUCCGUGUUUUCCUUCUGUAAGCCCUGUCGGGAAGGAAUAUUUCAGUCUUGAGUACCCUGCUAAGAAUUUUUUAUUUCGGAAAAGAACCUGCAACUGGACGUUUCUUUGCAUUUAUAAACUAGGUACUCUGUAUGUUUCCUGCAUCAAAUACACAUGAUCCUAAACGUGUUUCCAAAGUCACAACCAGGCGACUGUAGAAUGCUGCAGCAAACAAGCAUCACGUUGGGAGUGGAAUUAAUAGUUUUGUGUAUAACAGGUCACGAGGAUUAUUAGAAUGGUAGAAGCUUCAAGGAAGACACAAGAUCCUAAGGGAGCGCAUAGGGCACUUUUGUGCAUUUUGUUAUAAAGUGUGGUUUACACAGACGUCAAAAGUACACGGAAUAAAUAAAUACUGCUUAAUUGGGCAAUUUUUCCAAACAAAAUGCACACAGACGGCUGAGCAGGGUACUACUGUGUAGCUACUCACUUAAGCUCUCACAACCUAAUGUUCAGUCUUGAGAUCUCACCUAGGUAAGACUUUCCAUUUGAGAGCACAUCAAAACAUGUCACUUCGCAUCACGAAUUCCGAUGUACACAACGUCUUUUCAGUACAGAUCUAUCAGGUUUGGAACGAUGUAGAUCUUUGCCUUCCAAACGCGCCAUCCUCCCCCAUAUGCGUUGUUUUCAUUAAGCGCACGGUACCUAUUAACACUCUCACAGAGAUUGCUGGAGAUAGGUGACGGGGGUUAUGUCAUUCUGUGGCCAGCAAACACUAAUCUGCGUCUGUCUCGACAUUUUCAGCUGACUCAAGCCUGGGAAGAGAAGAAAGCCGUGGCUGGGGCCUCACCGUCUCAGCCUUGCUCCCCAGUUCCCGGUGCAGUGAUCAACCCCCUACCCAGAAGGCCCCGGGAGCGCAUCGAACUGGUCCGUGUGGAAAAUAUGGAACCCUACAAGAAGUACUUCGCCGCAUUGGACAAACUGAAACGCGACGCCAAGUCUCGAGAUAGAAAUGCAAAUGGUUAGUGGUCGGUUUCGCCUUUUGUUCAUAUUCAUUAGCGAUUUAUUACCUCAAAUGAGCCUCCUUUUUGAGCCGUCUGCUGACCUUUUUCGGUUGAAGUAGUCGAUCGUAAGUCCCCAAAAACGUACAAGAAUGUUCAAAGGAGCCAUGACAGUAACGAAAUAUUUUUAAACGACACAAUCAACGCUAACUACUAACCAUUUGCAGUCCGUGUGGAAAUAUGGAACCCUAUAAGAAGUACUUCGCCGCGACGUCAAGUCUCGAGAUAGAACGGUGAAUGAUUAGUAGUCAGUUUCGCCUGUUGUCUGUCUUCUGUUUGCGCCAUCUGCUGGUCUUUCCCGGUUGAAGUCGUCAAUCGUAAGCCCCAAAGACCAUAGAAGAAUGCUCAAAGGAGCCGCGACGUGAAUGACAUGUCUACAAACGACACAAUCAACGCUGAACUACUGGCCGCUGUCACUGUUCCGCAGUAGUGCCAGUGCGUUCUUUAUGAUAGCGGGAAUCGACAACACCGUCCAAACGGCGUUCUGUCUUGCACCAUUAAGAUAUGGCGCACUGACGUUCCUGAACGUGCUCCUAGCACAGCGCCUGAGAAAUCUGGGUAUCAGUGCAUUUGUCAGCGUUCAAGAUGUGACCGUUCGACCACCUCAAGCGACUGCAUUCCCCGCCUGCCCAAUAGAGUUGGCGCAGGGACGGUUACUUGAGUGUGUGAACAAGUUCGUAGUGCGUCAGUCUAUCGCAUUCUCUGUUUCCACACCCGUAUGGAUCCGAUAACGAAACAAUGACGCGAUGAUCGGAGGCGGGCUCGAGUGCGGUGGCUGACAAGGCUUAACAGUCCGUUUACGCGUACCACGCACGGCCUGGUUCCUGCAGAAUGUAUGAGGCUUCCACAAAGGCGGCUCAGCCCUCAGAUGAUCAAGAGCGUCAAUGGGGACUGCAUUGAAAAGGAGCCAUUGCAGCCUGAUUCGCAGUCCUGGGAAUGAUCGGAUUAUCUCAUCAGUUGACAGCCUUCCAAGACACGGCAUUCGAGCGCAUCAGAUUCGUUUUAGUGAGGAAUACGCUGGGAUGCCGUGCGGACCGAUUCCCCAGUGUCCACUUAACUCUCUCUCUCUCUUCCCUCUGCCAUGCACCAGCAACCUGCUGGGGCCUGUUCAUCAGCUGAUGACGGGAUUGGAUGGUGGGACUAACGCAGCCUGCGGGUCUGCCUUUAGGGGGUGACACAUACGCACAUGCACGGCAGUACAUAUACGCACGUGUGAACCCAGCACAGCUCGGUAAACACGUGUCAAGAGUCAGUCUGAAGACCAUCUAGGCCCAGCCCUGUUGCGGGGCCUAGCGUCCACUUUAGCUCCCUAGGCACAGGCCGCGUAUUUUAUCGUAAAUUGGAAAAUCAGAAGCGCAACGGGAGCUUAGUAGGCAUAAAUGGUAGAGAGUCAGUGGAAGUUCUUCGCUUUUUGUCCCGAAAAUGAUUCCAGAUGGGGAGAGCUCCUACUCUUUAAUUUAUAUAUUUAAACUGAGUUAUUGCCUCACUCAUGAACGACUCUCGCUACUCCUCUCGAGCCGCUUAAUGGAUUCCUUUGCCUAGACGCAGUCCUCAGUCGUACCUUGUGGCAGUCUAGGAUGUGAGAUCAACUUAAACCACGCACAAUAAGUUCGUUUCGUCUAGUGUCAGAAGUCAGGGAGCUGUGAGGACUAGUUGAUUCUGUAUACAGGGCAGGUUGCCGUAAGUUGGCCGUUUGUUUGCGACAGAGAUAAGCGUCCGUUCACGCAGAGUGUCAGUCGCGGUGUGUUGUUUUCGCGGGCGUGUCUGGGUCAGCAGGAGGGGGUGACUGGCUGAGUGUUGGUCGUGUGAUUGGACAAAUUAGGGGAGGAAUAGGGGCGCAUGCGCACAAUGCCUUACGGGUAUCAAGCCAGGGCGUUAGACGCGCGUGAGGUGAUGAAAGUUUGUGAGGUCAGCCGACAGUCACUGAAGUUGGACCGGAGGUGUCUGAGUGUUAGCCGGCGGGGGUGGCCGUGUGUCAACAGCUAUCACAGCCAUUGUUCGACGAAACGGAGACUGGAGCGGCUGCUACAAACUUUCGUUAUAUUUUUUGGGGUGAAGAAUUAUUUCCUCGAUUUCGCCAGCCCAUAAUGUCGCUAUGGAGACGAGAAGCCUUACCAAAAUAACAGAGCUAUGCUAAAAGGGGGCAUAUGUACCGAUUACAAACGUUUUCACCUAUCAAACGCAUCCUAAAGCCUGGAAACAGGAAAUGCAGCUUUCAAAAUUGUGCUGUAAGGUAAAUUUACAGACACAUAGUAUUUAAAAACGGUCGUAAAUAUUGGCUUGACCGGCAGGGCUGAGCUGUACAUAUAUUACACACUUUGACACAUUAAUUACGACUGUCUCGAGAAAUGACGGCUGUUAACGACAAAUGGAACUUGGACAGAUGCUACAAACAUCCUCAUAGCUGCCAAACCAAUUUAAUUUUCGACCUCGGUUAUUGUGGAUUGGAGCUAUUUGAGAUAUACCUAAAGACACCGAUGGUAAUUUGCCUGUGGAGCCUGCAUGACGCCUACAUCAGAAACAGUAAAUCCGGCAUAAACCUAAAAAGUUAUUAUUUUUCAGGACCUAAUGUGUCCUGCAUGAGCAGUCAUCAACGACGUGCACUUUAUUCUGAAAUACUCUGUCUUUUCUGUUCUUUGCAUAGGCGUGCAGUAUGAUUCUGAGUUUAAUGAUGCGCGUGUGUAUGCGAUUCAUUUGAAGGAACAGUUUGUUUUGGCCUUUUUGAGCGAAGCAGAAUCAACCGUAGUGAAUUUAGUAUAGUCGUUGUUGUUUACUUUACGCAAUGCAGAUGAAAGUUGAUUGUUUGAAAAGAAGAGCCUCUGAAGAGGUGCCCACCGUUUUAUCACAUUCACUUCCAGCUUUCACAAUUGUGCGGGCGUAAUUAAAUGCACGCGCAAGGUGCCUAUCCCCGUCGCCUAAAAGCCAGCAACCAGAGGAUGGGGCUGUCAUUUUGUAGGUGCCCGCUUGCGCGUCGGUGCAUUCGUAACCAUGACGACGUGCCUUGGCAACUUGCUCAUUAGAAGAAAACGACGAGUCACAAGUCGGACGCUAACCAAAAGCUCCCAUAGCAGGCGGCAGUGGUUUCCAAAUUGUACAGUCACCUUUUGUUCUCCUUCUUCCUCCACCAAGUUUAUGAACCGCCAGCCCGAGACGUCUCCCUUUCCGUGUGGGCAUAAAAUUACCUGUUCCAAGAUGACGACAUUAUUGAUAAACACGUCUGGCUUUAAUGGCUUUAGGGAACUAAAUCCACAGCCUCAUUGUGUAGUAUAUGAACAGACAUGGUUUACAAACAGAAAGGGUAGGUGGGCUAACUCAUGAAAUGUCAACCGAAAUUCCGAAAUGCGUUUUCGUUUCGAAAAGAUUAAAUAAGUUGGGUUGUAAAAUUAGUCAGCCUGCAACAUGAUUCUAUAAUAAGGCAAUACCUCAGGAUGCCGGCUUUCGAAUGAACAUCCUGCCGGCUGCAUGCAAAAACGAUACUCUGUAAAACAUGACGAUUUAAACAGCAUGCAUUUUUCUCAUUGAUUUGGAUGCCCUUAUAAAUUCAAUUAUAUUUCAUAGAAAGUAUGCAUAAAAAUAUUUAUUCCUUCACUCAUACGGUAGAAAAUUACGUCUUCUUUCAAUUUUACACUCGAAGGAAGGGUAUAAUUUGGUUUUAUACAACUUUUCCAAUUCCCGAACAAUUUUGAACCCAACCUACCGUUACACUUGCAUUCAGGGUUCCAAAACUACAAGCCGUAUAUUUUCCGCGUACGGAAAACCACACAUUUCUCUACAAUAAUAAAAGGGGACCAUACAGGGUGCAUAAAAUUUAGCAGCGGAUUUGAUCCAUAGUGUGAACUUAACAAGCCACAUUGGUAAAUGCAGAGACACGACGAUUUAUGAACGGCCAUUUCACGGUAUUUAAAAAUGCCACAAUAAGAAACUUUUUAAAAACCGAAUGCUACCCUUCCAUCAAGCAUAAAAUUGGGAGAGAUGUAAUUAUCUACCGAAUGAGCGAAAGAAUGAAUGCUUUUAUGCAUAUUUUCCACGAAAUGUUAUUGGAUUUUAGGGGCGUUGAAAAUCAAUGAGAAAAAUUCAUGCUACCUAAGUAGUCGUUUCUUACAGAGUGUAGUUUUUGCAUGCAGCCGGCAGGAAGUUCAUUCGGAAGCCGGCAUCCUGAGGUAAGUGAAAUAUCAUAGAAUUAUCUUGCAGGCUGACUAGUUUUACAACCCCACUUAAUUCAUCUUUUCGAGACGAGAACGCAUUUUGGAAUUUUGAUUGACAUUUCAUGAGUUCGCCCACCUACUAUAAACGAAAAUAACGUGACCGUGGUCUUCAAUAAGCUAGCCUAACCGAACGACGAAAUACGAGUAUUCCGUCGUGCAAUAAAUAUCGGGUAGGACUGACUUAUAUGGCCCCCUUAACAGGAUAUGGAAAUAGAAACGCCCCGUCAAAGUAAUAAGGGUUGACCUGCGCAUAAUUCCGGAAAGGACAAAAUAUUCCAGUUUCUUAACUCCAAUAAUAACCUUAGUAUGAAACUAAGCCGUUGCUCAAAUCUUGACCCGGACCCUAAACUAAACCUCGACUCUGCAGUUAACACUAGUCCCCACAGUAACCUAAAGUUGCUCCUGACUCACCUUAGACUAACCUUAGACGUAGCACUUAGCCUAACCUUAGCCCUAACCUUAAAUCUAUCUUUAAUUUCAGUGUAAGUGGGCUCAAAGCCACCUGUAAAGCAGGAGGUACCUAUUCCAAUUUUCCACCGACCGCUUAAGUGGGGUUACCAUAUUGGUUAUCUUGCGGCCCAUUCCCGGCCUUUCUAUGUACUUAUAUUCUGCCGCCUGUGAAAAGCGCACGCCUUUUCUAUUGCGUUUAUGGCACCCUUAUAAAGUAAAGUGUGUUGCGUGGAAAAUGUGUUCAGAAUAUUCUUUCCCGUGCUCAUUGGUUGCAAAUCACGUCUACUCUGUGAAAGGAUAUGUUUAGGUUUUAAAAAGCUUUUCGAUUCCGGUCUGCAGUUGCAUUUGCGUUUAGGGUUUAGAGUCUAGAAGCUGCAUUACUUACAUGUAAGAGAGAUCAUACAUUUAUCUCUGCCUUUAAGAAGAUACCUUACUAAUGGUAGAUGAGUGUUCAUCGAUCGUUUUUACGGAAGGCACUCGUUCCGUUGUGCCUUACAGGCUCUCUUUCGAGCCCGACCAGCAACCGCACAGUGGCGCGCGAUAUAGACAGAAUAGUAGUACCGACAAAGACAAAGGAGAUUGGAACGGCCAUUUAUGACUCAUUAGUCGUCGUCAGCCGGUCAUACCCAAACCCGAAGUGUUCGACACCUAAGACUCGAUCCCGCGACCAGCUGGUUAAAAGUCCAACGCUUGUAACUGCCGAUCCACGGGCUCGUUGUCCUGCCGGUUUCGAUCGGGUAUACGCAAUGGUAGAGGGGCGCUCACCCUAUUGAGUUCCAUAGAAUUUUGCGAUGGAUGUGAACUACAUUGUAUAUUUCUUUAGCAGCAGUGAUAAACAGACAGAUGCGUGCCAUUUGAACGUCUUAAAAAAUCUCACAAUUGCGAAAUUUUUUAAAACUGAGACCUGUGCCUUUCCUUGGCUUACAAAAUGUAAAGAAGGCGUGAUUUGCUUCUACAUGAGUACACAAUCAUAUUUUUAACAUGUUUUUUCAAUAAAAUAUGUUUGAAUUUAUAGGGGCAUCGAAAAUUAGUAGAAUAAAUGCACGCAGCUUAAGUGGUCACUUUUUGCCGAGUGCGGUAUUUGCAGGAGGCUGAAAAGAGAUGAAUUUAAAAAUCGGCACUCUGAUGUGACUGAAAUAUUCUGUGAUUAUGCAGCAUGAUAACCCAUAUUGCAAUCCCACUUAAGCAUAUCACAAUCAAAAACUCAUUUCAGGAUUUCAGUUAACAGUUCGUGAGAUGGUUCAGCAACCGCACAUUUUCGCAGGUCGUUGUACAACGACUAGCCGCCAAUAAUUUAGAGCUGUUAACUAAGAGAACGGGGGAGCCCAGUGUGUCGUGUUUGGUUUAUUUUCUGACGCCAGCUAUUCGUGCUUCGAGCACAGGCAGGAAAGACCUAUGAUCUAAACCGUGGUGUUUUUUCACACUACUUUGAAUAUUCGCGUCUGAGAAGGCAUGUGACAAUGUCCCAAGUUAUGGAGCACCCGACUUAAUGACGAAUCUAAGUGAGUCUGGCAGUCUUCUGGUGGGUUCUAGGUGGACUACUUAGGAAAUCCUGCUUGAGCCGUCAACUUGCUGUAUCAGAUUUGGUGAAUUCCAUACGGUGCAGUAGGCUGGGAGGUUAACGUGACCCAAUUGUGAUUAAAAUCAGGUCGUCCGGCGGAGCCUCGUAGCUCUGAGGGCUAGGGCGUUGGCUGUACCUAAGCCUUCCCCUUGCUGUCGUGGGUUCGAAUCCCACCGAGACGACGAGUGUUUCACAGUUAGGUCAAGAUAAAUAAUUCAAGUUGGACUUCAGAAUCAGAUCCUUCGCUCGAAGCACAUGUCCGGGAUAAUAUCCGUGCUGGGGUUAUCAUGGAACAAGUGGUAUUUGUUCCUCACUGCCUGCUUGUUGGUAUAGCGUGAAUAUUGCGCAGUUAUUCCGCCGGAGCUGACGAAUUUCAGCUGAAAUAUCCUUAUCGACUUUUGGACUGAGCCGGAAAAGGUCUUUCUCGAAAGAUUAACUCCCAGUUCACUACUACAGUGGGUGAGCUAACUCCUGAAAUGUCAACUGAAAUUCCGAAAUGCGUUUUCGUCUCGAAAAGACUAAUUAAGUAGGGUUGUAAAACUAGUCAGCCUGCAACAUAAUGCUAUAAUAUUUCAGUUACCUUAGGAUGCCGGCUUUCGAAAAAACUUCCAUCCGGCUGCAUGCAAAAACUACACUCUGUAAAAAAUGACUACUUAUGUAGCAUGAAUUUUUCUCAUUGAUUUUCGAUGCUCCUAAAUGUCUAAUUAUAUUUCAUGGAAAACAUUCAUAAAAAUAUUUAUUCCUUUGCUCAUUCGGUAGAUACUUACGUCUUUUUCUAAUUUUAUACUCAAAGGAGGGACAUAAUUCGGUUUUCAAAAACUUUUCUAGUUCCAGAAUAAUUUUGAACCCGCCCUACCGUCAUGCGUGGAUUCAGGGUUUCCAAACUACAAACCGUAUAUUUUCAGCGUACGGAAAAGCACACAUUUCUCUACGGUAAUAAAGGGGAGCAUAUAGGGUUCAUAAAAUUCAGUAGUGGAUUUGAACCAUAUUGCAACUUUACAAGCCACAUUGGUAAAUGCAGAGAUAUGACGAUUUAUAAACGGCCAUUUCAGGGUAUUUAAAAGUCUCACAAUUAGAAACUUUUUGAAGACCGAAUUAUACCCUUCCUUCGAGUAUGAGAUUGGAAGAGGACGUGAUUUUCUACCGAAUAAGUAAAAGAAUGAAUAUUUUUAUGCAUGCUUUCCAUGAAAUAUCAUCGGACUUUUAGAGGCAUCGAAAAUCAGUGCGAAAAAUUCAUGCUAUUUAAGCAGUCAUUUUUAACAGAGUCUAGUUUUCGCCUGCAGCCGGAAGUUCAUUCGGAAGCCGGUCUCCUAUGGUAACUGAAAUAUUAUAGAAGCGCUUGCUUUGUUUGCAGCAGUACCAUAUCUAAUAAACGACUCCAGACCUGGCUUGCCGUAGUAGCGGGUCCUUAGUUCCUAUUGCCUUGGUCUGAGUGGUUUCAUCUGACCGGUGUGUCACCUCGAUCUCGAGUCGUGCGAAAAGGCGACUGACAGCUCUCGAGACGUUCUUAGCGUGGUGAUGUACUCAUCAAUAUCUGGUCUCGUGCGAUCUGGUCCCGUUUUUAGCGUGCUUCAAUACUCAUCGAACAUGCUGUCUACGGCCAUCAUAGCCAUGUCUGGCGUCCUUGACCGAGGCCCCAUUGCGUCAAGAUCAUUCGCCCUCGCAGUGAGCGGUUCCAGACCCCCUGACCUGCGAGCAAUCGACUGACUCCAGCUGGGACGCACAUGCAUCCACGGCGUCACAGCUGCCCAUGCGUCACGUGAACAUCGACCCUCGACAAAUCGACACACACCACCCUCGAACCUCCAAAAGCAGCUGCCACCACUGUCUAGUGGACACUCAGAUACGACUGGACGCAGCCAACAUCAGACUUGGCUUCAUCAGCGGCCACUGCCGCCCUAAAGGACAAUUCGCAAUGAACCCCUCAUUCUGGUGACGUCUGUCUUCUCCUUAGAAGUCGGGAUAUGGCCUGAUGAUUGGAGGACUGAGUGCACUCUCACCGCUCAGACGCGACAAACGGAUUUUAUUUCGACAACCUUGUCCUCCUGUUGUCUGGAGUGCAUUUCAACAUUAUCGAUAGUGCUCUUCGCAAAUGCGUUUGCAGCCCAACCAUUGAUUGCUAAUGCAAACCGAGUAUUUCUAUGGUGGUUGCCACCCCCCUGAAAAGUACUCUAUCGAGCACGACCACCCGUCAGCUAGAAGCGGGAAACCUUGUCGAGCAAGUGAUCAGUGCGCUCAUAACGACAGGCAGUAAGUGCAAAACAGUAGUAUAUACAUUGUGCUUUGGUAGAGGGGCGUUCACCUAUCGUUAUUACGGAACUCACUCGUUCCGUUGUGUCUUACGGGCUCUCUCUCGAGCCCAACCAGUAGCCGCACAGCUGCGCGCAAUAUAGGCAGACUGUUAUUACCGACAAAGACAAGGGAGCUCGAGGGAAAGACCGUAAGGCACAACAGAACGGGUGAGUUCCGUAAGAACGAUCGGUGAGCGCCCCCUACCAUUGUAUAUUUCCGAUCGAAACCGACAGGGCAACGGGCUCGUGGCCAAGUGGUUGGAGGCGUGGACUUCUAACUAACAGGUCGCGAGUUCGAGCCCCAGAUGCUCCACACCUCGGGGUUGGGUAUGACUGUCUGACGACGGCUGAUAAGCCAGAAGUAGUCAUUCCGGUCUCCCUUGUCUAUGUCGGUAAUAAAACUGUGUUUUGCUGUACACAUUUAGAGGAGACACAACUUCGCGCAGGUCGAUAACAUCCUGGGAGACGGCAUCAGCACCAUUCAUCGCCAGAAAGUGUUGCCGCCAAGAUGGAGUUUUAAAAGUCAGCGGAUAGAUGAUCGCAGUUCUCGGUGCAGUUGUCUCUCGCUCAAAACAAGUUGUGUAAAAGUGCAGAGCGAACACUCCCUCCUGGAAGAGUCGAGGCGAGCCCUUUCUCAGGUGACAUCGGUCGGCCUCGUAAGCCCAAAUGGAGCAAACCUGAGAAACAGUGUAGUGUCAGGAAACUGACGCGCUGGUUCAGUGCAGUCUUGAAGUAUCGCUCGAAAGAAUUCGAGAAGGCGAAUAGAGGCGGGAGAAGCAACUAUAUCAGGGACGGUCAAUCGAGUCUAAAAAUUCAACAGCUGGUAAGGACAGGUGGCUGCCCGGACCUCUACGUCCUGGCUUGAGUGAUACUUUUGAUUUCUGAAAGUGUGUCCUUCAAACGAUUCUCGCGCAACUGUAAGAAAAUCUGCAAAGUUAAAAGUGUUCGACUCGGCCAAAGGGAAACCUCCACAGACAAACGAAGAAAACUACUCUGCGUCCCCAGUAAUUUUGCAUUUUCCACACAUAAAUGAGAGAAUUCCACUCGGUAACCACAGUGCAACCAAAGCAAGUAUGCAAAGCUGUUUCUAACUUGGCAGCAGUCAUCGGCAUGCUUAAAAUCUCCUUAGACUAAAAGCCCAGUCGGUCUAACCCGGGAUUGUAAACGAAGGAUUCCUUACUUGCUUGGCGUCCCGAUCUAGCUGCAUAUGGACACAAUGUCCACUCAAUUCCGUAUUAGCCCGUCUGGUCCCAUCAAUUUGAUAUAAGAGGUUUUAUCCAACGCCGAAAUGAAUCUGAUAGAUGUUGACGUUCAGCUACGAUAUAUACAUAAAGCGGAAGCAUCAGUCGAGUCUUUUCUAUCAUUAUGCAUCCGGAAAGCAGUUAAAAAACCAUCGUUGUUACCUUUUUAGCCUUCAAUCGUGCGUGCGCAUUUGGCUGCAGGGCUGGUGGCGACUCCGACUGUGGGGCACAAGUGAAGUCCGCGCUUGCGCCAUCGGAACAUCCCAACAAGCCAGGUUCGCACUUAUUAGACCUGAACCCUCCUCUCUCCCAAAAAGCUCUCUAGAGCCUACGUUUUGCUAAACUCCUCCCGAAGUUUUGAAACGGCUAUCAGUUUUGCAGGUUUGCUGAUGUUUUUGCCGAAAACAUCAGAGGCAAUUCUUAACCGUACACGUUCGGCACUCCCCGAUAUUUCAUAACCGUUCAAAUGGUCGAAAAGCUGGGUAGGGAGAAUUCGGGCAGGUCAGACAGGGAGAGAGGAACCUCCCGUACUAUAGACGGCCUUGCGCUAAAUCCCGGUUUGGGUACCUUUCUCGUGUCUCAGUCUUAACUCUAACUCUAACUCUAGGUCCUAUCCGAACACUAACCUUCCGAGCUCAAACCCCUAUCCUAUGCCUAUCCCUCAGCCUAGCACUGACCAUUCAAACCCCAAAGCUAACCCCGACCCUAAUCCCUCCCCCCCGUAAUCCCUUUAUCUUCUCUUGAUUUCCUAGUUGUUCCAAUGUACUUGUUUUGCCUUUUGUUGUCGAUUCCCUAUGCCGCGACUUACUUAUUUCUUCCGGCUGCGUUUUGGUUUACUUUGCCUACGUUAGAACACAAACGCUCUGCUUCCUCGAUAUCUCUGAACGGCUUCUGUUGUUGAAUGCGUACGCCUGACUUCUUUAUAUCUUAAGGGUACCUGUGCAUAUUCCCUCUCGUAAAAAAUAAUAAAACAGUUAAAUUUAAUUGAGAGGUGGGGUUACACAACCUACCGUCGCCGUGCCAGGUUUUUAGUCUGCAAGUGCUGGUUUACGAUGAGCUGAUCUACAUGACCUCUUUGGGGGUUGUCGUCAAUGUCAAUGGGUCGGUUGUUCAUUGGUUGCCUUCAAAGCGCGCAUUCCCGCCUGACUAGAUUAGUUUUAGAGAGAAAACCAGUUCACUCACCAUUGGAGACCGUCUUAAGGCUUUGUUAGACACACCCAAUUACAGCAUGAGUUACCAGAUUGCUUGAGUCGAAAACGCUGCUUUUAGAACCGAACAGAAUGACUGUCUCUUCCCCUCCCCCCCCCCCAUCACUCUAACUAACAAUCCUUCGCGUCCAUUGCAACCGACACCUUGCAGUGGCGACGGUUUAUCCGAAUUCUGCGAAAAAUGCGGAUGGCUACCAACAAGGAAACUGCUACUCCAGCCCCGCGAUGGAGGAGUUCUUUCAGGUACGCCUGGCGGCCGCUCGAAACCGUGCUCGCGGCGCUGGCGACGCUGAAGGUGUCGCAGGCCUCUUGGGAGGUCCUAAACCCUGCAUUCACUACCAGAAACCAGGUUAGUGCUCACUUGCGUUGAAACAUCUUUUUGAGGACUAAACGUGUUUACAUUGUCUUUAUCAGCGGUUGUUUAGAGCCUUGCUGAACUUGUGCGCCUGUUUUGGAUGCACUCACGACGUUGAAUUGGUUGUAAAUGGCAUUUACGUUGUCUAAGGUGGGUUAACACUGCCAUAAUUUGUCAAGAAAAAUCAGAUUGUAUGUUACUACCGGCAAAGACAAGGGAGACUGGAAUGGCCAUUUCUGGCUUAUUAGCCUUCGUCAGCCAGUCAUACUCAACCCCGAAGUGUGGAACACCCGAGGAUCGAACUGGCGACCUGUUAGUUAGAAGUUCACGCCCCUAACCACUGUGCCACGAGCCCGUUGCCCUGUCGGUUUCGAUCGGGAAUAUGCAAUGGUAGGGGACGCUCACCGAUCGUUCAUACGGAACUCACUCGUUCCGUUGUGCCUUAUGGGCUCUCUCUCGAGCCCAACCAGCAGCCGCACAGCGGCGCAUGAUACAUAGGCAGAAUGGCAUUACCGACAAAGACAAGGGAGACUGGAAUGGCCAUUUCUGGCUUAUUAGCCGUCGUUAGCCAGUCAUACUCAACCCCGAAGUGUGGAACACCCGAGGAUCGAACUGGCGACCUGUUAAUUAGAAGUCCACGCCCCUAACCACUGUGCCACGAGCCCGUUGUCCUGUCGGUUACGAUCGGGAAUAUACAAUGGUAGGGGGCGCUCAACGAUCGUUCUUACGGAACUCACUCGUUCCCUUGUGCCUUACGGGCUCUCUCUCUCGAGCCCAAUCUGAUUAUCGGGGCCUCUGUAACCACAUUCACUCACCACAGUACUUGGUUGACUAUAAGUUAUCAACUGCAUAUAUUUUUUAAAAGUCCACUGAUUAUUCCAUAAAGGGGUUCAUAUUUCAGGUAUUCUUUUUCGAAGUUUGGUGGGAAGUGGAACGUUAUCCCUAAGCAUCACAUCCGAGCGAUAAUAGCUUGCCGAUUAUGCCUACUGUUGAUGUGCAAACGGACACAUCCUAAAACACUACCUCUGGGACCAGUUACAACCACUUGCUUUCAAGUAUGCAAGAAACGUAAGUCAUGCAACCGUAGGCCCGUCUAGAGAGUCAAAAAGAGUAAAUGCCCAAUGUUACGCAAUCGGCGUUGGCGUCCUGGCAACUCAGGAGUAGUGUAUCGCAUCCUGUGUCAAAAUUGUCCUUGUAACUACACAGGACAGAAUGGACGCAUGCUCGGAUCGCGCAUACACGAACAUAAGCUGGCUGUGCGACGAGGCGACGCAUUAUCACAAGUGGCCGCCCACACCUACGAAAUGGGUCAGGAGUUUAACUUCGCAGCCACCAAAAUAGUCGCCCACGCCGGAAACAAAAAAGGCCGAGAAUUGAUUGAAGCCUGGGCCUCGAAUGGGAACUCGGUCAAUCGAUUUAUCGAUUUGGCGCCGGCGUAUAGAGCCCUGCUCAGUCACCUCUAGUCUUGCGCCGUCGGUCUAUGAUUAGCCUACGUGCCCUUUAACCGUCCCCUGUUCAGUUGCUGCUAUUAUCUCUGACGAUGGACUCCUGUACGAUUUCGAAAGCUCAGGAUAAUAAACAAAGUGUUCCGGUGUUCUUCAAUUUAAAGUGCUUAGUCAAAAGUCGAGCAGUGGCCAGUUGGAUUUCGACCCCUGCGUGUGUGAGUUUGUGCUUGCAUAGGGUGCUACUGCUAUUGAACGGGAGGAUCAUGAAGUAUACCAACUUUGCUCUAAUACAAAGUCGUAGUUCCUUUUGAGUUCCGAUCAAGGUCUAUAGUAGUUAAUUUUGUCGCGUUUGAUUGAAGUCUGAUAGUUGUACUUCGCUGCUUGAAUUAAGCCUUGGUCAAGGCGUAUUUCUCCUUGACAGAGGAAACUCGACUUUGAUAAGCUACUCGAAGCGUCUCAAAAGAGACGGGUUUUAUGUGUUCUUUUCGACAGGACAACGGCGAAAACGGCAAUUUUAUCCUAAAUACCAUUGUUAUUUUAUGAAAAGUCUGUUUUAAUGAAAUCUAGGCUAGAGCUAGGCGAAGCGACAUGGUAUGACAUCGAUUCGUAGCGCAUGGUUACGCCUUCAUAUAGUGACCUUUUUACGCAACAGGGGACAUUCAGCUACGUCAGGGGGAGGGAAUAAAAGAUGAACUGGAGUUUACUUCGAAAUGACCCACUCGAUUUCAAGUGUCGAUUACUCUCUGUCAAGACUCAUGGCUUGAGUAAAUGUCGUUGACAACCAUCCAAGACUUCAAAAGUACCAUUAGGAGACUGACACGAGCAGAAUAGGUGCUGCGAACACAUAGACAAGAACGUCACACGUCUGCUACGAUAGGGGUGACUGAGCAAACCUGUGAAUGGGAAGUUGUACGCAUUGCAGCAAUGGAGUAGCAUUUUUUCCGGACUGUCUGACCUAACGGCAUCCUAAAUUGACAGACUGGCGCACAGCCUGUCGCUGGAGGAGCCGACGGAGGAGCAAAUACAAGUGUUACGGCAUGAGGCCUCCUUCGGAACAGCCGACGAUAAAUAUGCUAACAUGAUCGCAGCAGUCAACUUGCUUCCCAAUCAGACGGAUGCAGUGCGGAAGAGAUCAAGUUUACUCACUCCUCGUGGCUCCUAAAUCAAAUGCUGUACCCCAAAAGAGGGACAGAAAAGUUCGUCAUUCCACUCACGAACAAGGAGCGUGCCGCCGUCGCACUGAACGGGACCAAAUACUUUCAGAAGUCAAAAGACCUACCGGAUGGUGGCCAAUUCUAACUUGCAUCAAGACCCGACCCCUUAAAAGUCGAUAAAUAAAGAAUAACGGGAUUUUGAGACUUGAAAAUGCUGCAUGGCGACCAACCAGUGUGUAGUGACUGGGUACGACUGACUGACAGCAGCUAAUAAAUCACAACUGGCAUCCUAGUCUUCCUUGUCCAUACCGAUAUUUUUAUCCCUGGGUUGUUUGCCCUUCCUGGUUUUUUCGAUUGAGGUUAUGGUCCUCGGUUACGCCUCACGAUUAAACCAGCGGUGAGGGUUGCAGCGUGAGCUCGGGCACCUCGGUAUCUUUUUGUCUGCUAUUAGGUCAGAAGUAAAGUCAAAUCAUGGAAAACUAGGUUGAUGAACUCCUGAAUUAAGUCCUUGUGAACCGUUCUUUAUUCCGAUGUAGUUGUGUACUUCCCUGAUGCGUGUCAUUACAGUUUGUGCACGAUAUGUUGCACGAGAGAUCUCUAAAUUCAAGACCGAUCCAGCAUGCUUAAAAGUAGAAAAUAGAAUCCGUUUCGCCACUUUCUUUUGCUGAGCGUUGAGCGUCACGUACCUUGUUCAGAGGUCCUUGAGAAGACAGGUGAAAUGAGUAGAUAGCAAAAUGCGAUUACCAGGAAGGAAGCGCGCUCGUCAGACGGAGACUUUUAUUUGCCUGACGCUUUGGAUUCAAAAUCUAACCCUUUAUCAGAGUUAGCAUCAGAUAAGAGUACUUAUCUGGGUAAGAUGUGGUUUUGUAGCCCCACGCGAUGGACAUAAUACUGUUCGGGUUGGGGUUAGGGUUAUGGUUAAGGGUUAGGAUUAGGCGUUACGGCUAGGGAUCAAGCUUAGGGGUUAGAGUUAGGGACUAGGACAGCUAUUUCUCAACCACUUAAAGUACAACCGCGCAUUCCCAAUAGCCUUCCUUUUGCAUACAACUGCUUGACCUCACGUUAUAUCCGACAAAGACAAGGGAGACUGGAAUGGCCAUUUCUGGCUUAUUAGCCGUCGUCAACCAGUCAUACCCAACCCCGAAGUGUGAAACACCCGAGGCCCGAACUCGCGACCUGUUAGUUAGAAGUCCACGCCUCUAACCACUGGGCCACGAGCCCGUUGUCCUGUCGAUUUCGAUCGGGAGUAUCGAGCGCCCCCUACCAUUGUAUAUUCCCGAUCGAAACUGACAGGGCAACGGAAUCGUGGCCCAGUGGUUAGAGGCGUGGACUUCUAACUAACAGGUCGCGAGUUCGAGCCUCGGGAGGCUGCAUACCUCGGGGUUGGGUAUGACUGGCUGACGACGGCUAAUAAGCCAGAAAUGGCCAUUCCAGUCUGCCUUGUCUUUGUCGGUAAUAACAUACUAUGCGGCUGCUGGUUGAGCUCGAGAGGGAGCCCGCAAGGAACAACGGAACGUGUGCGUUCCGUAAGAACGAUAGGGGAGCGUCCCCUAUCACUACUUGACCUCCUCGCCUUCGCGUUCUGCGGUCCCACCUGUAAAAACCUCUAUCACCGCCAGUCCCGUAUUGCAAGUGGAUGGGUUAGUUCACUUCAGGUGGGGCUACAUAGCCAAGUCUGACCCCGUUGCGGUGUUUGCAGGAUGCGGUCAUCAUGCCAUUGCAUAUUUAUGAAAAAUGACAGCUCCCAAUUCUGUCACAGAUGGCUGCAGGUGACGAGAUAUUGGCUUGAUGACCUGGCCGCUAGUUGUCGCAAUUUCAUCACUCACGUUGGUUCUACAUGUGAUAAUUGCUGAACCGUUUGGCCCACUGUCACGGGCACUCGGAUCAAUUCGUCAGGAUGAUUCCCGCGUUGGUAAUUGCUCUGUACAACACAGAAAAUGGAUGGGGAGGUUGCUUAUUAAUCGACUGAGGGCUGGAGAGCCAGGACUCUAGGAGCUCGCGUUUCGCAAGUCUGCCACCUUUUGCGAGAAUUAGGGCCAAGUCAAAUUAAGAGGCAUGGCGAGGUCCAAUCGUGGGCGGUGACUCACAUUAAAGCGAUAGAUCGGUAACGAUAGGGCGUUGGUGACUACAAAAUUCAGUGUGGCUAUAAACAUAAUUUGUUAUUCGCCAUUUCCAUUGUUCGAAAUUUCUUUCCCUUCCUGAUUAAAUGUAAACUUACCAGAGGCGCUUUAUUCAAAGUCGAAUAUUUUUUAAAAAUUGCGUUUCGUUUACUUUUUUAAUCAUCGCGCUCGCUUUCUUUGCCAAAUGACAGUGUAAUAUAAGACUUUUGGCAGAAGUUUAGUUAUUUUCUGUGUGUUGCCCCACCCGUAAAACCCCCUCUACCACUUUUCAACGUAUGACACGGUCUACAGGCUAGCUGAAGUUAGUUGGAAGUCCUACACCCUAUCGUUGUUCGAUAGAUCACUCCAGGUUUGUCGAUGAACGUUGCAAAACCUUACACUGAUGAGUACAACCCGCCCCACAUGCAUUGUCAUAGUUACAAUGCCGGAGGAUGUAGCAUAGACACCGUCAUCCGAGAUCGCUAACACAGACACAACCACGGUAGUGGUGAGAUUUUACAAGAAAUACACUAACCCUGGUGUUUACUUCUACAUCGUCAUGGGCCGGCAUCUGACUCUCAUCUGUGGUCACACGAGGCCGUGCUCAGCACGGUGUCCACACUGUGUUAACCAUAUCUGAGCGGCGAUCUAAACGAGAUGAGGAUAUCGGACGUGUGUCAUCACACCCGGUAGUUACCGCUCUAAUCCUCAAAUUCCCUCCCCACACUCAGUCAAACAGUCCUACGGAGUGGGUGACAUGUAAUUUCGUAGGCGGCCCAGACUAACUCGGGUUGUCCUAUCAUUCAAAAAAGUCGUGACCCAUAAUGAAAUUCGGCAGUCGUCUGGGAUGAUUGAAGAGUCGUAUUUAGGGGUCGCAGUGGUUGACUCGUCUCACAGCGGCUAGUGAUAUAGGCUAUUAGUUGUCGCUAAUGUUAUUCUUUAUAUAUAUAUAUACAGGCAGAUAGGCGUCCGCGUUUUCUGCUACCCGGUCUGUAUUUUCUGUCCUCAUUUCCACUCGACAUCAUGAAAUUUGUAUGUGACAUCAAGAUAGAUAUGCUUGCUAAUUAAUGCAUCGUCUGAAGGUAUUGGUUGGACAGGCGCCAACGGUGCAGGUUUUUUCCCGUGCAAAAAUUUGUCCUCUGUAUGCAUGGUUAACUGGGAUAAAUGGCCUCGUUUCUUCACCGCUAGCUGGUGCUCUUGUACACGGGUGAGGAAAGAUUCCCGGGUUAGGCCCCAAUAGACAACAUCACAGUUAGUACACGGUAUUCUGUAGACGAUUUCAUUUUUGUGGAAAUGACCAACCUUGUCCUUAGGGUGUACUAGCUGGGUUAGUAACGUGGUUGUAGGUUUGUGCGUUAUCCGUACCUGGUGUUCUUUCAACUGAUUUUCAACAAGCUCAGAUACACUCUACCCAUGAGAGAAAGUUCGAAAGCCGGUUGGUUUUGACGACUGGGUGGCCGUAGCUCUGAAAAUUUCCCUUUACUUGAAAUGUUGUCGACGCAUGUUCAUCGGUGGAUAAAGUCUGGAGUAUAUCCACUCUGAAAAAGAGUUUAAAAGGUUAUUUUAUCCUGGUUAAUGGAAUUCUUCGUUGGAACAAUGAGUUUUGGCUCGAUUUAGCUAGCUCUUAAGAGAACUGCACUUGUGGAGAAUGGGAUGCUUGCUCCCAAAAUGAAUGAUGACCACGGGGUAUGCAUAUGUGCGACAAACUGGGGCUUGCAGCGUUUCACCAGUCUUCUUUUGUAAUAGGGCAUCUAGGAAUGGGAUUUGCCCAUCAGCCUAAGUCUCGAAGGUAAACUGAACUACUGAAAAAUUGGAGUUGACGUUGUUGUGGAGUAGUCCUGAUUGAUCUUUUUGAUGAUAACAAAUGUGUCACCUACGCAGCGCAACCGCAAUUCCCGGUUAAUCAUAGGAAGCGCCGUAGCUUCUGACUUCUUCAUUACGGCUUCGGCCAGAAAGCUAGAUACUAAGGAACCCAUAGGGGGCCUUUCAGUUGUCAAUAAUAUUGAUUUGUCUUGUUUCUUCUUUCAGACGGACUGGUAUCCAAGUCAAAGAACAAUGUAAGUCAGAUUUACUAUUCAGUAAGACAUCAUUUAAUUUAAAUCAAGACAUGACUGGCAUCCGAAAUGCUUCUCAUUUGGCAAACGUCUAGUUGCUGGCGAUAUGAUGCCUGAAGGCGUGGUCGCAUCUCCACAAUAAUCGUCGAUAGGUUGAUUGUUGCACAUGGAAAGACCACAGGUGACAUGCGUACACUGUCCUUGACCACACGAAAAUCGAGCAAGGACGGAAAAAAGUCAGGAUGGCCAUUAACCUCAGGAGUUUAGAAGUACAGAACUUAGGUAUCCUUUGUAGUCGUCUCACGGCCGUUGAACAUAAUGAAAAGCAGUUGGCAAUCACUGUGUUACCAUGCAGAAACAAAGCGUUAGUCGCCCUCGUUGUUAAUUAAGGCCAAAAGGAUAAAAUCAGUCAGAGGCAACCGAAAGGCCCUUUUCAUGCAAUAUUUUUACCUGGGACAUCGUUUAAGGCUUUUAGGUCCCUAAAGGUGUUCGAGUCAAGUGACGUAGCUCAUGAAAUUCUAAACGAAAUCCAGAAACAUGCUUUGGGUUUGCAGGGGCUGUAAUACUGAUUAACAUCCAGUUAAGCUGGAGUGCGAUCAUUUCAAUCCGCCUCCCUUCGUCCGCUUGCAAAAAGUUCCAUUGUAAAAAAUGCCCAUUUAUGUAGUCUGCAUUUUCCAUUGAUUUUCUAUUUUCUUAAAAUUCAAACAUUUUAAAGCAUUUAUACACUUAAACCACCUUCUUCGUAAACAUUCUGUAGGAGAGUGUGUCUUUUUAAACUUUUGGCUCGUGAAAAGGGUAUUUUUUCGUUUCAAGAAUUUGUCAGCUCCCGAAUAAUUUUCAAGCAGGUCUGUGGUUAUAAUUGUAUUUCAGGUUUCGCAUCUACAGGCUGUGCAUUUUCUGUUUAAGGAAAAUAGUGCAUUCUCAUAUGCCAUUACGAAGAACCAAUACAGUUUUCAUAAAAUUUCGUUAUUUUUACGAACUUUGCUGCAUACUUCAAAGGCAGCAUUAAUAAAAGAACAGAUACGUUGCAAUUAGGACAGAAAUUUUAGGUCUUGAAUAUCUCAGAAUUGCACAUUUCAAAACUGAAGACACCCUUUCGCCGACUCAAAAUUUUUGUACAAAAUACCUAUGUGGCGGAGAACUUCUGUACACACUUUCUAAAAAAAUGUGUUUGCAUAUAAAACGUAUCGGAAAUCAAUGGAAUAGAACCAAACUAAAUAUGUAGCCAUUUUAGGGAUAAAACUCUUACGGGCGGCCGAAAAGACACUAAUUCAAAAGCUCGUAGUUAAAAAGUUUCCGAAUUAUGCUACAUGCUAAUUGUUAUAACAAUUGCCCCUAGACAGUCCCUUCUAACCGAGGAAAUAUUUCUAAUCUCGAUUAAAGUUUCAUAAAUUAAAACAGAUGUGCUAACUUUUGAAAUGUUAACCGAAAUUCUGUCAUGUGUUUUUGGCUCAAAAAGAUUGCCUAAGUUGGGUUGUGGUAUCAAUAACCGUGUAGCAUAACCCUACGAUAAUUUACUUACUUUAGGAUGCCUGAUUUUGAACGAACCUUUUUUGGCCGCCUGCAAAAAUAACACACGACGAAAAGAACUGUUUAAAUAGCACAAAAUGUUCUAAUUGAUUUUCGAUGUCCUUAUGAAUUCAAAUGUAUUUCAUAGAAAACAUGCAUAAAAUAUUCAUUCUUUUACUCGUUCGGUAGAAAAUUACGUCCUAUUCAGAUUUUAUACCUGAGUGAAGGGUAUAAUUAGGUUUUUAAUCUUUUCCAUGUCCAGAAUAGUUUGAACUCGAUCUGCCGUUACAUUUGCAUUCAGAGUUUCUAAACCACAGGCUGCAUAUUUUACGUGCACGGAAAAUCACACAUUUCUAUACGGUAUUAAGAGGAGACCAUGUAAGGGUUCAUGAAAUCUGUCACUGUAUUUGGGCACAUUGUAAACUUUACAAGCCACAUUGGCACAUACAGAGACACAAUGUGGGAUGAACGGUCAUUUCGCCGCCUUAAAAAUCUCAUAAUUAGAAAUUUUGUAAAACCAAAUUAUGCUCUUCUUCUAAAUAUAAACCUUGAAGAUGAGGUAAUUUUAUACUGAAUGAGUAAAAAAUGAAUGCUUUUAUCUAGGUUUUCGAUGAUUUAUAUUAGAAUUUAUAGGGAAAUCGAAAAUCAAUGGGAAAAAUUCAUGCUACUGUAGUCAUCAUUUUUUACCGAGUUUAAUUUGUGUAGGCGGCUGAGAAGAUUUUUAUUCCAGCGCCGGCAUCCUUAAGCUACUGAAUUAUUAUGGAGUUAUGCUACACCCUACCUAAGCAAUCUUUUUGAGCCGAAAACGCAUUACAGAAUUUCGGCUAACAUUUUACGAGUUAGCACAUCUACUGUACGUCACCUACGGUAGUGCUUGAGUUAAGGGGUUCAGCGAAAGUGAGGAAAAGCGGCCUCUGCAGCCUGGAAAAGGACCAGCCCAGUAUCGUUUUCCUGCCUACCCCCUUUUUUUUCAGCAAAAAGCCAUCUCCGCAUGGUGGUUAACUCACACGCUCAGUAACCGAGUAAAUGUUCUCAUGUUUUAUUCCUUUAAACGGUAUUACGUCCACAGAGUUCUAAAAAAUUCACAAAGUUUUUGAAAUCGCGCGGAACAACUCAACAGGUGCUUCCUUCGGGUACUUGUUUGGUGGGAACACCAUCGUCUGUGAUGAUCGAAUUGUCUAGAUGGGUUUCAAAAAUCGCAAAGCAGGUUGCCAAAAGUGUGUACUUUUGAGAAUAAAGUAUCUUGAUCGGCAGCGUAAUACUUUAGACUUAUUUUUAAUUCUAACAUGCUGACACAGUUCUGCGUUUUUCUGAUAAAGCACAGACAUUAAUGGGUUGCCUGUAGAAAUCGUCGCAUGCAUUCUGCUACUCGAUGGAGAUGUUCAGGUCCCAUCGAUCCCAAUUAGCUGGUCAAAAAAAACAACUUAAACAAGCACCUUGUUUAUAAACUGAGCCAAGAAUGCAUAAAAUGGGUUUCGGAUGAAAGUUGGUGUACCUGCACUUCCGGUAUUCACCUUGAAUGUAGAGACGACAAUGACCUCGCGAGAUGUGUAACUGUGAGGACACAUUUAGUUAACCUUAAGUCUAUGCGCAUAAAUAUAUGCACGCAUUUUGGGGAUCAUGGACAGGGUCUGUAACAGUUUAUCAAUGCAAAGUUACACUCAUACAUGUCCAGUAUAAAAAGUGAAUAUUCACAAUGUAGCCGGGGACAUUUUAACACAUAUGUGUGCUGUGAUGAGGUGCAAAAGAAAUGUAACUUGAGAACCGAGUUUCUGAGCUGGCCACAAGCAAGCGUCUUACGAAGUGUAAUGUCUGGUCGCGCUACCUGUGAUCACAUCCCGUAUUCCCUCCCAGAGAUAUGACGUCAGUGUUGAGUGAACCGUGGCCUACAAAGGAAACUGUACUGAGGGAGUUUCCUGACUCGAAAAAGAAAGUGCAUUAUCAGAAAGUUGCUUUUCGAACGCGUGCGCUCGCUGGUCGCCUUCUCAAAGCUGAAGUCUGUGACAGCACUCAAAAACACUUGAUGUUGUAAGGAGUCUCGCUCAUCUUUAGGACGACGGGAAGAUAGAAAAUAAAUUUGCAUUAUUCUAGGAGGACUGCCGACAAAGGCAAGGGAGACCGGAGUGCCACCAGCCCUAAUUCUAACCCCUGGGAUUCGAACGCGGGCACUCUGCUCAUCCAGCAUUAAGUCCAAAGCGCUUCCACUGAGCAACGGUUAUGUUGCCCCGUCGACUGCGAUCAGGAAUAUUAACUACCAUUGAAAGGGCGUUCAAGAUCAGGUUGCAGGACCCACUCAUCCUAUCGCGCCUAGGGGCCUAGUCUAGAACCCUCGCAGGCAGUCACAUAGCGAUUACUACUGACAUAAGGGGGGACUUCUUCCUUCAUCAUGGAAAUCAAAUCUCCAAUUUCUUCCUUGGUAACUAAUCCGUCUACACAGACUCAGAUAUAAUUAUGCAUAAGACUCAUUUGACGUGGUUCGCAAGCUUAUCUAUUGUAUUAUUUUAUGUGACAAAGUACGGUUAGAGCCUCUCCCAGAUCGGAAAUAAACCGUCCUCAAUCGAAGACAACUUUAAAUACCAACGAACAUCCUGGAACCAUCACGCCUGACCUCCAUAGUUUAUUUUGCAUAGAAUCCAGCGCGGAAUCAGGAAACAGGAGGUUCAUGCCCAUUUGGUAACAUGCGUUUUCUCUAUGUGAAUCCGUUUACUCCGAACUGUUCGUCAUACAUGAUAUAAACAAUGUGUUUGGCCUGCAACUUCACAGAUUACUCUAACAACCCUCAACUCAGAGUAUGCUCCGGUGCUCAUGAGCCGUCUCCGUAAUCCUUCGAUCUACUGCAAAUGGAAGAAGUGGUUGGACGUGGGAAUACGAACCCCCCAUGCUAUAGGCCAUUUUGUGCUGAAUUUCAGGGAGGCGCCUUUCCAUUUGUUCCAACUUAAAGCCCAGCACUAAGCCCAACUUUCCUGCUAAAAGCAGGAAAGUUGGGCUGGGUUGCCCCUGACCCUAACUGGUUGGAUACGGGACUGGCGACCGCCGUAUUGCCUUUUUUAAUUUCCGAAGAAAUUAGUGCGCGAACCUGGAGUUAAUCCUUCGGAACAGACCUUUUCAGGCACGGUCCAAAAUUUGAUAUGAAUAGUUGAGCUGAAAUCCCCCAGCUACUGCGGGAUAACCGCGUAAUAUUCACAAACCACCAACAGGCAGUCAGUAGUAUACAAUUGUGUCGUUAUUUACCUCCUGUAUUAUAGGUGGACUUGCCCUAAAUUUCAGCGUUAUCGCUAAAGUUAGUGCUAGUGUUGGAGAUACGGCUAGGAUGGUCGGACAUGGGAUUGUGGUUGAGGUUAAUGUUGGGAUAAAGAUUUGGACACGAAGCCACUCUGGAAUUCAGCGCAGGGCCAUCCGUAAUGCUAGGGGUCCAUAUGCUCAUGUCCCAAUGAAGAAGUCACUUAUACCACUUUCCUUAGAAAACUUUUUAAAGCUGAGACGCAGUAGCAAAAGCUGGGGAAUAUUUUAAUUUGAAAAAGUGUCCGGAGUUCAGACGGGCCGUGAGAUUUCGUCAGGAAAACCUACUUGCCUCAAACAUCUGAAUAUUUACCAAGUAGUAUUUCCAAAUGUUAAGUAUCUCCCAGCUAGGUUUUGAUUUUGUUUUUGACAAACUUGUCGUGAACUCUGGUCUCGUCGGUGAGUGCAUGCAUUAGGCAGCCUCCGAGCGCUUGAAAUAUUUAAACCAUCCGUUACUGACGAAUGCUUUAAAAACUUAUUUUUUUAAAAAAAUACAUGAAACAUCUCAGCCCUUACGACAGCUGAUCGGUGGGUAUAUGCAAGUGCAGGCUUUGAAAUUAAAUCCGUUCUCGUGUAUAGUGGGACGAUUUGUUGAGUAAAUUUUUUUACGCCACCCCGCAGAUCGCCUUCAGACGAACAGUGACGCUACAAAACCGUUAAUUGUUUAAAAGUGCUUAAAUCACAUUAGAACAAAUUUAAAUUAAGCGCAGAGCCACCCUUAGUACUGGAGCUCCACACGCCCACGAAGACGUCACUUACAUUACUUUCCUUGGGGAACAUUUUAAAGUUGAAACGCAGAAACAAAAGUCAGGGGAUAUUUCGGUUUGAAAAAGAAUACUGGUUUCGAUGCCUAUCUUUAUUUAUAAUGUGUAUAUCAGGGCCCCAAGGCAUAACGGAACAAGCGCCUUCGUAACCUGAUUGGCGAGCGCCCAUCUAUCACAAUGUGCAUAUAUAUUUAAAAUAGACGGGUAAAUACAUGGAGUAAAGCUGGUGCAUUCCUGGUGAGUGGCCUUGCCACAGAUGGCUGGUAAGCAACUCAGUCACAAAGAAUCCCAUAAUAAUGCCUGGAACACAUUAAGAUUGUUCUAUGUUAUCAGUACUAAUAGCCCACGUAAACGAUAUCUUAUGCCUAAAAGAAUCCAAAGACAAUUUUUGUGAGCGUUGGCCCACAUCGAAUACACUUUAAACCUGUAUAUUUUGCGGUCUUGCUACAGCAAGUAAGUUCACACAGGAGUUACUAGUUGUUUUCUAUUUUUACGUCGGACUGUCAUACAGACACAGCCGGCAAGGUAGCGGAGGCAACAACCAUCAUAUGGACCAUUAGGUAUGACAUUUAUCGCUGAAUAGGGAGCAAAUAGCCUGCUAAGGAAAGCAAAGCUAAUGUAUUUCACUGGCGGUUAGGACAGCUACGGGGAGGCAAGUACCAGAUCGUUCUCCGGUUUAUUUCUGAUGGUGAGUCUUCCGGUUUAGCGCUAAACGUCCACUCAUCAUCCUCACUAACUCGCGCGCUACUUCCUUAAACAAACAAACUAAAUACUUUCUUCCGCAGAUGAAUCACAUCAGGGUUGAGGCUAAAUUUGUUUUAAUGUGCGACAUAUAACUGGGUAGGUACUCCGCAUGUAAAGUCACUUUGCUCACGUUGAAUUAAAUUAGCCGAUCACGUUGCUUUAAAACAAAGCGCCGCUCAGUGCGGUGUGGCGUUUUAUUCAGAAAUCUGCUUCCAUUUGUUUCAAGGAACACGUUUUGUAAGGUAACACGAUCUAAAGGACUUAUGAAAAUUGCUCACAGUGAAAGUGGUCGGAUUAUUCGCAUUUACUAACAAAGAAGUCUUAACGUUAAUAGUGUUCAAGUAAGCAAACGGUCUUCCUAACGUGCAGUCUUAGUUAUGUCUUUUUUCCCAAACUGUAGAACUUGUAGAAGGGUAAUUUUACCCAAGAACCGUAAAAAUAAAUCGGGCUGCGUGUGCAGUUCUGUGUUAUGCUGUUUGUCCGUAGUUGCCGGGUACGACUUGAAAGGGUACAUGUCCACGAGGCUACCGUCUUCUCAGUGUUUGAUUUGCCUUUAGGCGAGGAGUUUGUUGUACGACAACGUUAAUUACACCUACGUACGUCUACUUAUCCGAGUUCAGUAGACAGUUAGUUUUCGUUAACUAUGGUUAGUGACUGAUAAUUACUUCGGGCCUCCUUGAGUGCAUAUACGAAUCUGCUUUAGAAUGUGAAAUCGGAUGUGCCACAAGUAGAAGAAAACUGCGAACUGAGUCCGGCUUAUGGGUUUUUAUUACAGGGAACGAAGCUUCUGUAAGCUUAGAUUGGUAGUAGAGUGAAAUAUAAGGUUUCAAGGCAGCCCUUCGUCUCAGUGUCACAGGAAACUCGGAAAACUGAAAAAAAUAUAUCAAAAAGGGGGUUGCAGCACGACCUGAAUUCGGGAACGGAUUUUUUUCAUGAAAAAUGCAACGCCUAUCAAAAAUCUCGAAGUUCUUAUCGUGAAUUUUUGUGGAGCGACAACUUGCAUGCUAACAAUAUGCAAUGCUGAAAAUCGGCAAAUUAGCUUAAGAAACACGCAUGCAGACUAUUUAAAUCGUAUUUCCAGUGAUUUUCGUGCUGAUUUUGAAGCUUUAAUCAUGCAAACAUUUUAGAUUUCCAACAUCAAUGAAGAACUGCAGAGAAGACAACUCAUGGUUGAGAUGUUGAAGGUAAACGGCCUCAUACCUCUUAAAGCUUUCCCACUUGUUAGCAUACACAGUACAAUGUUUUGUAGAUAAUUUUAAAAUCCCCAGUCAAGACUCAAUUUAGAACAACGUAGUAGCCACUGUCCAGUAUGCCUGCAGUGGCUAUUUAGCUCUUCGUGAAUAGACUCUGCUUAAGUCUUCCUCCCAAUUCUCUUCUUCUCCUCCCCCUGCUCCUCCUUCUUCUCCCCUCCGCCUUCUCUUCCACUAGAAUUUAGUGAAAAAGUGUUUUUACGUACCUGUUUGACCCCAAAAUGAAGUGGUCUUUGAUGAACAAAAGUAAACGACUAAAGGCUAUUCAGUUCUAUUUUAUGGUUUAUAAAGUUAUCUGACUCUAACUGCACGUGUCCCUUGCUUCGCCCAUGCCCCCAUCCACAAAAAAGAUAAAAAGGAACAAAUCCGUGCAGAACCUGUUGUAAAAUACUUUGCAGAAUAACGUGUCUUUUCCUACUUCUCAAACAUAAAAUCGUGUAGCAAACUAAGCUUUGGGUCUUUUGCUUCAGAAACAGGCAGAAGCGCGUGCCGAGGCACUAAACGCACUCUUAGCCAGACGUGAGGUCGUGGAAUCAACGGAGGUGAGCUUCAUGCCGCUUCAGCUUGUUUACAUCUAAACACCUCCAUACGAGCCGAGAUUUGUUACUGACGACCGUUCGACCGUCGAUUCCGACGAUGUCCGCCGUGUGCUACUCAGCAAGGUGAGAGCAGCCACGGUGACUUGCGCGUGAAGUGGUCUAUAGCAAUAGCAAACUUGCACAGCAUCUACCGCUCUCUCUCUCCUUCACCUGGACCCUCUGUCAAGACAGAUUCAAGAAGACCCGAAGCGGGGGAGGGCGCAGGCAGAUGGCGUUCCACUCCACACCCCCUGGUCCACGCAGAAAAUGACCAGGUGUUUUAGCAACAACAACAAUGGAGAGGGCCGUAGGGGUCCCAGUGUGCGUGAGGUCUGCCGGCAACUGGGUCUACCACCGCACCCCGAAAUUUUGGCGUCUGUUAUGGUGCGCAAAUCCGAUGACCCCUGCCAGAAUGCGAUAUGCCCCCCCCCCUGUUGGUACAGCGCAUCUAUCACGUGGCCCGUUUGGGGACAUAUGUUACUGACAGAGACAAAUGCACUGGACUGAUCACUUCUAGCUUGAUAGAACCGAGGGCUUGGGGCUGUUGUAGGGCUAGCAUGCAUAUGUGUCUGAAUUUUUGAGCACUACACACCCGAUCCUUCAUCGUCCGGAGCUGACGAAUCCGCCACCCGGCCAGCACUACUAAGAGAUGGAGGGUGUGGGCGAGCUUCUGCUGCUGCGUGCUUCGGUCUGCAUCUGACUGUCGCCGUGAGUCUGUAAAACCCGCUGACUUUCUUCUGUCUGGGUGGGGACCCGUAGAAGGACAUUAAUUAUUUGGAGGAAUAGAAAGCCACUGUUAGAAAGACCAUCGUUAAGUGGAGAUUUGACUGAAUAUAAAGGCAGUUUGACCGUCGCGACCAGUGACAUUCACGACCCUUGCCUCCCGACGUGGGCACACACACAGGUGACCUGCGCGUGAGGAGGUCUGUAGCGUGACAGACUCUGAUCCGAGGAAUAAGCGAUCUCUGGAAUAAGGGCUUUAUUCGCCUGACGUUUCGGACUCCUACUUGAGCCCAUCAUCAGAGACAAUGACAGAAACGGGUCACUUUCUCUGAUGCUGAAUCCGAGACGUCGGGCGAAUACAACCCUUGUUCCAGCGAUCGCUCCUUCUUAUUCUUCGUAUCGACUAGCUCCCGGAACUCGCAUCUUCGCUUGUACCGGAAACAGACUUUCGCAACAUCUACUGCGUACUCUCUCCUCCAUCAUCCACCAGGCUCUGUUGACUGGACAGGGUCAAGAUGACUGGAAGUGGGCUGGGACGCAAUGACUGACAGAGCUAAAAAAAAGUCGGCGUACGCCUGUCACACAUGACCUGGCCCUCGAAGAAUAUACUAGGCAUUCAGGAAGGCGCUUCGGAUCCAGUGCUUGAGAAUGUCAUAAAAAGGACAUUGAAAAGGAGAUAUUGAGCCUAGUUUUCAGUCCUAUGAAGAACCAAUUUCACUCACUAGGUGGCGGCCUUCCAAGCCGCGAUCGGAAACCUGACGUGGUAGAUUUCAGCGAGUCAUAUCUAUUAUAAUGAGGAAACCGAUUGUCCAGGAUCGGCCGCACUCUCCCAUUCAUCAGUAGACUGUCCGAGCCAGUUAAAAAAUUGUUGAUAACGUUGGACGCAGCGGCUGACGCGACGUGAGGAUUACGUCUAGGUCCGCCAGCACCUCCGCCCCCUCCAUGUACAGCAGUAGUUAUGGGCUCGCGCGGAUGCUGAACUGCUUGGUUAACGCAUGCUGUUAGCUAAUCUGAUCCCCGUUUUGGUCGAGCACAUCUAUAGAACAACCCGGUAUGAAGAAACAAUCACUGGAAAAACAUGCGAACUAACAGUCACAUAUUCUGCCGGCAAGAAGCAUGUCAAGUGCUUUACAAACACUUCAUUGUAAUAUCGACACGUACCAAGCUUCCCAAUUACCAGCCACACACACCCAUACAACCAGUCGCCGAACUUACAUAUAUACAUACUACUUGUACUGAGUGAGUAGACGUUCCUUUUUGCAUAUUUUCGACAAGCAGACAGCUGCUUACGCUUCGCGCGUAGUGCCGAAGUGCUUGUAAACUCGUGAGAGUUUUUGAUCCUCCUACUUACGGUUUGAAGGUCGAUAAAAAACGCCUAAGCGGUUCUAAGAAACUCCGCAGCCAAACUUGUAGAUAUUAAAUCCGACUUGCAGGCAGCGCAAAUGAGAAGAAGGCUGCCACCGGGAUAGGUCCGUUCCGUUUCUGAUUUUUCUAAUAGCACUCGUGGCUGUUUGGGAGCCAGCAGUCUGUUCGUUUUAUGACUUACUUCAUAAGUUGCAUGUGAUAUUAUUAACAUGAAUUUUCUUACUUUCAAGUUUCAGUAAUGAUUAUCCUGAUUCGAGCCUUCGUUAGAAAAACGACAGUUCACGAUGACGGACUGUUUUUCAAUUGAGUUUCCGCCUUGAGGUCGUGAAAGUAUAGUUCCGAUUAGCAAAUUCAAAUUACAGUUAAAUUAACUGUAAAAAGGAUGUCUAUUUAUUCAACACCAGUCGACUCUUUCUCCCCGAACUGCUUUCGAUAACAGCAGACUUUCGCAGAUUGCACAGGAAAGGGGCGGGGGAGGGAAUCAAAUUGGGGUAAUUCUAGUCGCAAACCACUAAAUUGCCGUAAUUAUCGCACGCAACAGAGACAGUUGAACACCAACUGGAUGAAUAUUUACCUGAAAAACAUCAAUCAACCGGAAUGCAAAACACUGUUGUGCCGGACCGGCGCCUUGUUUACGCCUACCGCUAGCGCGGAUAUCUAUUAUUAUUAUUAUUAGUAUUAUUAUUAUUUUCCAUUGUCCUGGACACCAGAUGAUUCCCAUGCUUCAGUCCAAACGGUUACGAUAAUAUUUUGCAGAGUGCAUAUGUUGUAUUAACAUGUCCUUAACAGGGUUUGUGAGAGCAAUGCCUACUACUCCUAAAUAUACUGAAUUAUACUGAAAAUGAAUAGUUUAGGCCUUCCUUUACACUACCCGUAAAUCAUAAAUUUCGUACGUGCCCGCCAAAAGAAGCUUUUUAGACACAUCCUGAUCCUUAUGUCUGUAUGACUGAAAACUAUUAGUUAUUUACAAACUGUUCAGUCGACCAACCUUGAUGUUUUACACUUUUAGGAGGGAACCUGCGGUGGACCUCUUCACGAUUGCAGCACCCCAAUGAGGUAGCUAAUUACCACCUUUCCUCUCUAUUUCUGGGUGUUUUUGAUUGAAAACUACAGAACUACGGUAGAUCUACUAUAAGAUCGCCACACCCCUGCUUAAUACAUUAAUUUACAUUGUACGAUUUUGCAUUUAAGUGCACACUAGUAACUGCCCAAAGCGGAGCACACACUCCUGGAAUACGACGAAAUUCAAGCUCGCUCAUUUUGUUCAUAAGUGGGGUUAUAUCACCUUCAGAUACCAGCUGAUCGUUUUUUCAGUUCAGUUUAGUCGAGGGAACUUUGUGUGCACACUUUUGAGCCACCAAUUACGUGUUGGCGUUUACUUUUGAUAAGUUCUCAUUAGUCUAGCGCGCUUUUAUGAAACCGGGGUCAACUUAGAAAUUUGCUUCAUAAAAGAAACCGAGUAAUAUACCUACUUCAGGACAAGUGACAGGUGGAAAACAUAGAAAGAUGGGAGGAAUCAGUCGGUAUCGAUCCACUCAGGUAAUUAUGGCGGAAUGACGCACAACAGACGUAAGCUCUCCAAACAGUCUUCCGAAUGGGAAGGGGUUCCUUAGUCUUUGACACUUAAACAAACAAACCGCAUUGCCGGUUAAGCACGCACUGGUUUGUGAGCACAACAAUAUCUACAGGAUAAUCCUCUUCCGAAUUCAGGCUAACAAACGCCUUAGCUUACAAGGUGUUCUCUUCACUUUCUGACUUGAAAACAAGGUUAUUGGAUGUCCAAUCCCCGGAGGGCGUUCCUGCUCUGUCAGCACUCUUAAACAAGCCCACACCAUCUCCGACGGAUUCCCGGCCAUCGUCGCAGGAUGUUUCUUGGAGUCAGGACCCGAAAUUACGGCUUUCGCCCUCUGCCGGAGUUGCGCGCAGUGUAGGAUGUCCUAAACAGAGGUAACCGCACGGUCUGGAUGCAAGAACAUAUUUGCCACGAAAUCCACUGCAGAAUAAGAUUUGACUAGAAAAUUUCGAAUGAUCAUUAUCAUCUAGUUUGAUCUGCAGAUAUCUACUGGAAUUGUACACAUCUCAGUACUAGUAAGCUGUACCGUCAUCAGUAAAGUAAUAGAAUUCGGGUGAUAGUGGGUGGUUUCUAUAAUGAGCCUUAGGAUGGCCAUCCCAGGCACGCAUCCUAGUUCAAAAACUAGGACAAUAAGAUUAAUCUCACCUUACAGAAUGCUUAAUUCAUCUCUUUUUGCUUCAGUCAAAGGACAGUUUGUGUAAACUCGGGGUUUCACUAACUACAUAGACUCAAAGAUGGGAACAAUAAAAUAAGACUGUUUUCUUACAGGGAUAGAGAGCUUACAAGGAGAGGUAGGAACAGUUAGGCGUGAGUUAUGGUCUUUUACGUUUAGCCAACAACCGACGACGUCUGUCUGGGCCGACAAAGUGUGUGACACACUGCUCAGUGAAUAAAUAUUACGGGUUGUAAUUCCGGGUUUCUGUGGUCUGGGGGCCGUAGACACCCAAGGAGUUAAGGCCCUUCAAGCAUAUUUUCCCUGUACUUGGCAGCAGUGCUUCUAGGAGAACGAUUUAUUAUAUAUAUAUAUAUAAUGGUAGGGGGCGCUCAUCGAUCGUUCAUACGGAACUCACUCGUUCCGUUGUGCCUUAGGGGCUCUCACUCGAGCCCAACCAGCAGCCGCACAGCGGCGCAUGAUAUAUAGGCAGAAUGGCAUUACCGACAAAGACAAGGGAGACCGGAAUGGCCAUUUCUGGCUUAUCAGCCGUCGUCAGCCAGUCAUACCCAAGCCCGAAGUGUGCAACACCCGAGCCUCGAACUCGCGACUUGUUGGUUUAGAAGUCCACGCCUCUUCCCACCGGGCCACGAGCCCGGUCACCGAUCGUUUUUUACGGGACUCACGUGUCUUGUUGUGCCAUGCGGGCCCUCUCUUUCUCUCAGGUCCAACCAGCAGCCGCAGAGCUGCACAUGAUAUAGGCAGAGUGCUAUUACCAACAAGGACAAGGGAUACUGAGAUGACCAUUUCUGGAUUAUUGGCCGUCGUCAGCCAGUCAUACCUAACUCCGAAAUGUGAAACGCCUGGGGCUCGAUCCCCCGGCCUGUUGGUUAGAAGUCCAACACCUCUAACCACUGAACCACGGGCUCUUUGUCCUAUCGGUUGCGAGCGGGAAUGUACAAUGGUAGAGGGGCGCUCACCGAUCGUUUUUACGGAACUCGCUCGUUUCGUAAGAAGGGCGUUCGUCUUGUUGCACGUUAUGACUCGCUCUAGGUUCCUGGCAGCCAAUCGCAUGAAGAUUAGUAGCACAAGUUGAUAAUGGGAUACCGACAGAGAUGAAGGAAGGCGAAGUGGUUAUUUCAGGUCUAUUAGCUAUUAGCAUCCGGCCAUGUCCGACACCAGGUGUGAAUCACCUGAAAUUCGGACUCGGGAUCCCUGGUCAAUGGGUCAAGCGCUCUACCACUGAGCCACGGGCUCGUUUUCUCGUCAACUGCGGUCGGAAAUUUUAAUUAUCAUAGGAAUGGCGUCCACUGGUCGAGUGAGGCGAAUAAUUUUGGAAAUUAUUACGGAAAGGGCUUUGGAUUAAUUGCUCUGGACAUUAAUAUGUACUAUCGGUCAUAAAAUUGUGAUGAACAUUAGAGUCGAGGACAAUCAACAUCUGCGGUAUAACCGCGAAAUGCCCAUUUUACAAACAACUAGAACUAUUAAUAGGAUUAUAUAGAAGAAACAUAGACGAAACACCUGUCUGAACUUUUGCAUAAUGCCGGCAUUGGAAGUAAGUUAAAACCGUUGGUGCGUCACAUUAUGCCACUAGUAGUAAUACCUAAAUGUGGAAUCAACAUAACAUAGUUAUUCCACAGAAUUCGAUUUUCUUUGACACAAAUGUUCAUUAUAAUUUCCCUAUUGGUCCACACAUGUACACAUAUAGUUAAAAGAACGUUACCCGUUCAGGUGACAAGGCAUGAUCGGCAAGGCAUGGGAAUAGGGAUACCCCGUGUUACAGUUGGCCUUGCACUUACUUCCAGGGAAGACACCUAUCCCCGACUCUUGGCCCCAAUCCUAACCCUAGCCGUAACCCGGACACUAAUCCCAAGCCAUACUUUAGCGCGGACACUAGACUUAGCCCCUUAUCCCAACACUAACCAUGAUCCUAACCGUCACAUCAACGCAUCCUUAACCCCAACCCUAACCCUAGUUAAAAUCUCCCAGGACUUUAGCGCAAGGCCACAGGUAUUACAGGGGGUUCCUAUUCCUGCUUCCCACCCAUGCUCGACCGGUUUUCUCUUAGGUCUCAAUCAAGAGCCCUCGCAGACAGUUGAAUGCCGGCCAUUAAUAAUGCAGGGAUGACUGCUGAAGAAGAAAAGAGUGGCAGCGAUGGCCGUUUCUGGCUCAUUAGCCUUCGUCAGUCAGGCGUUCGCAGUCCCAGGUUUGGAUAACCAAGGAGUCAAACCCUAGAAUGAUCAUUUUAAUCCUCCUCUGACAUCAUUACUUCCUCUUACUUGUACUUGUACUUCAUACGGUUGCGAUCAUACCUGAUCUAACCGGGCUCGAUGAUGUCCCGAACUGUACCUCUCCACGCGUGACGAUCCGCGGCAGCAGAUCUGGACAGCUCAGCCCAUUCCCUUCGCCAAUGACAGAGACCGAAUACCGAAGGUCCAAGAACCACCUCCAUGUCUUGACGAACUGUGUUGAGCCAGGUUUUGAACUGACCCCUCUUCGACGCCUCCACUGGGGGAACGCUGCCGGAUCGAGUGCAGUAACAAUGAGCUCCUGAAGUGGACGACGAAGAACCUCAGGAGCUCGGUGUUACUCCUGAGGUUUUUCGUCGUCUUGGGGUGGUUUACAGUACUACCAGCAUGAUUCCUAGUUAAGACGGGUUUUGCACAUUAGGAAUAACUCUGAGUUAUUCCUGUGAAGCUGAUAGAGUUCACAUCAAAUAUUCGUCUAAACCUCGUGGCCAAAAUUACGGAGGAAUGUACCGAAGAACUUACUCCAAGUUUACACAGUAAUUCCUGUGGAAGUUAAAAGUUCAGUAUAAAUAGGUUACGUGACAACCUACGCGAAUUCUACACCUAGGGUGGGUAAAGCAGAAACCUUCAUAUUUAUAGCCCCUAAGGGCACUCUCAUAUGACUUAGCUAUCAAAAAUACUUGUUGAAAGAGACCAUGGAAAAUAAGAUUUUAUACAAGGGGUGACGUCUGUCAGAAGAUGGACGUUAACUGCCAACUUCCCAAAACUGUUUUCGCGUGCUCUACUUCUGAACCACCAGAGCCACUCAUUCCAGUUUUAUAAAGUCUUCAGUAUCUACACUUUCCUCUGUGAAUGAACUCCUUUUGGCGUUCUGUAAUCUGCACCGACAGAUAUUAAAAAGGCGAUACCUGACAUCCCAUUCGCCAUUCCGCUUCUCUCACUCCACAUCAGCACUGAACUCAUCCAAAAGAAGAAGCAAGUCAUCCUGCAGAGACUCAAUUCACAAUCAAUAGAACGAUUCUCCGAACUCACUUCACCGCCUCCAUCAGCGGCCGGUGUGAUCGGUGCGGGUCACAGCUCGGCCCUCGAGCGAUCGCAACGUAGGACCGGUCGGCGUACCUUCUCUGCGAGCGAGAGUCCCAGCCACACUGUGUCUCCGUCAUAUUUGAGACCAGCGGUCGCCCCGACUGCAAGCCAAAGUCUAGAAAUGUUGACACAGAAGCAGCCGCAGCGGCAACAGCUGAAAACACCUGAUGUGAACUCCCCUUCAAGGUUACCUGCCUCUUAUGACAGUCAACCUACAGUGGCAAACGCAGUCCGUAACGAGCGCAGUCCGCUUCGACAUGACCGACAGCACUGGCAGUCACCCAGUCUCACACUUGUACAGUGGCUAAGCUCAGCUGACCUCGACUCAGGUAAGGUUUAGGAGACGGAUGACCUUGAUUUGGAAGCAUGCUUUAUUGUCAAAAAGCACCAUGUAAGCAGAUGUAACUGCCAUAGUUGCUGGCACUCUGCGGGCUUUUUCGAUACUCAAAUCCUAUUCUCAUAUUGUAUGAAAGAUGCCUUUGGUGUGAAAGAAGAAGACGCAUUGUAACCAUAUUUUUUAUGACUGAAAUAUAAGCAUAACUGGAACAAGGCAAAAGCGAUGAAACAUGCAGGACUUAAUGACGCCAGUGCUUAGGUAACUGCCCUCCCCUUCGCCUUUUCUGUGGGCACUUGCAUAAGAGACCAACAGUUCAUGUAUUAUUUACUUAUUACUUUUCAUCCCUCUAGGUCGAUCUCUGAUUGAACAGUUUAUUUAUCAAUACGCAAUGAUCGUACGCAGCUGAAGAGUAGGUCACGAAAUGCUAUGACGUCAUUACGUCCUGCAUGUUUUACCGCCUUCGUCUUGUUCCGAUUUAUUUCUGGAAAACAGUGUUUAAUAAACAGAACUCAUUCGAGGGUAAAUCCGCAUGGGACGAGUAUGGAUUCAAAGAGGACAUAUCCACUCGCCAGUUCGACGCGAUGGCGUCCACCGCAUACCGCACAGAGAUGACGCAGUACCGGUGACUUACAUGUAAUUUAGUUUACAACGAGUCAGACUUUCGUCUUCGAUGGCAAGGAAAGUCGAAACGACCGGAGGUAGGCUCGGUUGCAGUUGCUGUUGGAGCUAAGUAGCCCAUCUGCACGACCUAAUUCCCGCUCCAUAUGUGCAACAACGGCGGUUGGAAUCUAACACAGAUGAGGAUGUCAUAAAUGCUGCAUUACGAAGGGGCCAUUGCAGCCUGACAGUCAGUCUUAGGAGCUACCGAGUUAUCCCGUCAGUUGGUAACCUUUCAAGCCUCGGCUCCUAGCUUAUCGUGACAGAUUCAAGCGUGUCAGAUUUAUUGUGGUGAGGAAUGUGCUGAUUUGCCGCGGCGAUGGAUUCCCUAGUUGUAUGCUUUACCAUGCUGUCGGCACAGGUACUCGCUGAAAGUUGAGACACUUAAUUCUUCAGUGUUUUGUCCCUGCAUGACACAGCUGAGAGGGGUCUGGUGCAUGAGCGGGUAGAUGCUCCUGUUUUUCAGAUUACAGUUUCCUCAGAAAAUAUUGCGAUAAGUUGAAAUAAAUCAAUUGGAAUGAAGCGUCGUAAGCCCAGUCCAAAAGUUGAUAUGAAUAUUUGAGUAGAAAUCCCUCAGCUACAACAGGGAACCAGUAGUGUGUGCACGAGCGCACCUUCGAACCACACAUCGACCUGGCCGGUAAUUUGCGAAUCCGUCACACUGGAGAUUGCAAGCUAGUGUCUGGGACCCCGACACACACGUCUCACCUGCUCACAAUGCAUCAGGGCGUUCCGACGCUGCAUGGGAAUUAUUAGGCAAUGAGUGCCUCCUGAAGAAGGAGACACGAUCGCCGGGACAAGAGCUUUAUUAGCCUGACGUUUCGGAUUCCUACUCGAAUCCAUCAUCAGAGACAAAAAGCAGACCCGUUUCUGCUUUUUGUCUCUGAUGAUGGAUUCGAGUAGGAAUCCGAAACGUCAGGCUAAUAAAGCUCUUGUCCCGGCGAUCGUGUCUCCUUCUUCAAGACUACUUUCUGGGGCUCGUCUCUUCGCUUCUAUUGGCAAUGAGUGCCUCCAUAAGAACAUACAGUAAAACACCACAGUUAAAACCCCAUCAGAGGCAGUUCAUUAGCUGCUGUUCAAGUCACCGACGCUGCGUCCACUCUGUGAGGUACGUGGUGGAUGUUGUCGCUCUCGACGAUCAAACUGUCGGGCACCGUCCGCUGAAGACCUGGAGUUGCUUGGUUUGACGUAUAUGGAUGCAUAACAAUUUAUAUUGACCGAACCGGGAAAAACUCAGCGUCCGCAGUUGGAUUCGAACUCACGACAGCAUGGGGAAGGCUUUAGUGCAGCCAGCGCUCUAGCCACCUGAGCUACGAGGCCCCACCGAGAGACGUGAGUUUAGUCCAAGUUGGGUCAAGUUACCCGCUAAACCUACCGCAACGACUGAAAUCCACCAAAUCUGACACAGUAAGCUGGCUGCCCAAGCAGGAUGUCCUAAGUAAUUAGUUUAGAAUCCACCAGACGACUGUCAGGCUCACGUAAUUAAUAGAUGUUUUGGCAGAUUUUGAAUCAUUCAUAUUGACCCAACUGUUAAAAACUCGGCGCCUCGGUGGGAUUCUAAUGCACGACAGCAAGGGGGAGGCUUUAGUACGGUCAAUGCUCUAGCCGUGUGUUCAUAUCCAACCGAGCCGCCGAUUUUUGCUCUGUUUAAAAUCUGUCAAAAAAUCUAUGAAAUACAUAAAAAUGCCAACACAAUCACUCACUCGCACCAUCACAACACAUCACGAGCGCUGGGAGAACGCAUCCUACCUGUCCUUAUUGUGGCAGCUUCGUGCCCACGCAAAUGAGGACGCCACUAAAUCAGGGGUGGAAAUCAUCAGCAUUGCAGACACAUUAUCAUACUGCGGUGCCUCCAAAUCCACAGCUGUGAGAUUGGAUGACCACUGCCAAGAGGCACAGUCAACAUUAGUCGUGCUCAACUUACCGACCCACACUAUCUCGGCACACUCGAACAUCUCACUGACCUAUUGGGCCGAGUGUAUAUACACGAAAAUGAUCAUUACCACAUCACUUAUGCUCAAAUUGGCGGCACAAAUUCAGCCACCGCUGGACAAAAUCUGGUCACAUCUGCACUAACUACAUCGUACUCACCACUCACUCAAUCAUUAAUUUUUCUGCCUGCGCCGGUAAUGUGAGAAGUAUCGCGUUUGUGCUCGUGGUAGUCUAAGACCUUACGCUUAGGUAGCUAUUGUAUCCGAUCCCCCCACCGAUCGUCCAGCAGACUCGGACAGUUCACAGUUUCAUAGGGAAAGUAAGAACAUGAGGCCGAUAUUUAGGUAUCAUUUCACGUGCCAAUUCAACUCCAUUUCUAUUACGAAAAUUGUUGCCCGCCCUGAACUAUCGCCUCGAGCUAAACGUGACGACAUCAAAGACGUCCAGUCAACAAAUUUCUCCCGCUUGGAUCGUGGGCCAGAUCACAUUUAGACCUUUUUAUGUGACAUUCGUGGUGUGCAUUAGGAAGCGGUUUUACACCAUUUUGGCCAAAGUAUUCAGUUUCACCCCCUCCUCCCCAUUGGAAGGCCCCUGAAACACGAAAAACGGAGAGUGGCUUCGAUCUGCUUUGAACUCAGGACUUAGUUUACUCAUCAUAUACAAGCAAACAUAAUUUUAAACUAGCGCAAUGGGUCGAAUGAGUGCGACUUGAAAGAUUGCUGUUUGACGUGUCACGAGUUCCAACUUUGAGACGGUUGUCAAACUGCAAUUAGUCCUUACUAUGACUUCCGUGGCAUCCUACCCUGUGUGGGAUUUUGGCCAUUCCCCCCCCCCCCGUCUUGAAGCCUGAGCUGGGCAGGACAGGCGAUCAGGUCGUGCCUAGAAGGUCUGUCUUGCUUUGCCAAUCACUGCACCUACGCCACUUUCCAGUCGUAUUGGCUUUAUCUCGUCAUCGGAACUGGGUAGAUAUGGGAAGAGGGAAGACUGAGAUAGUUUCAAAAGAAGUCGCUUUCGCUAUUAACCAAUCACGUGCAAGUCACCACCGCGCACUUUUGACACUGACUGCCUGCACAACUCACGGCCUGAGAAAUCUCAAUUUUAUGAGUUAUCCCAGUCGCCAGAUCGAUGCCUUGCCAGUUUACAAUACUCAGCUACUAAUGCGUCAGACGCAAGCGUCGACCCUCAAUGAAGGCCGUUCCGCCAUUUCGUGGCCCAUGGUUAGCUAACAAGCCGGCUCAGUCCUCUUGGUGUUGCUGUCGACCCGUUAGAAGCACCUCGAUGUGAUGGCCAAGUUCAGCUGGCAUAACUGGUUAUAGAUGAGGGUUACUAUAAGGAGGACAACUCCGUUUAUUUCUGCAGUUUAACCGAAAGGAGAAAUGUACAUUGUUGGAAUAACAGGGCACCUGUUAAAUUCAGGCCUGCGGACGACUGACAGGCAUCAUACUGGAGAACAUACUUCACUUUUGAAUUGAAACCCUGUAAUCGGUCUAGAAAUCAAUAUAACUGGUGAGGAUUUUUCAUUUCAAGCUUUUCUCGAUCGUUCACUAGUGUAGGCAACUGGGAGUAUCAUACUGGUACCCAACAUAAACACACUGAGAAUGGCACAGAGUUCGUGGUUUUUUUAAAAAGAAUACCUGCCUAAGAACACAAUACAUGAGAUUAUUUAUGCCAGAAAAUAUGGGUGCUUCAAAUUAAAGAUAGCAAACUCAGGGGAAUUGUGUAUGUGAAUGGCUUCCACGCCGGUUCAUAUGGCUUCUUUUCUCGGAAUCGGAUAGAUGCUUGUUUCUUAUGUAUUGUCAAAUUGUUUCGAAGAUACUUUCUAAAAAAUGGCAGUUCCUCGUCUUUACUUUAAAAGCGUAUUUUUAAAUCAUAUAUUCCAAUAGAGAGCAAAGUACUCUCGACGUUUGGGUUAGUAUUCUGGCCGUUGUUGAUGUUAAUGAAGGAUUAUUUCACCCUGAUAUUGUGCAGGUUUUUGUCGGACUCUCUACAUACUCACCCAGCGAUCUCGCUGAUUUCUUUCUAGUAAGCCUUGGGGACUCUUACACUGCCGCAAACCAAGUGACCGCCGCCGAAAAUACAGUGACUUUAAGGCGACCGCAAUGUCUCUCAAAGCCAGUGGAGGCGUUCAUAGGUAAGUUGAAUUCCUUCCAACCUAUGAAUGGCUUUUAACUUUCAGAAGUGCGAAGGCAGCGUCAUUUGAUGGCUGCAUUCGCCUGCAAACGAGUGAACAAUCCAUGACUGCCUAUUGCCACAACUACUAUUAUCAGUAACACUACCGAUACUCCUUCUCCAACACUGUUACUACUAUUAGCGCUACUACUAGCACUACUGGUGCCACCACUACUACGACUACUAUUACUAAUGUCACCCGCACUAAUACUACUAGUACUGCCUCAAACAUUUGUAGGAAUAUCACUAAUAUCAGUUCGACCUCCCAAACCACGAUGUCCACCUGCUACUCCACGGCAGUGCGGCCGCAGGACGGUGACUAGCGCUUGAAUUAGUUGUAAGAGGUGGUUUGGUAGCCCCACCUGAUGGACAAAAUACUGUUGGGGUUAUGGUUAGGCGUUAGGCCAACUAUUUCCCAACCACUUAAAGCACAACCGCGCAUUCUCAGUAGCUUUUCCUUGGCAUACGACUACUUGACCUCGUCGCCUGUGCGUUCCCCGGCCCCACCUGUAAAAACUCCUAUUACCACCGGUCCCGUAUCAUAUGUGGCUGGGGGUUAGUUUACUUCGGGUGGGGCCACAUAACCACAUCUGACGGAAUUAGUUUAUACGAAUAGAAGACUUGCGCUGCCUCUGCCGCACUUUCUAGUCCCUAAACCUAAUGCCACGACAGAGCCUCGAUCGGGCCCAGCGGCUGAAAAAGCUAUAAAGCCAUUCUAAACGUUUAACACGGGCCUGGUUCGCGCACGAUGACCAUGUUUUCAAAAAAACAAGAGAGGAGGUAGCUCUGAUCCCAACAAAAUUGUAGUAGUUAAAAGACCGCAUUAAAAAGGCGCCACUGAAACUGACUCUGGGUCCUGGCAAGAUCAUAUUACCUCGUCAGUUGUCAGUCUUCCACGUCACAGCCUUUAGCUCACUGUGAUUGGUGAAAAACGCGUCAUAUAGCUUAUAGUGUGGUGAUUGUGCUGCGUGCCGUGUGAACGGGGUCCUCAGAGUUGAAUUCACUCUUUAUUUCCUCGCCUAAGCACCAGUCAAAGCAACGAACCAGAGAGUCAUCUGUUGCGGGGAUUUGACGCAAGUAGCUAGCGAUAGAGCUAGGCAGCCAGUCUGCGCUUGUCCCGCGCGAAAUGCCCUUCUCCAAAGAACACACCAGCUUUUCACGCAUAGGGGGUGGACGGUUCGGAUCUCACGCGUGGGGGCGCCAUAGAAGUUACGCGAAGAAGGAGUCAUUGAGACUGACUCUCCAUCCAACAACUAGCCACCUGAGUUACACCACCAGUGACUGCUACUACUACUACUACUACUACUACUACUACUACUACUACUACUACUACUACUACUACUACUACUACUACUACUACAGAUGGUGCUGGCAUUACCGCUAAAGCUUGCUAAUUGUGUCCCUGGCAGUCCCAUCUGGCGAAGAAAGUUCUUGUUUCAGCGAUCGCGUCUACUUCAUCUCGGAAGUCCUUCUUCUCUCUCUCCGCGAUCACUUAGCAUCCGCUCGUUAUGCGUAUACGUCAAUACAAUUGAAGAGGCGAGUUCCAGCAGGUGGUUAGGAAGAGAGAGAUGGAAUCGCUGGAACAAGAACCUUAUUCAUAGAUGUUUUGGCAGAUUUUGAAUAAUUCAUAUUGACCCCCCCCUCCCCGGAAAAACUCAGCGCCUCGGUGGGAGUCGAGCCCACGACAGUAAGGGAAAGGCUUUAGUACAGCCAACGCUAUAAUCACCUGAACUACGAGGCCCCGCCGGACGAUGCGAGUUUUUAUCACAUUUGGGUCAAGUUACUCUCCCGACCUACCGCAACAUCUGGAAUUCUAGGUGAAUGACUUAGAAAGUCCUGCUUGGGCAGUCAACUUACUGUAUCAGAUUUGGUGGAUUCCAGACGUUGCAGUAGGUUGGGCGGGUAACUUGACCCAAAUGUGAUUAAACUCGCGUCGUCCGGCGGGGCCUCGUAGCUCAGGUGGUUAGAGCGUUGGCUGUACUGAAGCCUUCCCCUUACUGUCGUGGGCUCGAAUACCACCGAGGCACCACAUUUUCACUGUAGCGUCAAUGGGAAGAACUUUAUUCUCAUGAUGUUUUAGAUUCUUACUUGAACUUAUCAUCAGAGAGAGCGAACAGUUCGACCGUCGAUUUCGACGCCGUUCACCGUGUGCUCUACAGCAAGUUAAAGCAGGGACAGUGACUUGUGCGUGAAUUAUUUUAUAGUGACUUUCACAGCAUCUACCGCACUACCUCCUCCCCCCCCCCCCACCUGGACCCGGUGUAAAGACAGAUUCAAGAAGACCGGAGGCAGGGGAGGGCGCAGGUGGAUGUCACGGUCGAGCCCGCACCUUGACGCUCCACUCCACACCCCCUGGUCCACACAGCAAAUGGCCAGGUUUUUGGCCAGCAACGACAAUUGGGGACGGCAGGGGUCCCAGUGUGCGCGACGUCUGCUGGCAACCGGGUCUGCCACCGCACCCCGAGAUGUUGGCAUGAUCAUAGACAGCCACGGAUGGUGGACGCACAGGAGUUGCAGUCUUUAUAGGAUGCGCUUGCCAUGCCUCCAUACACCUGCCAUAAUUAGCUACUCCCUCAUUCAUCGCCGGUGGUCGUGAGUGGUGCGAUGACCACCUGUCCAUCCUCAUCUGAUUCACCAAUGGGCGUAAUUUCAUCAUUAGUGUCGAUAGGUGACGUGAUACUCACUUGACAGUUUGGCUUGUCAUGGGAAGCGGUAUUCACCUACUCAACCUCCGUGCCCAGGCGGUUUUGGGGCUGACUGUGGAGGAAGGAGGUUAUUUUGCGUUUGUUAAUGGACUGAUGACCGGAGAAUCAUGACUCGAGUAGCUCGCGGUUCACGUGGUUGCCACCUCUCGUGAAAACGUGUGUAUGUGACGGCACGCCCAGCUGCCGGCCGACCUCGCUCCAAUUGGGAUCCCUGACGUCCCCCCCCCUCCCGGACUGUUGUUUAAAAUCUUGGUUAAGUGCCCGUUGUGGAUACUGAAUGAAUGUGAGAUAAAUCCGUUUUUAAGAUCAUUUGUUCUUUGUAGGCCUUCAAGACAUUCGGCUGGAUACAUGCGAACUUUGUAUUAAAUAAGCUAAUAAAUGCACAACAGAGUGGCCAUAUAAAUACGAAAAUAUUGCCAAACUUCUAGUGUGUCAUCCGUUGCGUUCCAAAUGAUGUCUGGACAGAAAGUAGGCAGCACGAAAAGUAUAUUACCGUGUGUCUAAAAUUCAGAGUAAACAUUCGAUGAUGUUUCAUUUUAUGGUUACUUAUAGCGAAUGCGCCAAUGGCAGGGGAAUAUCGGCGCAUUUAAACAAAGGGUUGCCUGUGGGCGUUGUUACUGUGUUUUAGAGCACGAUAACAAACAGGUUCACAAAUCAGGCCCAAACAUCGAUAGAUAUGUAAUUUUUAAACAAAAUAUUGCUCGUUCACAAUCUGCUUCGCGUGGCUUACGUCAGAGGUUGAAUCAAUUUUAAAAUGCGCCAAGUUUUGUUUGGUAAAACCGUCGAGGUUAAGUUACUCUCUUCUGACAGAAAAACAAAGUAAAAUGCGCAAACUAAGUCUAGGGCAGGCAAUGCCAUAAGACAUGCCCGAAUACAAGGCAACGCAGAUUUCCGCUCAACUUUAUAAACACUGUGUCUAGUAAAAUUACUUAAGCACAGAUCAUGCACGAAAAAGCACAUUUUUGGGAAGGGACUAGGUGAAAUAGUAAAGUGUGCAGCGCUUCAGGCACCCAAAAUUACUAUAUCCGUUUCCGUCAUCAUGUUUCAUGGGGUAGACCACACACUGUAGUGAAUGAAGUUAUUUAUAACGAAUUGAAACUUAUUAGCUCAUUAGAAUUAUGCAGAAUAAUUAUUCCGAUGUUACAUUUACAAACGAGUUUUGUUGUUGCAUCUACGUACCCUUCCGCGGAACACUUUAGUUGGCAAUUACCUUUUAAGGAGCCGUGGGAUCGAUAGCGUUACAAUUAGCAAUAAACACUACUCACCCAUCGUGACGUUUGCUAAAUCCUUGCAGAACAGCAUUACGAAUCUCGAUCAUAGCGCCCUUAUUAUAGUGACAGUGCUGUUGUAGUCUGCUAAACGCCUCAGAACCUACUUGUCUUUUAGAAGUAUUACUUCCUAAAUGUCCAUUAUUACAGCCUGCAACAAACGUAGGCCAUUUUUCCAGAUACUGAAUCAACUUUCUCAUGCUCCAGACACCGCCUCCUCAUCACCUGAACGUGUACAAAAGUCACCUGACUCUGAGAAGGGCCUGGGUGAUCCAGCAGAACUAAAUUCAGAGUGUGAUGACUCCAGCCUGCCCCUGGAUUCUCGGCCCCGACUCUCCUCCCAGAGCACAUUUGUCAUAUCGGCUUCGUCGUCGGAAGAGCUAACUGAACUCGUGGAUAUCUCAUCUCCGCGGUCAACCUUGGUAGGCUGACUGUUUUCAUGAACGUACAGAAUGGUUAAGUUGCCAAUUGGAUAAUCUAAAAGGCACCUUUUUAGGAUGUUUGUUCGCUAAAUUUCUUCGGCUUCAUUCCAAUUUGGGACCAAUUGGGGCGCGCUUAAGCCCGAGCAAGGGUAAAGACAUGAAAAUAGUAAGGAAGGGUUAUGUGAAUGGGCGUUUUGACAGAUUUUAAAGAAUUAAUUUUGACCCAACCGUGAAAAACUCAGUAUCCGCGGUUGGAUCCGAACCCACGUUAAUAAGGAGAAGGCUGUAGUACAGCCAAAGCUCUAGCCAGCUGAGCUACGAGGUCCUACCGGGAGAAGUGAGUUUGGUCACAUUGGGGUCGAGUUAACUGUCCAGCUUACAGCAGCGUAUUGAAUCCACUAAAUCUGAUAUGGAGGCCGACUGCCAAAGCAGGACUUCCUAAGUAAUCCAUUUAGAAUCCACUAGACAACUACGAUGUUCACGUAAUUAAUAGGUUUUUAGCCGAUUUUGACUUAAAUCACAGCUCUCGUAGGGGCCAAGUGACUCAGAUGUCUAGAACGUUGGCUGAACGCAAGCCUUCCGCUUACUGUCGUAGGUAUAGAAUAUUGCCGAGGUCGCCGAGUUUUUCAGUUUGGUCAAAUUAAACGGGUUAUAUGGCCGGGUCUAUUUAUUGUCCAUAACUACCUACUAUAUUGUUUUAAGUAAGCGGUGUUCAGCACAGUUUCUGCUCAACAGUCAGUCACGCGCCAGUUUGCGCACUUACGGAUUUGCUUCGGUUGGUUUGACGCCGUGGCUGAGUUUCUCGGGAUAAUAUGGCAACCCCACUUAAGUAACCAUUCCCAAGCAAAAUCGCAUUUCAGAAUUUCAGUUAACGCCCUGUGAAAUAGAGCACCUACUAGAAGAAUCAGCCAUCCCCGAAUAACUGCUAUUAACGAAACCGGCGGAAGUUACACAGCCCAUAUUUCUCUGAAAAUGUGUGUAUGGGAAGCAUUAGAUUCUAUCUCAGGAUAAAAUUGAAAAGUCCUCUACAAAUGGAAAAGGAUGAUUACUGAUGUGCCACUUACUAGAAGUGCUUACUUUGGCAUUCAGGAAGAGAUAAUUAUGGAAAGGUUGAUAUGAUUGAAGAAGUUUUUUGAAACUAAAUGUCCGUACAGUUUGUAAUGCUAUCUGAGGCAUAUGCGCUUUUGCACAUGUAUGAAUGCAUAUAUAUUAGUAGUUGAGGGGCGCUCACCAGUCGUUUUAUAGUUGAAGACGGUUAAUAAGCCCGAAAUGGCCAUUUCAGUCUCCCUUGUCUUUGUCGGUAAUGACAAUUUGCAUAUGUAUGUAUAUGUAUAUACACUGCGUGAACAAAUCAGCAGCGCAGCUGAAGGUCAUCCCCGGAAAAGGUGAGCUAAAUAUGCGAUGAGUUGUACAGUUUUUUCAAUCCUUGACGAUGGGCUCGCGUGAGAGUUCGAAACGUCGGAAGUAUAAACAAUUGGUUUCAGCGACCGCCUUCCCGUCUUCUUUUAUAUAUAUCCGUUUUUCUGAGAGUGAAUUGGUGCCUCUUACUUCAGAAUUCCCGAUUACGGCUCGAUUUCCUUCCGAAAAGCCUUUGCGUUCUCACAAUAUCUGUUCUGAAUGCACACUACCCCGGUUCUACUCGCCGCAUGUGUGCAUAUGUAUAAACCUAAAAAAUAUGAAUUCUGGAAGGAAUCUUCAACAAAAGUGUCAAGUAUCCCAUUUUGGAAAAUGCUUAAAAGAGCUGCCCGUAUUAUUAGUAUUGAUUGAAAUCAAGGCAUAUGCCUUUUUCGUGUGUCUGCCAAAAAUAAUCGUCAACUGAUUUUAAAAAGAAAAUAACAAAGAAUUUUUGUUUUAUCUUUAAGAAAAACUAUGACAAGCUCGACGCGCAUAAAACAUGCCAACGUAAAAGCAUGCACUGCUCAAACAGUGUUAUUUGCACGAGGGCAAUCUUUAGAGGCAUCUGAAGAAAUGCGUGCUUCCGUGCGCUAGUUACAUUGUUUUAUAUGCUGUGGUGAGGAAUAUUGAAAUCGCCCAAAGUAAAGGUCAUAAUUUAAAAAUAAUAUUUAAGUACUUCAGUCAAUGAGCUAAAAGUUUCGGCGCAUAUUGUGCUACGCCUGAUUGUACUUUUUACCAGAGAGUUUAAAAGUACCUUCGGAUGUAGAGAGUAGGUGGAAGCGAUUGGUACAUAAAGGUCCCCGUGGCAGUCUAUUCGAGCUCACAGCGUCAGCCGCUAUGAUUAAGCCCCUCUGCCUCGUUCAUCCACCGGCCGUUAAUGUACCAUUACUCUAAAUGUGACUUCUCAUACGGUAUAAACUGCAAGUAUGAAUGCUCCUGCCAGAUACGUAACUGGGAAAUAAACCCGUGCACAAGUACUACUCGUGUAUACGUUUACUAGGUCUGAGCUAUCAUUAGAAAGGAAACCAGUUUCCUCAUCAAAUAGUAUGGUCGUUCGGGGUUCUCGGCUCCCAAAAACAGUUUCACAAUUUGGUUCUUAUAUCUAUCGGCAGAAACUGAAAGGAAUAAGUUGUUUGGUUUACUGGAAACAAACGACGUUCUCCACAAACAUAUGGAAGUGUUUGCAUCCGGACAACCACCCGAAGUAUCAUAUAAAUCUCUCACCGCAAAGGCAGACGCAGUUCCCCUUUUUCUAUCUUCGAGUGAAAUUUUAUUUAACAUCCAAGUUACCAGUAGGCCGAUUUAACGCUACUGAUGAAGUUUAAGCAGGAGUUGAAAUCGGUCAAGAAUAGAUGUUCUUUACAGUAUGCAUACUUACAUGCAGUACGGGGCAUAUUACAGUUCAGCUCGCGGGUUAAGGCAUAACCGAAAGCUUUAUUUCGCGUCUAGGAAGUGCUGCUAAUGAAGAAUAACCGUGACUGCCAUAACAAAGCGAAUCUGAGGAUGACCAACGGCGGCUAGCCAAACCCCAGAAAAGUCCAGUUGAUUAUUAAUCAGAAAACCCUACCAGUCUAGAAGUCUGUCCCCGGUAUAUAUAUGGAUUGGGUACCGGAGUAUGGACCUCCCCAUAUUGCAGGUAGUCUUGCGCUAAAUUCCAGGGUGGUUAGAAUUAGGCUAAGUGUUAGAUUUGGUGUUGGGAUUAGAGUUUUGCUGAUCCGUGUAAGGGUUAGCGUUAGAAUUAGGUUUGGAGUUACGACAUUGGAGUAGGUACUCGCUGGAACCUAAUACUAAGCCACUUGUGGUACUGGGACCCCAUACUACCGGCCCGAAUUCGUUACAAAAUUAAACGGACUUUUUAUGUAGGCAGAAAAGGAUUACCGGCAAAGACAAGGGAGACUGGGGUAUCCCUUUCUGGCCGGCUAACGAUUGUCAGCCAAUCACACCCUACCCCGACGUGUGGAAUAUCUGGGGCUGGACCUCGUGACCUAUCGAUUUGAAGUCCAAUGCUUCUAACCACUGAGCCACGGGGCUUGUUGUCCCGUCAGUUGUGAUCGGAUAUAUACAAGAGUGGAAGGACGCUCACUGAUCGCGCUACAGAACUCACUCGUGCCGUUGUACCUUGGGACUCGAGCCCCGCCAGCAUCUGCACAGCGGCGCGUGAUAUAGGCAACAAUUUCGUGGCUGUUUUCCUGUCGCUUCUCAACAUGAAUAAAUAGUAGUGAGCACAUAGGGAAUUAAAUUUAUUCGGGAAAUCUACAUGAAAACAGCGUGGUCAUCGCUCAGCACACACACACAGUCCGAUCGAUAGAUUGGGGCCGAUUAGAAGCGCAAUAGAAGGAAGCGAGAGGCACAAUUACGACAGGGGUUUACAGCACGGUUUAAUACUUCUCACAGGUCAGGUUUCUUCCUCCGUCUGUAGGGUUGAAACCAUUCGUGCAUUGGUAGGGACGUGGGAGGCUCUUUUGGGCCGAGAGAGUGCCAACUAGCUAGGGGAUGUAUGGCAAAGGAAGUGUGUUUGACUCUGUUUUUAACUUUAAAGUCCAUUGAAACCUGGUCUUGUCCAAGUAAUCCCUAUUCCCCGGAGGUGUAUAAUCUUUGGUAUGUUGCUCUGGCCUUCUGUCUUUCGAGUUUUUGACUGACCGAUUUUCGUGAAUUGAACUGUGUGUUCCAAACUGUUAUUUUACUCUCAUUAUGCUGUGACAGAAGAAAGAUGAUAGAUGUUGACUAAAUUUUUCGAUAUCGAUAAAACCUGCUGUGUAUGCCUGCUUUAAAUUCCUGCUAAUUUAUUGGAACUUAGGCGUUCUUUUUCAUUCGGAUCUUCAAUAUGGAGCACCCCCCCCCAAUGAUCACAUAAUGACGAGGGCAGUUCACCCUUACUGCUCCGUUCUUACGGAAUUCCUGCCUUACAGCACUAGUAUGUACGAAUUUCAGACUAUGGACCAUUACUCGACAAUUUCAAAACCACCUUUGCCUGACAUUCAGCUCCAUCUGCACAUCUUAUAAUAUUUUUUCGAAUAGACCCACUUUGAAGGGAGGCAUCAAGCACGUGUUUUUCUCAUAUCAAAGCUCUUUGUUGGUGGAUAACCUGCUCGGUACCAUGAUGCCAACUCUGACCCUUCACAAAGAACGGGGCAGUGUUGGUUUUUUAGAUCAGUGACUUUCACUCACCUCGACCGAUUUCGCCAAUUCAUAAUUAUCCGGCAUGGUUUCAUGCUGAGUGGUGCUGAAGUCUAGCUCGACGGUCUAGAAGGGCGACCCAGUUACUCAAGUUGCGUCACAAAUCAUAUUAGAUCUGACGAACUGUGAACUUGGGAUCCCCAAGAAAACCUCCCAAUAGAACCUGUAAUUGUGGUGGAUGGCGAAUCUCGCAAACCACUUAUGUGAGUUUUUGGGGAGUAACAGUGGUCGGUAGUAUCCCAAAAGCCAGACUUGGUUUCUGCGGUAGAAGGCCCCUCACUGCUGCCGACGCCUGUAGACAGAAAAGGCAGGAGGUGAGGCGUAUUCACUCGCAAUCGAAACAGAAAUAUGCACCAGGCGAGAAACGUACCCCGAAACACUUAAUAAACUCCUAUAUGAGCAGGAGUCCACAACUUGCUCAAGUCACCUAGCAUGUCCGAUGACUGGGCAUAUAUUCAACUUCAGACCGGACGAGUCGCUCAUCUUAUGCUUCCUGACUUUCUUGCACAAAAGCGAACGCAACCAGAACAUUGUUUACUAUCCUGGGAAUGCCUUAUUCCAGUCGUAUUGAUUCCAGCAUCCAGAAAACGGCACAAAGCUCUUGAUAUUUCGCUCCUACUAAAAAACACCAGCAAUGAAUACGAAAUCUCCCAGACAAAUCAGAAAUUAAAUGCAAUGACCUUGAAAGAAGUGGUGCAAGGCAUAAUUUUGCAGAUAAUAGAUAACAGUAUUAGACAAUUGUUUGACUUCCUCCCUUACCUGCACUGCUUUUAAGGUUGCAUGAAUCAGGUUACCGUAAUCUAAAGUUCUUAUGUCCGUAGAUAUUCGUCGGAGGCUUAAGAAAACUAAGAGUCCGGCAUGAACAAAAAACCCACGCCGCAAGUCUCCUAAACAUCCGAUUGGCCUGCCCCUUAAACUGGAACCUGGGCUGAAUGUUCGAAUAUGACCCGAAACCCCUUCAAGUCACCAAAUUGACCGGCAGUCCGUUGAGUGGUGACUUUGCUGAGAGUAUCUAGUAAAUAUCUUAGGUAAUUUUGUCCUCCGAUAAAGUCGUUUGAUGUAAAUGGAAUGUAACUUUUGUCUCGUGAAAAUGUAUUCCGAGAGCUGACACGGACCUCAUACAUGUCAAACCGAACAGUAAAAUCACCAAUGGAACUCGAACAUUGGCCAUUCAUGACUCACUCGUCAUAUGCUGCUUGAAGUCCCACAACACUGUCGUUGCCUAAAUAACCCUAACGGCUAUUUUCCGUGCUUUAGGGAAACAGCCUGACGAAAUCUCUACCCUCCCUCGUUUACGAAGAAGGACUGCAAAAUGGGAGUCCACCGGUGGGAGGAGAAGGUGUAUUCGGGCAUUUUCCCGAACUGAACUUUGGGGAUACGGUGCUAUUCCGUCCAGCCCUGCAACGUGCGGAUCUACAGUUGUCCUCCCUAUCUCUGUAAGCUUUAUUGUCUCCCCCUCAUUCUCGUUAAGUAUAGGCGAUAUAUGUCAAGUGGGCGUUUGACCCUCAAUGUUGUGGUUAGGAUCUCACUCGAUCCAAAACUGUUAUUUUGCUCUCAUCAUGCUCUCACUAGUCCUGUGUCCUAUGAAACAGCACUCGUUGUCGCCUGUAGCGAGCUGGCGGGUGGACAGAAUGGGAUCGAGUGAGAUCAUAACCACAGCAGUGAGGGACAAACGUCCACUUCACAUGCUUUUAUACCUCACUUUAUAGGGCCUAUGACGUACUUAUGAUCGGUGACGACCGUGAAACAGCUGUCUGCGUCUGGCCUAUUGCACUCUUAACGAGCUGCCUGUGUAUUAUAUAUAUGACUAACUGAAGUAGUAUGCGUUCCGAGAUGAUAUGAUGAAUGGAAGAAGUCCGUCGGAAAAACAGUUUUAUUCGUAAAUUUUCGAGCCGGUUCACUAACCCAUCGUCAGACAAUGUGAACAAUGAGAGGUGGGAUUGCCACACCACUGGUUGAGGACGCAGACAGAAAGGUAAGCAGACGACCUUGAGGAUGGGGAAAGUGUGCAUCGUGUUGUGAUGGGUGAGCACCUUCCUCUCGCAAGGUCGACUGCUUGCCUCUCUGUCUGCGUCCUCAAGCAGUGGUGCACCAAUCCCAUCUCUCAUUAUUCACAUUGUCUGACGACGGGUUAGUACAACCAGCUCGAAAAUUUACGAGUUAAACUCUAUUUCCGAGGCACUUCCUUCUUUAAUCAUCUAUACAUAUAUAUAUAUAUGAAUAAUGGAGGUAGUAUGCAUUCCGAAGCGAUAUAAUAAAAGGAGAAGGCUCGUCGGAAAAUCGAGGUAUACUCGUGAAUUUUCAAGUCGGUUACACCAACCCGUCGUCAGACGAAAAUGAAAAGUGUGAGGGAGAUAAUCCUACUGGGGAGUCAGGGGGACAUCGACAAGACAGGCGUUUAUGUGUGGGGGUGAAGAACGUGUUUGGAUAGGUGGCGGACGUUAGGGGUGGUGUUGGGGUUUCACACAUGGUUCACUCUGUGGGGGAGGUGCCGAAUCCAUGAUAUUCUACAUGGCCGAACAUGGAUUAGCAGUUGGUGGCUUAGGGUGGACGCAAGCCGGCGAACCGUGAACGUAAGCCUUCGUAUUGAGCGUCCAAGUCGACAUGGCGGUUGAUGCUAUUGCUAUUAGAGUGCCAAGCUUCUAGAAACUCUCGCGCUUGUUUGGUGUUGGCACUAGCGAUCACUUCGGUCCCCUCCCAGUUGAAGCGGUGAUCACAGUCAAGGGAGUGCGCAAACACGAGAGACAAGGGGUCCCGUCGGCGGAUGGCCAACUUAUGUUCGUUAAUGCGGUUUCCAAGUCGUCGGCCGGUAUGCCCAACAUAAACGCUAGAGCAGUUUGAACAGGGAAUGCGGUAAAUGACAUUUGUUUGCUGCUGCUUCGGUAUGGGGUCUUUUACCCGGGAUAAUGUCGUGCGCAAUGAAGACGCCGGUUUGUGGGCGAUGGAGAUGCCGAAUCGAUUUAAUUGUCGAGCGAUCGCUUCGGAAAUUCUCGGCAUGUAGGACAAGGAAUAGAAUUUCCGUGAUACUCUAUCUCCGUUAGAGUCGACGUUUUGUGGUUGUUGUUGACGUCUGAGACAAUUUUCCUAGCCAUGCUGGGGGAUGUUCUUUUAUUUUUUUAGAUAAACGCCGGCUCGUGCGACCAAUAUAUUUUACCCCAUAUUUGUUGUUGUUUAAAAUCUUGGUCAAGUGUUUGCUAGGGAGCAGGAGGUUGGAGCGGUAUGCCUAAAUGCGACUUCAUCCGCCGUGCCAUGCACAGGCGCCCUCCCUCACCUCCGGUCUUUUUGACUCGGUCAUGACACCGGAGCCAGGUGGGGGUGGUGAGCGAGUUCGCGUGGUGCUACGCAAGUCUGCCACUAAUUUAAACUAACUCGUGCGCAAGUCACUGUCCCUACUCUCAAUCUACCAUUGAGCUCACGGUGAACAUUGUCGAUAUCGACGGUCGAAGUGUUGCGUGUGUAUCUCAAGGCGCGUAGCGCCCGAUUAAAAACGACUUCUCGAAAAGACACAGGAAUAGGAACAUCCCCACUUUGCUAGGGCCCUACGUCAAUUUCUGGGGAGAUUUGGGUUGAUGCCAAGGUUAGGGCCAGGGUCAAGGUCAACGUUAGGGCUAGGGUCGAGUUAGAGUCAGGUUUUGAGCGAGGGUUAGGGCUAAGGUUUGGGUUAAGGUUAGUGUUAGGUUUGGGGUUGGGACAUGGGAAUAUUUUCCGCUACCGAAAUGUUGCAUGAGGCGACUUCAAUUAACGGCGGGUUUCCACUUCCGUGCCCUUCACUGAGGGAAAAAGGCUUUCGCCGUUGUUCUCCUUAAUCAUAUCCGAAAAUGUUAUAAUAGCAUUUUUUACAGCAGUAAUUCCGGAAAGGGAGUGGUCAUCGGUAUGUUUGAGCUAGGCGUAAAUUGCAGCCACUGACACAAUCGUAAUUAUAAGAACAGUAGUUUAUCGGCAACUGAGCAAAUGUAUUUCCACUGAAGUCGAAGAUGAACCAAAACGUCGUUCUGCAAUUAUUUACCGUACUGACAACACAGGCAUUCGCUAAAAGCCCAGACAUGCUUGGUUCGCCGAUCUUGUGAUGUUGCCUGACGCAGAUGCCAGGGGUUCGGCUAAUCAGUGGGUCCUCCAGCCUUCUCGUAUGUUUUCUGGUGUAAAAACUCAGAUUCAUCUUACCUGGUUUAAUUUUCGAGGAGGUUGAUGCGCGAACUGGGAGCAAAUUCUUCCGAAUAGACCUCCUGAUGCACGGUCUGAAGACACACGGGGAAGACUGGGGGAGACUCACUGAUGAGCCGACUCCCCCGCCGCUGCGUCAAGCAGCUGCACAAGAUCGGCAAAACACACGUGUCUGGGCAUUUAAUUAGCACCUGUGUUGUCAAUAUGGUGCUGGUGGGAGAUGUGUGAUGUAGCCGACGGUUGUCUACCGCGGAUAAUAAUAUGGACAUUAAUAUGGGCGUGCGGACAGACCGUUCUCGACUGGCUAAAACGUACCUUGGACCGAACGACAGUCCGUUACCUAACUCCUUGAAGGUGUCGAAGUUUACAAAUGAUUGUCAGUCACUCGCAAAUCGACUCCAAUGUGUGGAUCCAAUAUCCAUGUUAAUUAAGCACGACCUUAGAAGAAUUAAAAACAUAAAAUAAGUGUUAAAGGUAGUAUCGCGUUGCUUUGAAUUGUUGAUUUACUAAGAAAAGCGAAAAAUCUCGAAAACGUCAAAAAUGUUUGUAAUCUAACAAGCUUCAUUUCUAGAUGUACAGAAUGUCUUCUCAUGCAGAGCACUGAGUAAAGAUGAAAGCAAAAAUAGAAUAACAUUUAUAAACAGUGUUUUAGUGAGGUUUACAUCUAAAUAUCCUUUACAAGUUAGUCUAAAUUUAGUUAUGACGGUUUGCCAACAGGCUGCUGUCAAAGUAUGGAUUCCAAAACAGUUUUCCGAGGUUUCAUGGUAUUCUUGCCUCUUUGAAGUUGAUUAAGAUUUGCUUCAAUAAGACAAACAGGAUUUUGCCUGCUUUCACCAAUGAGGACGUCAUAGGAACAAAUGUUUUCAUACAGUCUCAUGCUUCCAAGGCCGAUGGUUACUAAUAAAUUUAAAUAAAAUUGACAGGCGUAAUAGUGAACAUACGAUUUUGUGUCUGUAAAGAGGAUUUUUCCUCCUUUAAAUUAGUUUGCACUUUUCAUUUGUUCCGGACAACAUUGAGUUUCAGAUCGGUCUUAAAAUAUCGCUGAAUACUUCAGGAUUUUCAGUGUUUUCCCCGAUCGUCCAUAAAGACAGAAAAUCAGCUCUAAAGUCCGGCAAACUCUGUAUAGUAAAAUUCUCGAAAGUAAAUUACUCUCCUUUUAAUGAAAACACGCUUAGAUGCGCCACCAAGACCUAGGAUAAGUAUAAAUACAGGAAUUUAAACGGGUAUAUCUCGAAGUCCAUUUUCGCCCACAUUUAUGAAGACUUUGUUUGAUAAAAUUUCGUGAGCACAAUUUCUGCACAAGAAAAGGGCGUUUCCUUGAAGGGGCUGGAUGAACAAGCAAACUGCACAACGUCCGAAAAUUCUCACGUCAGUUUCCGUUAUCAGGUUUCCUGAUAUAAGUCACGUACUGUAUAUGCAAAUUAUACAGAAUCAAACUUGCGGCCUUUUAAGAUAAAAUUACGCAACGACUAGGGCCCAUCCUCUACAGCGAAUAACAUUUGGAUGCAGAGUACUUAAACUGAAUUUCUAUUUAUACGUUUCUUUACCGAUGCCUGCUCAAAAUCAUUGUUUAUCAACUUCCAUCCUACGGAUCGUCCUACUAGUACGCCGUGCUUAGUCUCACAAGCUGGUCAUUCCUGGUCAACACUUCCCAUCACCCUACCGAUAGGGAAUCGGGUACCGCUAUCUGUUACGGCCUCCGAUUGUGAUUUUGGGAGUCAGUUGGUAGGAACAGUUAAGUAGGCCCUUUAUUUUGAUUGUGCCUCCAUCCAAACAAGAACUGUUUACCAGAAUUGGUUAACAGCAACACUAACAACGACUAAGCUGCGGACAAUCGACCAAUCAUCGCAUCCAAUACAAAAGCACACGAUGAGUACGGAGGUUACCAAUUUUAGCAGGCGUGUGGCUGUGUGGCAUUUUCGUCCGCAAAUGUUCGCCCAAUAGCCUUGUCUGCAGUUGUCUCCAAUGCUGGGUUAGAGGGCGAGUCUAAAGCACCAGGCGCAAGAAUUUUUGAUUUAGGCGAGACUGUCUCCCUCCACUCCACGCAGUGGGUUUCAAACUCUGCUUUCUUUAACCUCACAGGAGCAUAAAUCUCCGUUGUGAGAAAGCGCCCACCGAUCGUGUUGUGGAACUAACGGGACGAAUGGGUUCCGUAACACGAUCAGUGAGCGCCCUCCUACCUCCUGCCCUAUUGCAACCGACAGGACAAGGAGCCCGUAGUUUAGUGGUUAGGGACAUUGGACUUCUAACCGACAGGUCGUGGGAUCGAGCCCCAGGUGUUUCAUACUUCGGGGAUAGGUAUGACGGACUGACGACAGCUAAUAAGUCAGAAAUGGCCGUUCCAGUCUCCCUUGUCUUUGUCGGUAACGUUGCAAAUUUACGUGUUUGCAAACAAGACGGCUGGAGAUCUAGUAAAGAAAGAUGUCGAUCCAGAUCCUGUGAGAUCUAACAGCGAUGGCAUUCUUCCACAUUUUAGCCCCGCCUCUCGUGCGACUUCACCCGGCCACAGUCUGAGUAGUUCGCCAAGGCGGGCAAGCCGCCUAACACCGCGUUCUUCAGCUCAAGUUUUCAACAGGCAACGCACGGAACAGCCUCAGGAGAGUUUUGACUCGCAGAAAUACGCCGUUCCGGGUUUGCCAUGGUUUGAGCCAAGUCUUUCACCACAGUCCUCUGAUAUCGGGGAGGGUGAGGAUGAGGAUGAGGAGGAGGAGCAGGAGGAGGAGGGGAAGGCCGAAAUGGAGAAAGUGAGUGAGAUAAUAGAAAGGACAACGCCAGAACCAGAGCUUGUCCCUCACCAGUCCAGUGACAGUCUCAAUUUGGAUGACCCCAGUCCCGAGUUCCUCACCGCCCAUUCUGAUGAUCUCUCACCGUUAUGCCAGCAAAGUUCCUUCCAUCCCUCUCAGUCUUUCGAGGAAGUCAUUCUAACCGAGGAGGUCAAUUCGCCUGCAAUUACGGAAAAAAAGGUCGUGGAGGUGGAAGCAGGACAGAAGACAGCGCUCUCGGGAGUGCCUCCGAGAAGAGAGGCCUGGAGGAAUCAGUCUGGCACGUUUGUGGAGAACGACGGUUAGUUGUCUGUUUUUCUUCGAUUCCGUCCAGGACCGAUGGUUGAACAUUUGCUCUCCAACUUGACCGGUCGUCUGGAUUUUAUGUCCUACUAAUUACCCCUAAGUAGAGGGAUUAUUUCAGUUGCCUGGGCAUUUGUUGUUUUGUUCAGUUGAGCAACAAAGAUGGCAUCGUAGCAAUUGCUGUACUUCAGGAUCACUAAGCGUUAAAGCAAACAUAGUCUAUUUGAAAUGCGUGUAGCGAUGGGAAGGUGACUUUAUUUCGGUGCUUUCUGUCACCGACCUUUGCCUGGUAUUUUACAAGAAGGUUAAGUCUUUUCGACUAAUGUGGGUAAGGGUUGUUUCGAAAGGGAGGGAGAGCAAGGACGAACGCAUGAAUGAGACGACACUUGUAUGGUGGAGGAGUACUCAUCUCCGUGAUACGGGACAUAUUCGCCCCGUUGUGCUUUGUGGCCCCAUCUUGGGCCCCAUAGGGUGUCGCGCAGUGACUAGUAAUGUAUGUAGAGAGAGAGAGUAUUGAUGAAGACAGUGGCUCAGUGGUAAGGACAGCUUCGGGUCUCAGGUACCCCCACAAUAUGGGGCUGGGCGGGGCUGGCUGGCGAUAGCUAACAAGCAAGAAAUGGUCGUUCCAGUCACACUUGUCUUUGUCAGUGGUCUCUCUCUGUGUGGUUUUGCAUUUCCAAUCUCACGGAAUGCUGCACAACGCAGUAAAAGGCGUUCAAAAUCGCUGUAUAGACGUUCGAAAGUAAAAGACUGAUGCAGGUACUUUGGGAUAGAGAAGGACAGUGAUCCUUAUCUGAAGAACAGAUCCUUAUCGGAGAACAGUCUCCGAAGAUCCGUUUGAGGCUAAAGUGAACGGAGUAGAAACUCUUUCACAAGCUAUUAGUGGUUGCAUGAAGAUAAUUAUCUUUUACCCCAGAAGUAUUUCACACAACAAGUAUGUUUUCUCGAAACUGCGUGUACGAAACAGGGAGAAAAUCAACAAAAACAAGGGAGAUUAAGAUGGCCAUUCUUGGCUUAUUAUCCGCAGUCAGCCAGCCUUAUCCAAACCCAAAUUUUAGGAUCCGAGAUUCGAACCUGCGGUCUUUGAUUUUCGGGUUUUACUGAAUCCAACACUCUGUCAUUGGGGGCGCGGCCCCCUUAUCCUCUCCGUUGUGAUCAGACACAUCAACUACGCUGGAAUUGCGUUUACGGCUCGGGUUAAAGGACACACUCGCCUUUGGAUCCAAUUGUUAAAACCGAGCUGCUGUAACAGUCAUUAUCAAACUACAGUAUGCGGGCUUUUCUCGCAGUGCUGGCUUGCUUGUACGUCCUUAUUCCCCCUUAGUGUCUCUUUUCAACUGUUCACUUUUUGUUUGUUUUUAGAACACACGACGCUGAAUGCGAAACGUCCGCCCUUGCCCACGAUGUGCAUUGAGAGUGUCACGACUAAGUCAUUAGGUCCAGUCUUUAAGCUAAAUUGCGUAAUUAGCAACGCAAAAACAACCCAAAAACCCAUUUAAUGCAUAGCGUGGACAGUGAGAUGCUUGACGUGUUGUUCUUUGUCGAAUGAACUUACUGAAGCUGGGAGUAAAUGUCGCCAUAUGUUUAAGUAGAAAGGAGGGUAAACGUGUUCUGUGUCAUUCUGUCCUGAAAUUCUGCCAAGUUUAUGAACACCGAUUUCAAGUGAUCCACGGUAGAGAAGGCUGGGGUCUGGCUGGUUGAACACUGCAAAUAAGCCAGCACUGACCACCCCGGACUCCUGGGGUCUUUUUGUCCUUGCCUCAUCUCACAUCAGAUGUUGUUUACUCGGUUUGCAAAAUGAUUCAGUUUCAUUGCAAAGGCGAUGAGUGCGCGAUCACUGGGAUAGUAUGUGUAUUAGUCUGAUUGCUCAAUCAUCACGCCAACAUCCAACGCACGUGAUGAAAUUGCAGCAAUUAUCGACUCGAAUGUCGGCCAUCAAGCAAUGAUCACACCAAGUGCGACAAUCCCGGAUGAAGGAGGGAGCCGUGAACGUUCAUAGGUAUGCGGUAGCAUGGCUACUGCAUCCUAUAAAUACCGCAGCCCCUUGUGCAACAACCACCCGUUUCUGCUCUUUUGUCUCUGAUGAUGGAUUCGAGUAGGAAUCCGAAACGUCAGGCUAAUAAAGCUCUUGUCCCGGCGAUCGUGUCUCCUUCUUCAACCUGAGUUGUGUUAGUCGCCUUCUUAUACACCAUGGUGUUAAGUUCUCUAUUGGGUCUGCGUAUGAUGAGAACGUCAAGGAAUUCGAUAUUCUCUUCUUCCCCUGUAAACUAAAUGUCGGGGAAGGUGGCGUUAACCAGGUCUCGAAAAUAUUCUAGUCUGUUCCUUUCAGUUGUAAUUAACGUGUCAUCCACGUAUCAGCGCCAAACAAAUAUUUCUAGCCCUUGUAAGACCAUUUAUGCAGCCAGACUGGAUGUUGGGGAACCCAUCGGCUUCCCUUUUGUAAUGCCAUUGAAGGUGAAAAAAUUUCGUUGAGAGAAUAUUAAGAGUUGCAGCAAAUGGUCGCUUUUUAGAGGUCUCCUCAUUUCGUCUUAGUUUUCUUCGAGCCGCAUGCACAGAACGUCGGUGUGAUGGAUGUAAAUAAUGAACCCACAUCAAAAGAUACCAUAAUUUAAUCGGGUCGGGCGAUUUUUCCCCAGAUGUCGACCAGAAACGGGGUGGCUGAAUUGACGGUAGUCCGCGAGCCCCCUCGGAGAAAGUCUAGUUUUCAGGGACAUCCAGUUGGAAAGACUAUAAGUGGGGAUGCCUUUGAAGGCAAAGAUUGUCCGAAGAGGAACGUUGGACUUAUGGAUUUCAGAUAAUCCAUAGAACUGGGCCAGUGCCGUGUCCGUUGGCUUCGUCUGUCGCAAUCCAUCUAGUGACAUCACGUUGUUACGCUUGAGUUAGUUCAGGAGUUCAUCAAUUUGACCUGUCAGGAAGAUACGAAUUUGUAGGAAUGUUGGUUGUCGAGGGGAGCUUGUGCCUUCCCGUUGUAAUCGACGCGGUUCAUCGCGACAGUUUCUCUUCCUUUGUCCGCUGGCAGCACUGUUAUACCCUUGUCCAUCUAAUUUAGUCCUCUCAAGUCAAACGUGUUAAUGCUCGUUUAGGUGACACCAGACGAGGACGAGGCUCGCCCCCCUCCAGACCUUCCGUCGACUCCGGUAUCACAAGCACCAGUGGGACGCAAGUCUCCACCCGCGACCUUAGCAUUACCGGAUCCGGUACGUGGAGUCCGCCUGCAACAGAGACCGGUGAGGAGCAGGUCGGAGCAGGACAACGGGUUAAGACGAAUCAACUCGAGAUGGAACUGGAGGAACGGAUUCUCCUCUCCUUGACCUGCUUGCACGACCAGUCCACAGCAACACCAACUGUCGGACUCCACAACGCCCACUUGGAGGCAAGCAUUAAUGGUGACGAACAGGAUUCCUCUACUUCCGCAGAAGACUGUACCCUAACAGAUGCUCCUGCUGAUGUAAAUUGCCUUGAAGACGACGGGACGGACAGGGACUUUGACGAUGAAGACGCAACCGGGGAAGUACGAGGCCUAGUCAAGGAAUCAGAGGUGGAGGAGGAGGAGGAGGAGGAAGAUGGAGAAGUGGGCCAUCCUGUAAGUAUGUUCUAUCGCCUGGAACAGAUGAGAUCCAGUCUAGAGGAAACCAUCGGCAUGGACACCCUUCUUCGCUGCUACAAUGUUGUACACGUAAGUGUUCCCAUGGUAACUGAGAGCAAUAAGACUGGUCAGUUUUAGCAAUUCGCGUGUGCAGUGAAAUCUCAAAAUCUAAACUUUCGGAUGUUGUUGCUUAUUUUAUAUAAGCCGAGAAGCUUUAAAUGAAUUUAUUUUAGAACCUAGGAUCCCAGAUUGAAUGGCUAGUUUUCGAGCUUGGGUCAAAUUCCUGAUAAGAGUUAAUUCAAAAUGCAAUCCUUCCAGAUGGAUACUGAUGAUUCUUGGUUGUCCAGUUUAAAGACUGAAGACAAGAAAGGGACAGUCCCUAUCAUCCAGUCACUUUUUGGUGCGAAUGGUAAAUCUUAAGUUGACCGUGUCGCCGGUCAUAGUGAGUACUCAGUAUGCUGACUAUGACACUGCAAAAUUCUGAGGCUCAGUCAUACGUAAACAGCGGCCAAGCUUAGAUCUUGUCGACAUACAGAAGAAGUGCUUACUCAUAAAAUGUUAACCGAAAUUAUAAAUAAGUUCUCGACUCGAAAACAUUACUUGAAUUUGGUCGUAAUAUUAAUCAUCUCACAAACAUAAUCCCAAGAUAAUUCAGUUACUUCAGGAUGCCAGCUUUUGAAAGAGCCUUUUUCCGGCCACCCGCAGAGACUAAACCGUGCAAAAAAUGACUGCUUAAAUAGUAUGAAUUUUUCUCAUUGAUUUUCGAGGCCCUUAUAAGUUCGGAUAUAUUUCAUAGAAAACAUGGAAGAAAAUAUUCAUUCUUUUGCUUUUUUGGUGGAAAAUUACGUUUUCUCUAAACUUUAUGCUUGAAGGGAGUGUAUAAUUCGGUUUUGAAAAGUUUCUAAUUUUAAGAUUUUCUAAGACCGUGAAAUACCCGUUCACAAAACAUCGCGUCCCUGCAUUUACUACUGCUGCUUGUAAAGUUUACAAUAUGGCUCGAAUCCACUGCUAAAGUUUAUGAACCCCGUAUGGGCUUUUCUUAAUAGCACAUGGAAUUGUAUGAUUUUCCGUACAUGGAAAAUAUACAGGUUUUAGUUUCGAGACCCUGCAAGCAAGUGUAACGGCAGGCCGGAUUCAAAAUUAUUCGGUAAUCGGUAGGGUUUUCCAAAUCGAAUUAUACCCUUUCGUCAAGUAAAAAAUUUAAAGAAGACGUUACUUCAUAUUAAAUGAUCAAAUGGAUGUUCUUAUGCAUGUUUUCUACGAAAGUUGACAUCCUGAAGUAAGUGAAUUUUCUUGGGAUUAUACUGCAAGGGGAUUAGUAUACAAACCUAGUUAGAUAAUCUCUUCUAGUCGAAAAGGCAUUUCAGAAAUUCGGUUAACACUUCAUGAGUUAGCACAUCUACUGCAAGGUGACCUUCAUCGGCGCCGAACAUGGCAUCUAAAAGGCAAAAUUGGACCGUUCGAAAGUAUUUCAAGUCUCGUGCUUCUAGAUAACUCAAAAGUAUCAGUUUUUUUAGAACAGGCGAAUUUAGCUUAUUAGCAUAAAGUGGAACAAAGUUGAGGUAGGAUGGCUAGCAGCUUAGUAUACGAGUGAAGACAAAAUUUUGAGCUCCACGUGUGUGCUGACAAGGGCGGUCAAUUGUUGUGAUGGAUCGAGAAGACUAUAAAGAAAAAGCAAAAACCCUUCUUGAUGCCAGAGAAUUUUACAGACAAGCACAGAACUCGAAAGCCAAAGCAGUGGCAGAUUGGUUGAGUAAACUGCUUAGAGAAUACCGACAUAAAAAUGUGAUCACGGAAAACGAAUGACACCAAAGGAAGGCAACUGACACCGCUCUAGCUCGAUUCUAUGGUCUGCCAACAAUUCAUAAAAUAAAUGUCCCACUUCGACCAGUCGUUGCCCUAAAAGGCAGCCCCACCUACAAGUUGGCGAAGUAGAUGUACUCAAAACUGAUGCUCCAUCAAGGCAAUUCGACUACAUCAGUUCGAUCAGCCUCUCAAUUCCUCAUAGACCUCCGAGGUCGGAGGAUUCAAUCGGACGAAAUCAUGGUCUCCUUCGAUGUGACGUCGUUAUUAACGUCCAUCUCACCAAACUUGGCCCGUAAAGUUUUGUGCAAGAGACUUAAAGGCAUACGAUGAGACCCAAAAUGCAUUUAAAAUCGAAUACCUCAUGAGGCUGUUUAAAAUCUGCCACUAAACUUUCUUCACUUUUGCUGGAGAGACCUAUGAACAAAUCAAGGGAACUCAAAUGGGCUCAUCGGUCUCCGGAUCGGUCGCAGAACUGGUCCUACAAGAGUUAUAAAAGAUUGCCUUCCUCCAACAUGAACCGGUGUUUUGGCGACGUCACGUUGACGACACGUUCGUCAUCGUAAAGAAGGACAUGCUGCAACAUUUCCACAGCCUGCUCAACGCAGUCUUUCCUGAUAUAAAAUUCACAGGGGAAGAAGAACAGGAACAGCAGUUGCCUUUCCUGGAUGUGCUCGCCAGACGAAACCUUGACGGUGAACUUGAAACGACGAUUUAUAGGAAGGCAACGAACACCACACAGCUUCUCAUUUUUCACAGCAACCAUCCGGUGGCUCACAAACGAAGCUGUGCGAAGACGCUCUUCAAACGGAUCCAAAGUCAUUGCAGCAAACCGGAGGACAGAGCACGUGAGGCCCGUUAUCUCCGCGACCAGUUUGUGCAAAAUGGCUAUCCGAGGGCAUUCAUAAGUCGCCGCCUACACGGUCGCCACCAGAGAACUCAACGCCACCGACGAUAUGCCAUUCACUGCCAUACAUCAACGGCGUUUCAGAAGCGACUGAGCGCACUGCUGUGGAACUAGAUGUUAGAAUUUCACACCGCCCCAAAGCCACUAUGCGAAAGAGUGUCAUGAAAACUGAUGACUGUUUAAAACCUGAGGAGCAAUCUGGAGUAGCGUAUCGCAUGCCGUAUCAAAACUGUCCACACUGGACUGGGGCCUCCAUCCUGCUUACUGGGGGCUGGUGAUUUUCCCGAGUAAUAUGUCUGGCAUACGUGUCUGGGAGAAAAAUUGGCGUUCUCUGUAGACAGAGGACAGUCCGCUGGACUUCAGCCCAGCGGAGUGCCCGCGUGGCAGCUUACUGCGCUAAGCGAGCACAGCAGAUACGAGCGGUGAAAAGUCAUCGAAGGGGCCAGUCCAGCGACCGAAAACGAUCAAAGGUCAGGAGGACUGUGAGCACAUGAAGGGAAGGGUAGUUUUGACGUCUAUUACCACUUUUUACUGGCUGAUUGGUCCAACUUAACUCUCAGCGCUCUGAUCGCGUAUAAACGCUACUUUCCUGCAUACAUUCAAGAUGCAAAGGAAGUAGUUCACACUUAUAGACAUAAAUGUCCUACUGAGCAGAUAAUGGGCCAGUAACUUAGUGUUUCUCAUCGCCAUCUGGUGGAGAAUACAAGCAUGCCGAAGUCUGAAGUCACCUGUAUGGUACGACAGUAAGGCAAGUUGUGGGAGGGACGAGUUCUGCCCGACCAGAGUCAGGGAGGGACCUAUUAAUCAUGGAAAUUUUAGGUCAGCCCAAAGGACUUUGCUUCCCUUAAUAAUUCCCAAUUAUGAGCCAGCAUGCUACGGAAUGUGAGUCGAUUUUAAGUUAUGCGGCAUGCUUAUAGUCUUUGUAAGCCACGCUUUAGUGACCAACAGUCUGGAAGAAGUUACAAUAAAACAUCAGCAUGAUGCACUUGCAUUCCAGGCCCUUCAGGAUAAUGAAGAUGAUGAAAUGCGCCUUAGCAAAGAAGCGGUGGCCAAAAUCAUGGGAGCGGAAAGGGCUGCGGUCUACUUUGAUCGAGUGCUUCAGCUUGUUUUGGCAGAUAGCGCCUUCACGGGUGGUAAGUUUCAAUAUUAUCAAGUGCAUCUUUUUUGUCGUGAUAUAAAAUCAGCGGCCUUUAUUUCAAACUAAAACAUCGCAUAAUUGUAGGUAUUUUAACUUUUUGUAGACAUACAGUAGAUGCGCUAACUCAUUAAGCGUCAACCGAAAUUCCGAAAUGCGUUUUCGUUUCGAAAAGAUUAAUUAAGUAGGCUUGUAAAACUAAUCAUCAAGUAGCAUAAGUAUAUAAUAGGUCAGUUACCUCAGAAUGCCAGGUUUCGAAUGAACUUCCUUCUGGCUGCAUGCAGAAACUAUACUCUGUAAAAAAUGAAUACUUAAUUAGCAUGCACUUUUCUCAUUGAUUUUCGAUGCCCUUAAACAUUCAAUUAUACUUCAUGGAAAACAUGCCUAAAAUUAUUCAUAGUUUUGUUCAUUUGCUAGAAAAUUACGUCCUCUUCCAAUUUUGUUUGAAGGAAGGGUAUAAUUCGGUUUUCAAAAAGCUCCUAGUUGUGAGCUUUUUUAAUUUUGUGAAAUGAUAGUUCAUAAAACGUCAUGUCUCUGCAUUUACCAAUGUGACUUGUAAAGUUAACAAUAUGGCUCAAAUCCACCGUUAAAUUUUAUGAAUCCCAUAUGGUCUUCUCUUAAUACCGUAGAGAAAUGUACGCGGAAAAUAUAUGGUUUGUAGUUUGGAAACCCUGAAUCCAAUUAUAACGGCAGGUCGCGUUCAAAAUUAUUCGGGAAUUGGUAAAGUUUUUGAAAAUCUAUUUAUACACUUCCGUCGAUCAUAAAAUCGGAAGAUGUACUUUUCUACUGAAUGAGCAAAAGAGUGAUUUUUAGGCAUGUUUCUAUGAAAUAUAGUUAAAUUUUUACGGGCAUCGAAAAUCGAUGAAAAAAGGCAUGCUACAUAAGUAGUCAUUUUUUACAAAGUAUAGUUUCUGCAUGCAGCCGGAAAGAAGUUUGUUUGAAAGCGGGCGUCCUGAGGUAACUGAAUUAUUAUAGAAUUAUGUUGCAGGCUGACUAGUUUUACAACCCUACUUAAUUAAUCUUUCCGAAACGGAAACGCAUUUCGGAAUUUCGGUUGACAUUUUAUGAGUUAGCCCACCUACAGUAACUCGUAUCUGUCAGCAAGAAUUAAAAAGGCUCAGAAUAUCAGUUUGAAAAGGUUUGGUUGCUGAAAAUGGCAGUUUUCAGAUCCUCUCCCAAUUAGUGUCCAUCUGAAGUAGUCUAACUUAGUCAGUUCUAAGGCCAGUUGCAUGCUCGUGUUUGCAUGAGAAGAAGGCUCGACCUCUCGGAGCGCAUGUUCACUUGGGUGUUUUAGAAGGACAAUAGAAUUUAUUGUUAGCAAAUGAAAACAAGUGUUACCGGUUUUUUGAGUAUUCCCUGGCCCCACCUUAGUUGAAGGUGCCUGCGUGAUGUUAGGUAUGCUGGGUUGGUGGACUGCCUGGCAGUUACUGAAGUCACCAUCGAAAUUCGGAACCGGCCUUUUCAGGCGCGGUUCGAAAUUUGAUAAGGGCUUUUAACUAGUACCUGCGUUGUUUGUACGACAAAUAAUUGCACGAUUCUAUACUAAUGUUGACGGUUUGUGAAUAGUACGUGGUUAUUCCGCAGUAACUGAUGGAUUUCAGCUCAACUGUUCAUAUCGCAUUUCGGACUGCGUCUGAAUAGGUCUGUUCCGACAGAUUUACACCACGUUUGCGCAUUAAUUUCGUCGGAAAUUAAACAAGGCAGGAGUCCUUUCCGUGGGUCUCAUUUUCUCAUUCCUCUCCUAUUCACCAGUCGACAAUCCGAGCCUGUCAAAAGUCAAGUACUGGGGUUGGACCCAGUCGCUGAUGCGGCGUCUGUCUAAGGUGUGCUUCACGCAUGUACGAUAGUUAUAAGCACAGGCGAAAUCACCGCUGCCGGCAGAAGCGAAUACGUGAGUUUCAGGGAGCAAUUCAGAAGAUGCGAUAGCUGGGACAAGAAGUGAAUUGACCCAACGUUUCUCAUUUGCACUCGAACCCAUCAUCAGAGACAGUUGCAGGAACGGGUAAAAGAUGCACGAGGAGCGCAGUAUUUAUAAGACGUAGUUGCCAGACAACCACAUGCUUACAAUACUUAACAAGACUCAGAUUCAUUGCUGCGAAUUGUAUUUGAUGCGAUGAUUACUUGUCGGUCCGUACGCGAGUCGUUAAUGGUAGUGAUUUCAUCACCGUUGUUGAUCCUUGGCGUGGCGAUUACUAGGCCGUUUGACUCCCUAUAACCGGAACUCAUCGCGUGGCUAAUUAUUUUUCUUCUGGCAAAAUCGCAGAAAAAAAUAUGUGGGCGGGAGGCCACUGCGCCUUUUAAUUGAUUUCGGACCAGGGAGCCAUGACUCAAAAGGUCGCGGCUCACGCGGUCGUCAGCUCUUAUGAGAAUGUUAACCUCGUUAAACUUGGAGGUGUGGCCGCCUCCCGUCGAGUGCAUCGUAAUCCGGGAGCUAGCGUCAUUCAUGAAUGCUGCUUCAUGUUCGGCCAUCCGCGCUCGCAUUAAUUUCCCAGUUUCUCCGAUGUAUUCAAUUUGUCUCCAACUGCCACAGAUUCGCUAAGCGACUCCAGACGUGGCACCGCCACAGCAAAAAAGCCUAAAGUCGUUUACCAGAUCUGGUGCGAUUGUGGACAGAGCAACUACGUCACAUUUUGUCCGAGCAAAAUAACUGGAUAUGCGAGGUGGGCGAGGCAGACCAACAGUCCCAGUGACAGAGAAUCAAAGUGCAAUUAGUUCUCGCCUGCCCACUGCGUCUGUAUUCUUGUUGUCAAUCUGCGGCCCAUUCGAUCCGCUUAGGUGUGAUAGAGAAUGGCUGACUGCCCUCAACUGUCUAAUUGAACUUUAGUCCCUGUGACUCGACAACGGAUUUUGACGUCUUACUGAUCGGCGAUCACCGUACUGUGGUGCACUGCAGUGCGUCUAGCGCAUCGACUUUACACGGUUGAACUUGUGAAAACCGACUAGUUUCUGUUGAGUUGCGGUACUGUGUUACCUGUGAUCUGAACAAGCCUGUGACUCUACUCUAUGUCGGUCCCUGCUUUCAGUAACUUCUUAAGGAGGCUGUAUUCGGUUUUUUCAGUAGUCUCUGUCGGUGGGAUGAAGGAUCGCGCUUAGUUUCCCAAUCACUACGAAAGCACGCGCUUUUAAAGUCGUGGCUCGGAAAGUUUGCAAAUAACGGGAUAUCUAUUUUCGUCUGCGGACUGGAUUUCGAAGCAGCUGCUUUCGGCGACAGAUCCAAGGUCCUUUAUUAGUUGCUCGACUCAUGCGCGUACGGAGACGAACCCCUGUAUUCCACGUGGAUACAUGAAUUCAUUCUCAUCUAUUGCUGCCCCCAGUCCGGAUCCUAGCAGUCAUGACUGGAAGACGCUGAGCGGGAACAGACAGCGAGAUAGGCAGUCGCAAGUCUCCUUCAGCGCAAUGGGUCCCAGACAACGUUUUACAACACCGCGGAGACAGAAUAUUAUUACCGACAAAGAUAAGAGAUACUGGAAUGGCCAUUUCUGGCUUAUUAGCCGUUGUCAGCCAAUCAUACUCAACCCCGGAGUGUAGAACACCUGGGACUCGACCCCGCGACCUGUUAGUCAAAAGUCCACCGCUUUUAACCAUCGGCUCGUUGUCGUGUCGGUAAGAACGGUCGGCGAUCGCUCCUCUACCAUUGCACAUUCCCGAUCGAAACCGACGGGACAACGAGCUCGUGGCUCAGUGGUAAGAGGCGUUGGACUUCUCACUAAGAGGUCGCGGGAUCAAGCCCCAGGUGUUCCAUACUACGGGGUUGGGUAUGACUGGCUGACGACGGCUAAUAAGCCGGAAAUGUCCAUUCCAGUCUCCCAUGGCUUUGUAGGUAAUAACAUUCUGCUUAUAUCAUGCGCCGCUGAGCGACUGCUGGUCCGGCUCAAGGGAAAGCCCGUUAGGCACAACGGGAAGAGUGAGUUCCAUAAGAACGAUCGGUGAGCGUCCCUCUACCACUGCAGAGACAAUGAUGGUCUUCGGCUCCCGCGAAGGACGACUCUUUGGCACACACCUAUGCCUAACCUGGCGUCCUUGCCUUUUAGUGCCACGAAGUGGGGAGCCGGAAAAUUUAGUAGGUAUGUGGUAUCAUGGCGACUUCAUCUAAUAUAUACUGGAGCCCCCUUUGCAUUGACUACCCGUAGCUGCUACUGUCUCUGAUUAUGGGUUCGAGCAGGAAUCCGAAGCGCCGAGCGACCAAAGCGUUUGUUUCAGCGAUCGUGUCUCCUUCACGACUGCUUCCUGGGACUCAUCUCUUCGCUCCUAUUGGUCACGAAAACGUUUUAUAAUUCCUCCCUGGUAUAAGGGGCCUUCUAUUACAUAUUAUACGAUGCAGCCUAGAUAAGAGUCCGGCCGUGCCAGCUAGCCGCGUCCUCUCCCACAUUUGGUCUCCCUGCCUAUGCCUGACACCGGCCUCAGGUGGGGUAUGAAAGAGUGAGGUGGGUGCCGUGCAAGCCUACUACCAGCAUAAAUUAAAUCAAGUAUAAGUCACCGUACCUGCUCUCCCCUCGUUGUGGAUCACACGGUGGACAUCGUCGGCAGCGACGGUCGAACUGUCACAUGUCUGCUGGGAGUGGCGCUGCUCUUCAUAUUAGCUUUUGAAAGCGCUGCAGGCAAUUUGCCAAGCUCACUACAGUUAAAGCCGGAAACACAAGCAACCAGCUCACGUAGACUGGGAGACAGCGUUCAGACGGUUGGAUUUGCGUCUGGUGCUACACGUUUGUACCUAGGUAGCAGAUGUCAACGUAAUUGCUCAGAGGCUUAAACUCCAGCAUGUUUCCCGCGUGUGCCUUCGCUGCUUCCCAUCCUCGGUCUUUCCAGGCCAUUUUUCACUCCUUUUUGGCUUUCUGCAGAAAUCACACUCGGUAAAAAAAAUGACUACUUCAGUGGCAUACAUUUUUCCUUUUGAUUUUCGAUGGUCUUAUAAGUUCAAAUACAUUUUACCGAAAACAUGAACGAAAUAUGUUUUCUUUUACUCCUUUGGUAGACAAUAACAUCGGUUUCAUAUUUUAUGUCCGAAGAAAACAGCGUAUCUAGCUUUUUAAAAAGUUUCUAAUUAUGAGAUUUUUAAGACCGUGCGAUGUCCAUGCACAUGUCCGUUUACAUAGGCAUCACAUGAAAUACACAACACAGUCCGGAUCCAUUGCAAAAUUUAGGAACCCUAUAUAGUAUCUUCCUAAAGGCAUAAAGAAAUACAUGAUUUUACUUACGCGGAAAGCAUGAACCUUGAGGACUGAAAUCGCUAAACGAUGAUGCAAUUGCAGAUCAGGCUCAAAAGUAUUCGGGAAUUGGGAAACUUUUGUAAAACCUAAAUACACACUUUCUUUGGGCAUAAAAUAGGCAAUCAAUGUUAUUUUCUACCAAAAGGAGUAAAAUAAAACAUAUUUUGUGCAUGUUUUCUGUAAAAUGUAUUUGAAUUUAUAAGACCAUAGAAUUCCAAUAGGAAAAAUGCAUGCCACUUAAGUAGUCAUUUUUUUACCAAGUGUGGUUUCUGUAGAAAGUCAAAAAGAAGUGCAUUCAAAAGCUGACAUCCUAGCGAGUCCGAAAUGCUAUAGGAUUAUGCUCAUGCUAAUCCGGUUUUACAACCCCAUCCAAGUAAUCCUUCCUAACAGAAAACGCAUUUCAGAAUUUCUGAUAACAUUUCACGAGAUCGGUCACGCGCUGUAUGGUUUGAUUGCAAAGGAUCAUACACAGCCCGGAUUAGAACCCGACUCAGUGGCUUUUCGUCUGUGGACGUCAAAAAACUUGUUGGUUUCUGUGCUGGAGCCUUAAAUUUCCGAUAUAACCACCCGACUUUAAAUCACAGGUCUUCUAUACACGAAGUGCUCUCGAAGCUAGCCGACGAAGGUGCAUAAGUAAAAAGUGACCAUCCAGUCCUGGUUUGCAUUCGUCGACAAACUUGCCUGUUGCUAAAGAUACAGAUCUCACCCAAAACGCUUUUUGCGGUUGUUUCCGUUGAGAAAGUGAUAGAAGUGAAAUAAAACCACCUGAACAUGCUUUCCUAGUAUUCACUUACCUUCACUGGGUAGACCUCAGAAGUGAUCCUUUCCACAGCAUGUUCAACAUACUCACUUCUUUGGACUGCAGUGGUUCAACCGAAGUUCGGCUACCUACCCCGAAAAUGGUAACUUUGAAAGUAAGCUCGGUAGCAGCGCAUGCCAUAAAACUUUAGACAUGGAAAACAUGGUGACUUCAUACGGCAACAUUUUAGGGAUCUACCUUUAUCGGUAUGGUACGAAAUUUAUUCAAAAGUCCGUUUGGUUAUAUCUGCAAGAGGCAAUACCUCAGCGAAGUAGCAAAUGCGCUGUUAAAAACUGUGCGCGUUAAAAUGGGAUAGCAUUACCGGGGGUUGGUUCUGUUGAUGCCAUUCUCGAAGGCGUAAUAGACAGCACUGAACACUGAGGUUGCAGUGACAUAUGGUGGCUGCCAUAUUAAAAGGAUUCAUAAUGCGAUAUGGGGCUUGGUUUCAGGGAGUGGGGUGGUUAUACUUCAGUCUAACCUUCUGUUCUAAAAAGCUUCCUAACGAUGUAACCGCAAAUUUGCCCAGAUUCAGCCAGGGCAGAUGUUUGCGAUAGAUAGAAAGCUUUUAACUAGAUCUCACUGGACCAUAUGGCGACGGAACUGGAGUAAACACAGAAAGUCAAUUUAGCCAAUGAGGAGGUUGUAUCUGCAUAUGUUUAAAAUGCCAUCCACUGCAGUAUAUAAGCUUUAAGUUUUGAACUUCAAUAAACUGAAGAAGAAACGACUCCAAGCGAAUGGUGCAGACUAUCGUAGGUCAAUGCAAUCAUGAUUUUUAAAUACCAAAAAAAGACUCGACUAUCAGUUUAAACUAAUUCGUAAUUUCCCUAUUUUCAAUCUUUCUCCAUAUUUCCAGAAGCUUUGGCCUUAUAGAGCAAACAUAACUGAGACGAUGCGAGGACCUCAUAUUCCAUAAGAUCACUCCUUCUCCCCUAUCAGUUUAUGCUAUUGUGCUGUUGAUAAUUCCAACUUACUGGUACUUCAAAUAUUGCUUUUAAGGAGACUGACCGCCUAUCCGCCGAUGCCAGACGAAGGACAGAUGUGAAGUCCUCUCGAAAACCCAGUUCACAAAAAACAGCCAAACAUCCCCCCUUACCCACCCAAACACUGCAAGCAAAAUUUAUUUUCAAGCUGUAAUAUCAUGCAUUGUCAAACCAGAAAUGACCUACCUAGACGACAUUUUACACUAUUUAUUGUAUCAAUUACUGUACCAUUAUCCAAUUCUCAAGAACUCAUUUUUCACUUGAUCUCGGCAUCACCCCCCUGAGGGUUUACAUCUGACUGAUUUCCGCCUACUUGCUUAGACACUAUCGGAGUCAACACGGAUCUAGUCUUGUAAGAUUUAACCCGCUUGAAGCAUGAUUUAGUUCGUGCUCCCAGCUUAAAGAUGAAAAAAACGGGGAUUUGUGUGACAUUUGGCAUCAUACAGUCGGUGACCAAUUUCAUGAAACGUUAACCGUAAUUCCGAAGUCGGUUUUUGAUAAGGAAGAAUUACACAACUGGAGUUGCAGUAUUAUCCUGCAGCACAACUUCAAGAUUCUUCAGUCCCCUCAGGAUGCCGGCUUUUGAAUGCGUCUAUUUUCGGCCUCCUACAAAAACCACGCUAACCACAAAUGACUGCUUAAGUAGACCGCACUUUUUCUAUUGGUUCUCGGUGGUCUUAUCGAUUUAAAUACGUUUUAUGGAAAACAAAGUCAAAAAUAUACUGUCUUGUACCUAUUUAUUAGUAAAUCACGUCUUCUUCAAAUUUUGUGCUCAAAGAAAGGGUAUCUUUUGGUCUAAGAAACUUUUAAAUUACAAGAACUUUUAAGACAGUUAAAUGUCCACUUAUACGGCAUCAUAUGUGUCCGCUGCUACUCAUUAAGUAUGCAGCAUGGUCCGUAUUCAUUGUAAAAUAUUAUAAGUCCGAUAUGAUGUCUUGUUAGUAAUGUAGGGAAAUGUUUGAUUUGCCUUUCAUGAAAAGUAUGCAUUUGACGUGGACACAAAGCGCAAGUGCAGCCGCAUGGCUGGAUCAAAAUUAUUCACGAGUUGAAGUUUUUUAGUCCAACUGCACACUUUGAAGAAGGCGUGAUUUUUACGAAACGAGUUUAAUAGAAGGAUAUUUUAAGCGUAAUUUCAGUAUAACAUACUUAAAUUUACAUUUUUAUCAAGUGUGGUUUUUGCGGAUAGUUACAAAGCAUAUUCAAAAGCCCUUAUUCUGGUGUGACUUGAAUUUAUGCUACACGGCAUUCAAUACUACAACCCCAGCUAAGUAAUACUUUUCAGCCCAAAUCCCGCAUCAGAAACAAGUAUAUCGUUUCAGGAGAAAAGUCAGAUAUUAUAAGUGGCAAGACCGGUCUUGGUCCUCACGGAAUGCAGCGGAACUCGAUGUCCCCACGUUCUUCAAUGAUUGAAGCUUGUUUAUUUUCGAUACGCUACAAAAAUGACUGUGUGGUUUCUGAGAUCUCGUCAUCUCGGUCAUGUCCGUGAAUGAAUAUCCUUAUGUUAUUGGUAAGCAUGAAUAUAAUGCCUAUCGUAAAUAAAAUUGAAAGUAGACUUGAUUCAAAUCCCCCCCAGGCACUUUAAAGAGGGCUUCGCUGGCAUUCCUUGUUGAUUUGCUGUCCUGGCCGAUGUUUAACAGCAGUAAAAGCAGUAAUCUUACCGAACCAGUUUAAUUGGUUGCUUGCAGUCAAAGGUUAUUUAGCUUUAAAGCACAUCGAAGGUACUUCCAAAAAAGGAAGAGCAGCAUGACGAACUAAGUCGGGAUUAUGGAAAACUGCAAUGUGUUUUGAAUCUUGUAAAACCCUGUUCGAUAUCAUUUAGUGCUUUUUUCAUGAAAAAAGGCUGCUCAAGUAGAUCUGAAAUAAAAAAAAACCAAAAGAAAAUAAGUCCAAGGUGCCUAACACAUCACAACUUACUAUCCUUGAACUAUGAAUUCCCCGAUCCACCUUGCUUGAACUGCAAUAGUGAAAGGAUCCAUACCAUAAAAACGUGAUCUAUGCUGACACCGGAAAAUCAAUUCUCACAGCAAGUUAUCGCGCUCCUCGUGGUAAAAAAUCUGAUACAUUUGAAUCUAUCUCGGCGCGAUCUCAGCACUGUCAGACCGCAAUGGACCCUUCUCGAUUUGGCCUUUAUGGCAUUCUCAUACGUUUGAUGUUCGGUGAGCACAUACAUUGCAAAAUAGGUCGCGUAUGGUACGCGUAGAUGGGUUGUUUAAGUUUGUCAGAGAGUGCCCCAGCGCCCACCUCUGGUAGUUUUGACACUGUCUUGCUAUUGUAGCAGGGUGGGUGAAAGAAGAGGGAGAAUGUGGUAAAGACUGCGAGAAUCUGCUUCGCCAUAAACUAUCUCGUGGGCCUGUCAACUCCGUGGGGCGUAUGGUCGCCUGCGACAGUCGAACUGCUGAAGGGCUGUUUCCAAGCAUUUUACGCGUUCCAGGAUGUCUACUUACAUCAACAUAAAGGAAGUUAACCGCGGUUUUCACAGAACAUACGUAUGGGGUCGUCUGGGAAGUUUCUGGGCAUAAAAGACUACUGAAUAGAAUUACCGACAGAGGCAAGGGAGACUGUAAUGGCCACUUCUGUCUCAUUAACCGUCGUCAGCUAGUCAUGCCCAGUCCCGAAGUGUGGAACACCUGGGGCCCAAUCACAUGGCCUGUUGGUUAGAAAUCUAACGCCUCCAACCACUGAGCCACGGGCUCGUUGUCCUGUCCAUAAAAAACUACGUCGACCCCUGAAAAUAGACGAAUAUCGUAAACGGAAGAGAUGGCGGCAUCCAAAAGCAGGUGGUUUUGACUACAUCCACCUUUAGAGACCGAUAGCUCCUUUAUAUAAUUCCCAAUAUAUGGCGCGUGAACUGCAUGCUCUUUGACUGGGGAUGAGACUAAUCGAGGUUCGGAAGAUCUCAUCAAAUAAACACUGAUCUGGCGCUAACACCACAAACCCCAAGAGCGCAUCUCGUGACAGUUCAUAUCGACAGCUGACUUGCGGAAAUAAACCCUAAAUACUGUUCAUUUGCAUAUGUCAUAAUAAGGACCCGAAAAUGUGAGCAAAAAUGUUUUUGACUCGGUUGUCGGAUCACUUCUUCUGCUUUCUGUCAACUAGAGUCGCUUUACGAUGCGCUUAGCCAGGAUAUUGAAGUUUAAUGAUAUGCGUGUGGUCAAGAAUGUUUUUAUUGUCAUAUCAUGCAAGUUGAAUGAAGACGAAUAUUGACAAAAAGGAGGGCUAGGUGUCGUUUAUGGCAUACUGGCCUCCUUAGGCCGGCCACAUCCAAACUUAGGUUUGAAUAACCCGGCAUGCGCACGCAGAUUAUUUGUCCAUUGAACAUUUUCGUGUCCACUGAGUCACGGGUCCUUUGUACUGUCAGAUGAAUGCUUCACAAUACGGAUAACACGGAUACUGGCUUAAAGUCCAGAAACGUGUGUCGCCGUUUCCGAACUGUUGCAUGACUGCCUGUUGACAGGAACUGAAUAUAACGUGGUUAUUUCGCUGAAGCUGAUCGAUUUCCGAUUAAAUAUUCAUAUGCACUUUCGAAACGAGCCCGGGAAGGUUUGCCCCAGAGCAUUUACCACAGCUUGGCGCAAAUUGAUUUCGUAGGUGAUUGGAGAGCUUGAAACAGAAACGAUGGCAGAGAGCAAAAAUCUGUAUUGCUUCAAACCAUGUCUUCAAGCAACACAUAAAAUGGAGGGGACAGAUGGCAUCAGCUUAAGAGUGCUGUCAAAUUCUUCACAGAUCUGCGCUCAACAGAAUUACACUCCACAAUAUUUUGAUCAAAAGAGGACGUUUCAGAAGCAGCCGAACGCAUUGUUGCGGAGCAAGGUGUCGAAGUUGCACACCGCCCCAAAGCCACCAUGCGCAGUAAGGUCAUGAAAAGUUAUGAAAAUUAAUAACCGGUUAAAACCUGAGGAGCAAUCUGGAGAAGUGUAUCACAUCCCGUGCCAAAACUGUCCUUAUAACUACACAGGCCAGACUGGACGCAAGCUCGGAUCGCACAUACAUUAAAACAAGCUGGCGGUGUGACGAUUCGACACAUUAUCACAAGGGGCGGCCCACGCCUGCGAAACGGGUCAUGAGUUUAACUUCGCGGCCAUCAAAGUAGUCGCCCACUCCGGCAACAAAACGGGUCGAGAAUUGUUUGAAGCCUGGACCUCGGAUGAGAACUCAACCAAUCGAUUUAUCGAUCUGGAGUCGGCGUACAGAGCCCUGCGCAGUAACUUUCAGUCCUGCGUCGCCGGUCGAUAA